CAGGGCAGCAGGCUGGCGGCAGGGUUCAGGACGCACAGGGCGGAGGAGGGAAGGAGGGGGGUGAGACACAGGCGGCGGCGGUGGUGGCGGCACUAGGCAGAGACAUAAACACAACAUGGCGGAAGGGGCUGCUGCCGCCGCACAAGCUAAGGAGAGGCGGAGGGAGCAGCUGCGGCAGUGGGCUCUGUCCUGCACCAACCAGGAGGCCGCGGAGCCCCGCUGGCAGCGGCGGAGGAGGCGGCGGCUGCGGCCGGGGAGCGGGAAGCCGGAGGGAGAUGACGGGGAGGACAGGGGCUCGCAGGGGGACGGAGAUGGCGAGCGCACCGUCCGCUUUGAGAGAGCCGCGGAGUUCCUGGCGGCCUGCGCCGGGGGGGACCUGCUGGAGGCCGAGGACAUGCUGAGGGGGGAGGCGGGCAACGAGGUCAUUGACAGCACCAACACGGACGGCAUCAGCGCCCUGCACCAGGUGAGAGGAUGGAGCGGGUUACCUAGCAACGGGCACCGGCUGGCAUGGCCUGGCACGGCCUGGCACCGGCAGCAGGUACCCCCCAGAGGUCAUGGGGACUACAAAUCCCAUAAUGCUUGGCCAGCAGCUAGAGUAGGAGAGCAUCAUGGGAGUUGUAGUCCUGUGACACCAUGGGGGUGGGGGGGGCUCAAUGCCUCUUGGCCACCCCUUGCUCUUACAGGGAGUGUUAAACUUUCCUGCUGAGGUUUGCACCAGAUGUUCAGGUGGAGAGACCAUCCUGAGAACUUGUACUGCACCACAGCUGGAGGGAGGAAACUUUGCCAUCAAUGUCAAAAUAGGCAAAUAAGAUACCCCUGUUUUUUGGUUUUUUUUUUUACUGUCACUUGUUGUCAAGGACAGUAGCUGUCACUUAGCUGAGCAUCACCUUGUGACAUCUCUAAAGAGACACCCCCCAUCAUGCUUCCUAAAUAAAGAUGUUUUAGAACACCCUUAAUGAUUGAUCACAACAACCCCCAUCCUAUUUAAAAAUGAGCAUUAACAAAUCCCUGUUACUGUCCCUACUCCUUCCCAUAUUCAUUCACUGUCAUAGAGAAUCUAUUGCAAUGCAUACAAUUUAAAGGGGAAGCAUCACUGGGUCAGGAUACCUGCAUUUUAAGGAGAAAUGUGUGUAUUCAUAUAUAUAUUCAAUGAUUAUGACUAAUGAUACUUUAUAUUAGGCACAGUUGACCUUUGGUACUCCUGCUGUUGUGGACUAUAUUUCCCACGAUCAACCAGUUAUUUAGCAGGAUGAGCAUCUGGGUGAUACUCAUAACAGCUGGAGUGCCAAAAGGUUAACUGGUAAUAUGUUUCAAAGCCAAUUCAGAAUGGGUUGUUCUACUCCUCUGGUUUCUCUAAUUUAUCUAUUUAUAAAUGUUCCAUAUUGGCAGUGGAUCUUUUAUAACUAGAUUCUGAUAAUGGCCAUGUUGAGUCUUUUAGGAAAUUAUUAAAUAUAGUAAAGGUACAUAUAUGUGUGCAUCUAGUCACAAUGGAAUCACCUAACCACAUGCAAUAUUUGUCCCUGGUUUUAUAGGUGUGUGUGUGUAAAUCAUGGUCUGACAAUUUCAUGUUUUAGAAUACAGUACUACUGGUCAUCCAUGUGAUUUAUAUCCUGUAAAGAAAGGAUGACUAUACAUGGAUCACCUCUGUGUAGUCAGGGGUCCCAAAUCUUGGGAAUAUGGGAUGCACAUGGGUUAUACCUCUGAGUGAUAUCUGUUGCCAUUAUGGUACAGCAGCUUUCAUGUACUGUAACUCCUGCUAGUCACAGGCAACACUGUGAUAUUACUGCAAAGUCCUCUCCAUAACCUGUGCACUACCCUAACACACUACACGUUAACCUCACAUAUUGCCCUAGCAUCUUAAACUAUGUUUGGCCUUAUGGUUAAUGAUGUCUCAAUCCUUCAAUGGCAUUAUUUUCCCAUAAUUUAACCAUUAUGUAUUCUCCUCUAAUAUAUUUAUUAAUGUUAUUUUUUUUAAAUAGUAUAGAUAAUAUAAUAAUGACAUAAAUACACUAAUGUACGAACUGUUGUCAAAUAAAACAGAUAAAUAAGUGAAAUACACAAAAAAAGUUUCCUUUAUGAAUGAGAAAGUAUGUACAGAAGUGAAAAUAAAUUCAAAGAAUAAGCUAUUACAUGGUACCAAACAAACAUAAUAACAUAAUGUAUUCUAUAUGUGUGUGUGUAUGUAUGUGUAUAUGUGUGUGUGUGUGUAUAUAUAUAUAUAUAUAUAUAUAUAUAUAUAUAUAUAUAUAUAUUACCCCUUUAAUAUGGAAUGAUUAUAUUCUGUUACAGAGCAAUAAUUGUAUCGAUGCAGCACGCAGUGUACAUUUCACAAAGCUAGUCUAAUAAAUUGCGGAAAAUGGUUGUCCUAGAUAAAUUAUAGAACUACCCUGAAGCAGUGUUUCUCAUUUCAGCAAUGUUUAAGAUGCUUUGAUGAGGGCAAGAGAGCUUGCUGAUCUGCAGGCCUUUGAAGUGAACUAUUUAGGAAGUGUCAAUAUGUUACACAGAGCUGUGCAGUAGGCUAGUUUGCAACGAAUUGUAUGAAACUGUAAUUGUUUUGGAUUCUGCAGUAAGUGCUUGAAAUACCUACUUUUUUUUUUUUUUAGCAUGUUGUCUUGCCUCCCACAAAUCAGAUCUGUCACAGACUUGCAAUUGUCUGUUUAUUGUUGACGCCAGAAAAUACACGUCCUCAGAAUAACAGAAGGGUCCCUGGUAACAGAGUUGGGAAAAAAGCUGGUCUGCAUGUGUUUACCUUCUUAUAUGUUCAUCUUUUCCUAAGAUGGGAAGUUUGACAAGUGAAAAAGUUACCUGUCUCUCAAACUAAUUUGUACCGUUUCAAGAACAAAAAACCAAGAGAUAACAACGCAAAUAAAACAGCCCAUUCUGUAUUUCCUAAAGUUAGUUUACCAACUGAACAUAGUGUGUUAUUGUUGAAUCUCCAAACUGCAGUUUUUCAUCUGUGAUGUUACCAGCAAUACCUGUUACUUUGCAUAUGGAUGUUAUCAUCUUUGGUAUUUCAUAAGGCAUUUUUUCCAGGUCAGUCUGUUACUAGUUGGUUACUCCAGGAUUUUGGUUGAUGUCAUGCAUGUUUCACUUAUUUCAUAUGUUUCUUGGCAUUGCUUUCAAAUGAUGAAGUCAGUGAGCUCUUUACUAGAAGAUAUACCUCUGGUUAAUUAUCUAGCUCUCCACACCCUCACAUUAUUUUAUGGCUCAAUAUUUUAUCACAUUUGUAGUUAUAUUGUAACUAAUAUGGUACUUUAUGACAACGUUGCUUGGUCAUCAAUUGAAUAACUUAAAGGAAUGAUUUCUUCAUUUUUUUUUUAAAUUUUUUUUUUUUUAGACUUUGUUUUUCUCAUUCAUUCAUAUAAAGCACUGUGGAUAUUUGACAAGGAAGUUUCACGUUUUCGAUCAAAGUACAUGUAAUUGAAGCAUUAGAUGAGUUGGGUCACUAUUCUAGUUCUUAGCCUACAGUUUGCAGUUACGCUCUAUGAUUCACUGUUUAGUGAAUCAAAUAGUUGAUUCAAAUAGUUUGUGUAUAUGCCUUACAUCUACCAUCCUCGUAUUUUUUAUUUUUCUUCUCUUUUCUAUUACCUCCAACGCAAAAAACACAGUUACACCUUUGCUGUCUUGCUGCCCAGUUGUGGGUAUUUACAAGUAUUGGUGUGCCUUGCUUUGAGAUGUAUCUCUUGGGCAUUAUCUGACACACAGUGGGUUCCAUGUUAUCUGUUGUCUCACCCUUUUAAAUAAUCCUCCCAAACUGUAUAUUCCUGAUAGGAUGUCAACAGUAAAACAAUGAUAUUGGUUCAGAAGACCUUAGAAGGGUUUCCAUUGUGUCUUCAUAUGAAACAAUUUUGUAAACACAAUUAAAACAAUAAAUCUACAAUUCAUAUUUGAUGCUUUGUUUUAACCAUAUCUCUAUCUUUAGUAUAUAAGAUGUUUUAUUGUGAUGGGUUUUGGUCUAUUUCCAUAUCUCUUUUGGUUGUGUAUACAGAAGCACCAUACACUUUGUUGCUCAUUGAUCCUCUUUGAUCAGCUUAGGGUAUCUUAAAAUAGAAUCUGUUGGUUCAGUGGUUAACACAUUGUUUCCUGAAACAUCAGUCCUGCAGUUUUAAUGCAAAACUUCUCCAUUACCACCGAGUUUUCAUAUAAAUGCUGUGUAUGUGUUUGGUGUUUUACGUAACUAUAUUAAAGGGACACUCCAGGCCCAUAAAGCACUUAGGCUUGCUGAAACGCUUUGUGUGUUAACAAUAAAACUAACAUUUUUAUAAAUUAACCUUGUUACACUCCCAUCUCCAGCCUGCUCGUCAAUCAAAAAAACAGUCCUGUUACUUCCCGAUUUUUUUUUUAUUUUUAUUUUUUUAAUUUUUUUAUAUUUAUUUAUUUUUUAUGUAUUUUAUUUUAAGGAACACUAUAGUCCCCAAAACAACUAUAGCUUAAUGAAGCAGUUUUUUGUGUAUAGAUCAUACCUCUGAAGUUUCAAUGCCCAAUUCUCUGCCAUUUAGGAGUUCAAUCAGACAUAAUUUACUUUAAAAGUUCUUGUCCGCCUGCGCUGUAUAUUUAACUUUAAUUACAUACAGGAGGCUCCUGCAGGGUCUAGCAAGCUAUUAACAGCAGGAGAUAAGAUUCUUAAUUAAACAGAAUUUGCAAUAAAGGAAGUAUAAACAUUAGUUGACUCUUUACAGAAAGUUUUUAGGAAGGCUGCGUAAGUCACAUGUAGGGGAUGUGCCCAGGGAUGCAAAAAAAAGUGAUUUUUAACUCUUAAAUGGCAGAUAAUUCCGAAGUGAGACUGCAGGGGCAUGAUCUAUACACCAAAACUGCUUCAGUAAGCUAAAGUUUUGGUGACUAUAGUGUCCCUUUAAGCUCAAUGGAGCUAAACACAAGAGGUAGUCAAUUGCUCAGAGCACCUGCUUUGCAAAGGCUUCUUAUUGAUAUGCUUUGUGAAGUCUGUGAUUGGACAGUAACAGAAAGUCUGGUCAGGGUUUGAAGGGGAGAGGUUGCAAAGGCAGCAGACAAGAGAAUUGCAGGUUUUGUAAUUGUGUGUGUGUGUGUGUAUAUUCAUUCUUCCCAAUGAAAAAAUGCAUCAUUAAAUGUUUGUAGGAUUUUAUUUAAGAUAUCUAUCUAUUAAACAGUGAUUUUUUAUUUUUUAUUUUGACAGUGUAAUAACUGAUAUUUUACUUACUGUAAAUUCCCAUUUCAUUGGCGGCAGUAUAUUAAAUGUAAUAUUUCUAUUCUUGCAUGUAUCCAUUAUGUUGUGUAUUGGUGGAAGUACUAGACAUUUGAGGCUUUGUUUGUAGCGUGGAGAGGAGGAGAGAGAGAGCUUGAGGUAGGUGACUUGUCCAAUUCAAUUAAAGUUCUACCCCAACUGCCAUGACCACUUCUGCUUCAGGGAUGUGGAAUGCAGUUCUGGGCACUGGUCAGGAAUUGCCUUUUUUUUUUUUUUUUUUAAAUAAAUGUAAAAAUUUUUUUAGUUAUGUCCUAGUUGAGGGUUGGUACCGGGCAGGGAUGGCAUCUCAGACAAGAGGAGAGCUGGACCGGCCCACUAAGAAACGCCUUAUUGGGACACUGCACCUCGCUGGCAGGUCACAGGAAGGUGUGAGGAGCGACAGCAGCCAACCACUCCUCACCAUAACCUAUAAGGUGGUAUAAGUGCAAAAACCUACACCUCUAAGUAAAACGCUGUGCGAAAUAACGGGGUACACUUACCCCAUAUAACUUGAUAGCAAGCUUAAUUUGCAGUACAUGUGAAAAGAAUAAAAAAAAAAAUAUAGUGCAGAUGGUACAUAAAAAUAAAAUAGAUAAAAUGGUCGUGAAGUGGAACACUCACAUUUAAGGGAGCCUGUAUAUAAACACUGGCUCCAUAUUCAGGCUUGUAUGCUUUUAAGGCAGCAUCACACCUGUAUUCCACGAUAUGUUGGAUCUCAAAGAUAAGAGAGAGGAGAACAAAUGUGCAGUCUGUCUCAAUUGGUGCAGUGGUGAGAAUUAGGGAUCGACCGAUUAUCGGUCUGGCCGAUAUUCUGUAUUUUCUGCAAUUUCGGUAUCGGCCUAUAGAGAUACCAACAUUGCCGAUAAUACAUACCAGUACUGCUGGGCUCAUGACAAGCCCUGCGGUCCUGGGGGACCCAGCAAGCGCUUACUUACCUUCACACUAGUUCCCUUCAGCUCCCCUGUGUAAAUCUCGCGAGUCCCACGGCCGUCAGAGCGUUGCCAUUGGUUACCAGGGCAACGCAGCAAGCAGGCCGCGUGAUUUACACAAGGGAGCUGAAGGUAGCUGCUGGAAAGGUAAGUAAGCGCUUGCUGGGUCCUCCACUCCACAGUCCAUUCAUUAUAUACACUCUGCACAAGCACACUGCAUUCACUAUAUACACUCUGCACAAGCACACUGCAUUCACUAUAUACACGCUGCACAAGCACACUGCAUUCACUAUAUACACGCUGCACAAGCACACUGCAUUCACUAUAUACACGCUGCACAAGCACACUGCAUUCACUAUAUACACGCUGCACAAGCACACUGCAUUCACUAUAUACACGCUGCACAAGCACACUGCAUUCACUAUAUACACGCUGCACAAGCCCACUGCAUUCACUAUAUACACGCUGCACAAGCCCACUGCAUUCACUAUAUACACGCUGCACAAGCCCACUGCAUUCACUAUACACACGCUGCACAAGCCCACUGCAUUCACUAUACACACGCUGCACAAGCCCACUGCAUUCACUAUACACACGCUGCACACAAGCCCACUGCAUUCACUAUACACACGCUGCACAAGCCCUCUGCAUUCACUGUGCGCGCGCGCACACACACACUCUGCACUACUGAGAGGGUAGUGGAUGCCUGGAAUAGCCUUCCAGCUGAAGUGGUAGAGGUUAACACAGUAAAGGAGUUUAAGCAUGCGUGGGAUAGGCAUAAGGCUAUCCUAACUAUAAGAUAAGGCUAGGCACUAAUGAAAGUAUUUAGAAAAUUGGGCAGACUAGAUGGGCCGAAUGGUUCUGAUCUCCCGUCACAUUUUAUUUUUCUAUGUUUCUAUCGGCCUGAAAGCUCACAUCUGUAUCGGCUCUAAAAAAAUCAAUAUGGCCGAUCCCUAGUGAGAAUAAGUAAAGUGCUCACCUUUUUCAGAGCCCUGUAUUCUGGCUCUGAGGAGUAGUAGCUAUGUGCCAAUAUUUGUGGGGAUGGCACUACCCCUAAGUAGAUUCACUAGGCUCCAGAGGACUAUUUUAAAAUAAUUAGAUUUUAAUACAAUAUACACAAAUAACAUAAAAUACUAAAGUAUAAAAAGUCCUGGAUAAGCCGAAAUGUGUUUCACUCUUGUAGAGCUUCCUCAGUCAGCUGUGGGUCUGGUCCUCUGAAUCUUACUACAUUAAGCUGUAUUGGUCCUGGUGACUAGUGUCUGUUUAAGAAUUGUAUAUUUAUAGUUGUAAAUUAAACUUUGUUUUACUAGUUGUAAAAAAACUGGCUACUAACUUUUUUAGCUUGCUCCCAGAUUCCAAGCAGAUUUGUCAUGCCCUGGGUUAUGGUGCUUUGAGUGUUUUUUUUUUUUUUUAAAUCAGAUCUGGGUGAACAUCAGUAAUUCUUCCUAUUUCACCAGCAAACCCAUUUUACAAUACUCCGCAUUCAGGAAAUAAGGAUGGACAGAAAGUUAUUUUGUAAAUCACAAUACUCCAUUCUCCUAGUUAUUGCCAAUAUUUGGAUAUGUUCAGUACCACUAACAGUUUAGGGACAUACAUUUCUCAUAAAAUGCCCUACUGCAGAAAAUAAUAAAUUGUUUCUUAUACAACAUUCUGAUCAUAAAAUGUAACAUUGACUGAAGUAUAGCUUUUUUAAAACUAUUGUGAUUCUGACACAGAAUGCAGUUUUGUUUUUAUUAGCAUUUAUAAAAGUUGACUGAGGUGAUAUUCUGUCAUGAAGCUUUUAUACUUAAAUUUAAAGUUGCUCAUGCUUGUAUUAUUAGGAUAUGCAAACAUUUUCAUGUCUGUUCACUAAAGUCUGGACUUCAACUGCAAAGUAAAAUGUAUAAAACCCAUCGAAGCUCUAUUCUCUCCAAUUAAACUUGGCAUUUUUCACACAGUGAAUUUGCCUCCGCUCCGAGGCAGCUAAUCACCUUGGGGUCUGAACAGGCUCACAAAUCCCAGGCGCCAGGACAAUAUUUUUCCUGUUCGCCAUGGCGACCUGGUGCCUGGAAUUUGUCGAGCUCUUGGCUAAGCGGAGACAGGUGUUGCAAAAGUGUAACACCCACCUUUUGUGUGGACAUAGUGAAGCAGAGAAAGGGGUAAGCCAUGACAUUUUCCUUUUAAAAGGGCACUGUAGUCGCCAUAACUACUGCUGGUCUUAAUAGUGGUUAUGGUGCAAUUAGUCUUUGGUUGCUUUUUCCCAGUUUAAUGUCAAACUAUUUUUGAAUUGUUUGACAAAAACUGUCGCUCCAAUUGACACACAAAACCCUCCCAUUCUGCAGCCACUUGGAUAAUGCCAAUCUACAGGAUUUUGACAAAGCAUCCGAACAGAAUCUGGCUGUAAAAUUGUGUAUGUUAUCACUCCUUGCACCGUAGCCACAAUAAUGUGCUAUAAUACUUAGAAUGACACUUUAAUCAAAUCUUCUCCCAUAAUAAAAACCUAAAGACAAUGAAUGCACCUGUUAUAGGGCCAUCCAAGCACCCAAAAUAUAAUUCUAUGCCAAGUCCAUCCCUUGACUUUAACCUGUCCUGUAGGAAAUCCUCAGAUCUCCACGCCCCAUCCUCCUGCUCUUACUGUAGCCAUAUCCAUGUCUCUUAUCUUCUUGAUCUACGGAUUAUGUUUCUGCUCUAAUAUUAAGCAGUGUUAUUGGUUGGGGAUUAAGACUGUCAUGGGAAGUUGCUAGUAUGUUCGCUGAGUGAUUUGGCAGAAAUAUGUGAAAUUUAUAAUGUCACGUGAGGUCAAAAGUCAGAAUGAAUAUAGCAAUCAUAUGUGUGCAGUAGAUCUAGUUUCAGGUAGAGAAAUUGCAGUUUAAAAAAAAAAAAUGUUUGAUAAGCACAUUUUUUAUUUUUUUUUUUAAUUUGUACUAAACUGUGUGUUUCAUGUUUUAUGGUUUAACAUUUUUGUAUUUUCUCAUUUUUUUAUUUUAUUUUUUAUUUGUGCAUGCCUGUAUCAAAGCUCACCUGCUCUUUUAUUGUGGGUUAAAAAAAAUUUGUUUAUACACCUUUUGUAAAUAAAAUUAGAUUCUAAGAUACAAAUUAUAAUUUAAGCUUUUUUGUGAAGGGUUUUGACAAGGACCUUUAAAAAAAAAAAAAUAUAUAUAUAUAUAUAUAUAUAUAUAUAUAUAUAUUUAAAAUCUUUACUAACUGUAAAUUAAAAUUGUUUAAUUAUGUUGUCAUGCAAUGCUAGUCGCAAAGGCCUCGCACACUCUCUCUAAGAAUCAUAUUCUCUAUUUACAUUGUCACAUUAACUGGGCAAAUGCUGUUUCUAUAUGUGAAUUAUACACUUGGUUUAUUCAUACACACAGUUAUGCGCUAUGCAUUGUUCUUGUCAUUUAUUUAGCAGAUUAUCCCCUAUUUCUCUGCUGUUUCUAUAUGAUCAGAUCUUGUAAGGAAAAAGAAACCUUAAGACCAGCAGUGGGAGAGCACGUAAUAAAAGGAAGUGGCCUCUAGGAGGGGGACUGAGACACAAAUUAGACAUUUGAAGAACCAUGCCUUUAGAAAAAGAUGGCCCUCAGUUAUUGUCAGUGAGCAAAACGUUCCAAAGCCAUGCUCCAGAGUCCAGACUCUUUAGAAAUCACCCUCCUCAUAUGGUCUUUAUUCACUUUUCACCCAUGUGUGCUUCUGCUAAGGAUGUAAAAUAACCGAAAAAGGUAUUAAAUACAGUAAGCAGACCUGCUUAUAAUCUUGGCAGUGUUCAAAACCGUGUACCUCCAAAGCGUAAAUCAGUGAAACAUGUCCCCAAAUUCACAGUUUUUCCUUGACACUUGAAAAUGUCUCAGAACAUGGAACUUGUGCAAAUGUUUGAGGGGAUCAGGAAAAGGCAAGGGUAGAGUAAUUGUCAAUGUACUGAGAAUUUAUUACUGGUUUAGUAAGAAAACAAAAUGGAGGAGAAACUAUGAUAUAAAUGGGACAAAGAUAUGGAACUCAUUCUUCAGUUUGGCCCAGGAUUUUGUGUGUCUGUCUGUCUCUCUCCUCUCUCCUCCCCCCACCUUAUCAGAGAAAAGGCAGUGUUGGUGUUACUGCCUAGGAGUACCUCUAUUCACUAGAGGUGCUUCAUAUCUCAGUGCUGCACUGUGUAGCGCAGAGACUCUAAACACUCCCCAUAGAGAUGCAUUGAUUCAGUGCAUAUCUGUGAUGAAAUGCUGAUUGGCGCAGCCUGGUGGUUUGCUGCGCAUGCGCAAUAGCCUCCCAAUGAUUUCCUACUGGAAAUCAUUGAAUUGGCUGCAAUCAUCAAAAUUGAUCGUAGCCAUGGAGGCAGGGCCAGCCUCUGUGAGACCAAAGGCUAGAUGGAGAAAAGGUAAGUAAAGUUACCCUUUAACUCCAAUCUGGGGGGGUAUUCCUAACAGUAUAUUUAGUGUUCCUCUAAAUACAUUUAAAACCUGUGACAGCACUGCACUGGUACAAUUAGUAGCUCGAGUUGCUGAUGCUGCCCCCACUCCCCUAUAAAAGUUUAUUGGGUUUUACUUUUUACUAGUAGAAGAAUAGCUGUUUUAACUCUAGACUAAUCCAUUUGUAAGGAUGUGCUGAGUGUAAAAUUGAAUAUAUAUUUGGAGAUACAUGAAGAUUGACAUCACUCACAUGGCAAUACAACUUUAGUGUUGCUUUAAGAAUAGUUUUGGCAGCUUGUCAAGCAUUUUCCAUUCACUAUUUACCCUGCUUAGACUUCAUCCACAGGAAAACUAAAUGCUACAUUUGUAGAUACUUGUGAAUUCUUAUGUCCGGCCUGUGUGAUGGCCAUAUUUUGAAAGCAAUAUAUCAAUACUUUGUGCAAUAUUUACAUAUCAUCACUGCCUCUAGUACUGUAAUUUGCUUUGUUUGCAGAGGACGUUGUGUUUUUGUCUUUAUAAUUUCCUCUGGCUCCAUAACAACUUAAUUUGACCGUGUUAUGGUGCCCUUUGUGUUUCUUUAAUUUGUUAAAAUUCUGAGUUUAGUGAAUAAUCCUGUCCGGGUGUGCAGUGUGAUUAUAAGGUGUUCUCUGGGGACAGUCUCAAUUCUGCUCAGAGCAAGGAUUUCUCAAAAUUACAGUUAUGUUAUCUGCUUUCUUUUUAUAAAAAUGGUUCACUUGAUUACAUCUUCUAGAAGCCCAAAAGUUGUUGGUGUAUAUAUUACAGCUUGGAAGUAAUGUAGCUAGGAAUUUAUUAAAGAUUAUAAAAUUAUCUCAUAGUUUAUUAACCAUUAAAGGAAGGUUAUUUUUUCAGUUGUUAUGAGUUUGAGACAUAGCUUAUUGAAUCUCUCUGUAUCCUUUCUUCAUGCGUAAAAAAAGAGCCUCUAUGAUUAACACUGCCAGGAAUCCAGUUCCCUAUCUUUAUGCUGACAUUUCUGAUAACCGUAAUUACUACUGUAUUGAAACCAUGCUUAAAGUAGACCCGAUGCUUCACAGUAGGGUAGCAAGUUAUUUUCAGCUGUGCACACCUGACUUUUUUUUUCUCAUGGUUCCACCUUUCGUAACAUUCCCCACUGCAAGUUUCUGCAAUGACUAUUUACAAAAAAUAUUUUAAAUAUUCUGUCAAACUAUUCCAUUGAAAAUUACAUUUUAAAAAGGUAUUAUGGUAUAUAUGUUGAUUUGUGACUGGAUUUUUUAUUUUAUUUUUUAAACUUUAAUAAUUCUGUCAUUCCUGUCAUGCACUACUAGUAAAGCCAAAAAGUUGAUUGGCACUGCAGACAUUUGCCACUAGGUGACCUCUAGGAAUUUUAAAAGGGCAUGCCAAGCCAUCCUGUUACAUGACCCCUGGGAUUGGAUAGGAUCGGGCAGCCCUCAUCACUCACAGCAUACCUCCUAACUGUCCCUAUUUAGGAGGGACUGUCCCACUAUUAAUCCCUUUCUCUCUUUUCUGUGAGCUCCAUAUUACUAUUAUUAUUAUUAUUAUUAUUCAUUGUUUGUAUUUAUCAGAUCUCCUCCGCAUAAUCCUCACAGCAAUGUGUCUUUACACAACAAUACAUUUGUUUAGAAAUGUGUUGGUAAGAUACAUUGAUCUUGUGCUGAAUUUUAAUUUUUGUUGCAGAAAAUGAUCAAUAAGUCACCUAAGGUUUCUCAGAACAGUUCUUCCACUGGCUACAUCCCCAACCACACUUCUAGAGGUAAAUUAUCCCUCUUUUUUCAUUUGAAAUGCUGGUGGUAUUUUCAGUUUGUGCAACACCUAACAAUUCCUAGUAUGUGGAUUUAAACUAAACCCGGUGGUUUAAUCAGUGGCGUCGCCAGGGGGAGGUCAGCGAGGGCCAUGGCCCCCUCUACAUCAUGCUGUGCCCCCCUCCCCCCCCCCCAAAUGCCGGCAACUUGCUGGCCAUGUUCUUACAUUAUAUUCCCUCGGACUGUAACAGUGUGUUACAGCCCGAGGGAAUGCAGGGCUGGGUGCUGUCUGUGCAGACAUGCUGGGAUCGGAGGGAGCACUGAUAGGCUCCCCGGCACAAGCCCCGCCCCUAAAACGAAGCCUCACCUCCCGCACAUAAGCCCAGACCUUGCUGCUGCUGGAAAGGCCAGAAUAUGGCUGUCUGACCCCCAGCAACAACCUCCAGUGACCAGUGGGCUUGAAAUGCUCAGGGAUGUGUGUGUGUGUGUCUGUCUGCUAGUGAGGAAGCUUGUGUGUGUGUGUGUGUGUGUGUGUGUGAACUCAGCAGUCUGUGUGUGUGUAUGGACCCAGCAGUCUGUGUGUGUGUGUGUGUGUAUGGACUCAGCAGUCUGUGUGUGUGUGGACUCAGCAGUCUGUGUGUGUGUGGACUCAGCAGUCUGUGUGUGUGUGGACUCAGCAGUCUGUGUGUAUGUAUGGAGUCAGCAGUCUGUGUGUAUGUAUGGAGUCAGCAGUCUGUCUGUGUAUGUAUGGAGUCAGCAGUCUGUCUGUGUAUGUGUAUGUAUGGAGUCAGCAGUCUGUCUGUGUAUGGACUCAGCAGUCUGUGUGUAUGUGUAUGGACUCAGCAGUCUGUGUGUAUGUGUAUGGACUCAGCAGUCUGUGUGUGUGUGUAUGGACUCAGCAGUCUGUGUGUGUGUGUAUGGUCCUUAUUACCGUACUAGAUUCUGUAGCAGCAUUUACUGAGAUGAAUAAAGCAUUGAAGGUAAUUAAUAAAACAAAUAAGACUCUCUACAUUUGUGAUCAAAAGCAUUGCAUCAUGGUACCUCAGUAGUGCGCAUGUACACUAAAGCCAUCUUUUGGAGAGAGAAAAAAGCCAUAUGAGCACAUGCCUGCUAAGGCAUACACGUACAGCCAUGUUGGUGCUAACCCAGUUUACAUGCUGUGCCCAGCAAUACAGCUAAACUGAGAAAAUAAAAUGUGUGGGAGAUGCGUUACUGUUCAGUUGUGCAAAACUAAUCUUACAAGUGACUACUUUUUUAACACUUAUCUUUGCAUAUGUACGUAUUAAAAUACUAUUUGUCUUUUCACUGGAUUGUGCACUCUGGUACUGUGAGCAAAAACUAAGCAGUGUAUUUUUACUCUUUUAAAAUUUUACAAUAAGAUUACUUAAAAUACUUUACACAAAUUACUAGAGCAACUGAAAGCUGUAUGUUUUAUGUCACUCUUUACAUUUAAUCUCUGCGCCAGCCUGUCAACUCAAAGUCUGAUCAUAAAACUGACCUUUACAUUUGUAAUCAGCCGUGCAGGGCAAUAUAUAAAAUAUUUACUUAUACAUGAGUGUAGUGAAUGUGAUUUGAUCUUUUAAAAUGUUCAAAAGAUUAUGACACUGCAUUUGCACACAUUUGUAACAGUCUGCCAUAAGUGCAUAUUUGGUUUGAAAGUUGCGCCGUUACAUAUGUAAGUUAUUUUAGAUCUCUACAAAUGUAACAGUAACUUUGUUUUUGUUAAAGGAACACUUUAGGCAUCUAAACCACUGUAUUGAAGGGCUGAUAGGCUUAAUGCAUCAAUUGAAUGCUUUCAGCUAAUCACUACCCCAGUCAAUGAUGUGAAUUAGAAUGGGCCAGGUGGAAACAUAGCUCCACCUCCACUAUUUCAUCAUUAAUAGAUGGGUUGUAGGCUACCAGGGGCUGAGUGUCUCUGCUAAGCAAUGAAUAAACUGGUUAUUACACCACCAUAAUGCACUAUCGAGACAUGAUAAACACAUCUAGAUGUUUGUUUUUCAGAGAUGCUCUUCUGUGCACAAUUUUUUUUUUUUUUUUUUUAUGGACCACUAUAGUGCCCGCCGGGCUCUAGAGAGAGGAAGGGGUUAAAAUCUUACAUUUCUCCUCCUCUCCUCUUUCCUAGCGACGUCAUCGGCUGAAUGCGCAUGCGCGGCAGGAGCCCCGCGCGCAUUCAGCCAGUUCAUAGGAAAGCGCUUACAAUGCUUUCCUAUGGACGCUGGUGUCUUCUCACUGUGGUUUUCACAGUGAGAAGCACGCAAGCGCCACUAGCGGCUGUCAAUGAGACAGCCACUAGAUGCUCUAGAGCAGGGUUGUCAAACAUGCGGCCCCCCAGAUGUUGCUGAACUACAACUCCCAUGAUUCUUUCAAUGAAACAGAUAGCCAGGGAAUCAUGGGAGUUGUAGUUCAGCAACAUCUGGGGGGCUGCAUGUUUGACAACCCUGCUCUAGAGGCUGGAUUAACCCUCAGUGUAAACUGUUUAUUAAAAAAAAAAAAAAAAAGGUUAACCCUAGCUGGACCAGGCACCCAGACCACUUCAUUAAGCUGAAGUGGUCUGGGUGCCUAUAGUGGUCCUUUAACAUAUAGUUUUAAGUGAAUGUUUGGCUAGACUUGUUCAAACAGACAGAUUUUCAUAUUCUCCUCUGAUCCCUCUCACAAGGCAUAGAGAACUGCCGCCCACUGUAUAUCUGUCUCAUCAUUCUCUGGAAACUGUUUAAAAAUCUGCAAAAGCCAACUGUUUCUAAUAUGUGUCUAACAAUCCUAUCAUAGUCAAAGGCUUAUAGAUAAGUUUCUCAUCCUGUGGAGCCCUGUGGGGUGAUUCUGAGGUUUCCAGGUGGAUUUGUACCCGUUUCAGAAGCAGAUGGUUUUUAUAAAAUACAGUGGUAAAAUAUUUAAAGGAACACUAGAGUUUUAGGAAUACAAACAUAUAUUCCUAAAAAUACAGUGCUUUAAUGACUAUUUAGGUGUUUGGUUCCUCUGAGAUUGCAGUGAAAAAGUAGUUUUACUCACCAUUUCACCCUUGCCAUGGCCCGGCCCCACCUCCAUGGCUGAAAUCUUGAUCAUCUCAGCUAAUCCAAUGCUUUCUCAUAAGACUGCGAAAUGCCUUGCUGCGCCAGUCCGCAUCUUCUCAUUAAGAUGCAUCUCUAUUAAACGUAGGUGCACAACACUAAUAUAGGAAACAUCUCUAGUGGGUCAUCAUGGGCACUUUGACCAGUUUGUGGCUACGCAACCCCAUGUGCAGCAAACUGCCAUGCACUGUGUGUUCCAAGACCUUUCUAUCAUGGCCAGCAUUGCAUUUUUCAACAAUUUGAGCUACAGUAGCUCAGACCAGAUGAUCUAGCCUUCACUCCCCAUUUGCAUAAAUGAGCCUUGGACACCCAUGACUCUGAAGCCAGUUAACUUCCAUGCACCACCUUUGGUAGGUACUAACCACUGCACCAGGAACACCCCAAAAGAGUUUAGCCAUCACUAUUUGGCCCUUGUCAAAGCCUUUUCACGUCACCAUUUUUCCUGCUUUGACACAUGUAAUUCAAGAACUGUUCACUUCCUGCCUUAUAUAUCUUGCACGGUUGUCAUUGUAACGAUAUAAUUGUUAUUCACUUCACCUGUCAGUGGUUUUAAUGUUAUGGCUGAUCAAUGAUGGUCAAAACUUGCUCUAGAAAAUGUAUGACUUAAAGGACCACUAUAGUGCCCUGAGGGUGCCCCCACCCUCAGGGUCCCCCUCCCGCCCGGCUCUGGAAGGGGGAAAGGGGUAAAAACUUACCUUUUUCCAGCACUGGGCGGAGAGCUCUCCUCCUCCGAUCCUCCUCUUCUCCUCCCCGUCGGCUGAAUGCGCACGCGCGGCAAGAGCUGCGCGCGCAUUCAGCCGGUCUCAUAGGAAAGCAUUUACAAUGCUUUCCUAUGGACGCUGGCGUGCUCUCACUGUGAAAAUUACAGUGAGAAGCACGCAAGCGCCUCUAGUGGCUGUCAAUGAGACAGCCACUAGAGGGAAUAGGGGGAAGGCUUAACCCAUUAAUAAACAUAGCAGUUUCUCUGAAACUGCUAUGUUUAUGAAAAAAUGGGUUAACCCUAGCUGGACCUGGCACCCAAACCACUUCAUUAAGCUGAAGUGGUCUGGGUGCCUAGAGUGGUCCUUUAACAUCACUUUGAGUUUCCCAAACUGAAGACAUUUAAUGACCUCCUGUAUCAAAAUUAACUGGUGGCGGUGGAGUAACACUCCAUUAGUAAUACAAACGUGUAUUCCUUCACAAUAGUGUUUCCCUUCCCAACUCUAGUGGUUUAUUGAACAAUAGCUCUAUGAAGAGAUUCCAGAGUAGUAGUUUUCUGUAGAAAGUUCAAUGUCUGUGACACUACCCCAGUAACUACUUUACAUAGUGGAAAGUUAUUGCGAUAAAAUGACUGAAUAGAAAUAAGUUAUUAUACAAUUAUAUUGUCAUUUAAAGAAAUUCAGACUUGUACGUUCAUAACAUAACGUCAUUCAUAUAUGUGUUCUUAUCAUUAUGUUACUUAAAGGGACUCUCCAGUGCCAGGAAAACAAAUGUUUUCCUGGCACUGCAGGAUCAUGCAGUGCCUCCCACCCUCCAACCCAUGUUGCUGAAGCGGUUAAAACCCGUUCAGUGACUUACCUGAAUCCAGCACCGAUGUCCCUCGGCGCUGGGUCAGGCUCCGCUCACACUCCUCCCUGGUCGAUGUCAGCCGGCGGGGGAGACGUAAUGCGCAUGUGCGGCAAUGGCCGCGUGCAUUAGACCUCCCCAUAGGAAAGCGUUAUUCAUUGCUUUCCUGUGGGGAUUCCGUCGACGCAGUAAUUACACUUGCAGGGUUAAGGGUGAUGGGAGUUGGCACCCAGACCACUUUAAUGGGUUGAAGUGGUCUGGGUGCCUGAAGUGUCCCUUUAAGGUUUCCAGUUAUAGUGUAAAAUACUUUCCACAUUGAAGGGGUUGCAAAAUCAUUAAAUGGCUGGCAGCUUCCGCUGACACUCUCAGUCAAUUAAUGCCCAAGGUUGCACACAAUUGAUAAUGCUAAUGCAGCAAUAUGUACUUCCACUUUACCACAUCAGUGCAGACUGGAAGGACCACUGCAAGCUACCAAGCUAUGCACAGAUCAAAUCGUUCUUGAACAGUUUAACGACUUAUUAUUGGAGUUAUGUUACUUAGAGUAUCCAUUUAAAGGAACACUCUGUCAGGAACACACACCUGUAUUCCUGACCCUAUUUAGAUGGCUUGCCCCCCUUGGAAAGGGUUAAAACUUCCCUAGUUUCCAGCACAGCGCUGGCCCCGCCCCCGGUCUGCCUCUUUGGCCACAAUAUCAGAAUUGAUCUCAGACAUUCCAAUGCUUUUCCUAUGGGAAAGCAUUUAAAUGGCUGAGAUCGCCAUGGGGGCGUUGCCAAACUCUGGCCAGGCCAAUCUGCAUCUCCUCAUAGAGCUGCAUUAAAUCAGUGCAUCUCUAUGAGGAAAGUUAAAGGGACACUCCAGGCACCCAGACCACUUCUGCCCAUUGGAGUGGUCUGGGUGCAAACUCCCACUACCCUUAACCCUGCAACUGUAAUUAUUGCAGUUUUCAUAAACUGCAAUAAUUACCUUGCAGGGUUAACUCCUCCUCUAGUGGCUGUCUACUAAUGAGAGAUUGAGGUUUAAACGGAACUGAUCACUUAGUUUAAGAAUUUGUGCCUACAGAGCCAUGGGAAAAUGUAAAAAAAUAAAUAAAAUAAAUGUAUGUGUGUGUGUAUAUAUGUAUAUAUAUGUAUAUAUAUAUAUAUCAUUUUUUUUUUAUGUUUGCUUUUCUGAUAGUGCCCAGUAUAAAUGGGUAUUUCUAAGCAUUACUGCACCACAGCAUGGCACAAUAAAGUAUUUUAGGUGUCGUUCUGAUAAUUGCUUCUGACGAGUGAGUAAUGCUGAUGUCUAAAGUUGGUUAUCAGGUGUUAUUGGGUGUGAACCUCGCUAAUUUUCACUGUUAAGUUUUCUCAUCCCACUCAUUGAUGAAAUGUGGUUAAUGUGUGCAUUUCCUUACAUCUGCAAAAGCUAAUUACUCUUGAAAUAAUUAUCACCCGUCACCUCACUGGUGCUCUGGGUUGAAAGCUUUUGUGCCAUAUUUGACAUUUCUGUAUACACCCAGCAGUAUUUGUAUUUUUAAAGUAAGGGGAUAAGAGAGAAUGCAUGCAGAAUCAAUAUUCCUAUGUUUGGCUAAUAAAGACCUAAUGUGUUUUAAAACUUAUAAUUUGCUUACAUUACUCUGCACGUAAGCUUUCUUUAGUGAGUCAGAACCCACAUUAACAGACAUUGUGGCCAUCUUGGAGAAAGUAAAAGCAAAGUUUGGUGCAAAUAUAUCUUCAGAGUUAACGAAAUAAUGAAUUGUUCAUCUGAAACUUGCCCUCUAUUCAUACGUUUUGUAAAUGAAUAAACAACCCAUGUACUCGGGGGAAAUAGCCUAUCAUUUAGGGAAAAGUAUUGCCAUAUCCACGAUAUUAUCAUGGACACUUAUCACAUUUUCAUGCUGGACAGGAAGUGCUAUCUUGUGAAAUUAUAUAAAUAUAAAUUUCUGUUUUUUCGAGUUUCCUCAUUGAUGAAUGUAUUGACGUUCCUUCCACGGCAUUUCUGUGUGCUACAUGACAGCACAUUUCAUGUAAUGCCCAUCAGCGUGAAAACCUAAUGUGCCCUGGGAGCAUGAUGGAUCUGGGAACACUGCGUAGGAUAGAUUGUAUGCUGCCACUGUAAUAAGUUAGUGUGGAGGGUGACCGAUUGAGUGUGUACACCGUGUAUUGAAAUAUUGCAUGUGUUAAAAUCCCAUCCAUGGCAUUUGAAUGUUGAUCUCUGAUGUUGCUCUCUUUUAUUAUCCUGUUUAACUCCCCAUUCUGCAUCUCAUGAGUUUCGUUUGACUUAUUUUCCAUUCCCCCUUGUUGGUGGUUCCUUGUACGAACACACCCUCCCUCCCUAGUUCUCUGCUUCUGAUGUCUCUCUGACUGGAAGGAUCUGCCUUGCUUUAGAUUCCGCAAACUGAUUAGUAAUAUCUUUUUGCAAUGUAACAGGAAUGUGCAGUCCUGUCUUUAACAUGCAGGUUCAUACUGAUUAAAGGCUGAUAGUGCAAGAGCAACACAUGCUAGGAAAUCAGAGUUAAGUAUACUUUAUAGUGUAAAAAAAAGUUUCCAGAGAAUUUGCCAGGAGGAGGAAUUAAUAUUUUAUUUUUACAAAAAAUGCCAUUUAGGUGUUGAUAACACCUUUUUGUUAUGUUGUGGUUCUGGCUUUGGAACAAGUGUGGCAGAUGGUUUCAUGCUCAUACUACAGUGCAGUUUAUUUGUGGCCCAAAUCAAAGCUCCCCUGAUGAUUGGGCUUGAUAAACACCAGAAUCCUUAAAGCUACGGUUGUUAAAAUUGUGUAAUUAUGUUCAUUUGUUUAGACCAUUUGCGUAAUCCUUAAUCUGUGUCCCUGCCACCAUAAUAAUAAUCUGCUGAAGUUUGUUGCCUCAUCUCAUGUUGGACAGGGUUCCCACACGUAUCUCUCUCUGAUGCCUUCUAAAAGGCAACGAGAUCUGAGUUUCCCCAGUAGUUGUCUGUUAUUUAAGAUGCUUGAAAGGGUACCUUUUUACUUGAUCUUUCAGAAAAAGCACAAUAUGUUGGUCUAGGAUUCUUGUUUGGAUGAGUAGUUGCUCCCCAUAGACAUGAGACAUUGGCAUGUUGGACAGUAGCAGGUGGAAUGCACAUUUGAGUAGCUUUGCAUCCAACUCCAAUCAAUGCGGUUAUGCCGCAUUUUGCAGGAAGCAAUUUACAAGCAAAGUUGCUUUGCUCCCCCUUUUUAUUUAUUUAGUUAUUUAAAUUAAUUUUUAUAUUAUCCCUUAUUCUGGAUUUAUUUUUUCUGUCCUUUAAUUUCUCUUUCUAUUUAGGAUGUCUAGCAUGGGGGAAAUUCCUUUGGAGGAAGGAAAACCCACUAUAUAAAAAAAAUUGGGGGAAAAAUUUGCAUGUGUUUGUUGUAACAUCCCUCUGAGGAAUAUAGUAAGAAACUGUGCAAUUCCAGAAAACGUACAUAUUAUCACCAGUCUUUCUGAUACCUCAAGGCCUAAGCAUAGUCCAAUUGGCUUUGGCACUGGCUUAAGAAGCUCCUUCAGAACAAGACUGCAACUAGGUUGUCUAUACAUGCAUUCAGCAGACAUUAAUGUUGAACAUUCUAUUCUCUGAAGACAAUGCUUUCACGCAUAACACCCUUUAAAUUCAAGUAAAGUCUGUCCCUUACCGCCUCAUGCAAACUGAUUUUUGUUUACUUACAGUAAAAUGCGUUUUCUGGAGUGAAAACUUUAGUGUCCUUUUACCUCCCAUCCAUACCACCCCCAUCUUUCGGAUUUGUGUGAGGACCUAGAGUGCUUGGAAUCGGGCUUCCUUUAAUAGGAGAUCUAUCUUUUGCUAUUUUGGACAACCUGUCCAGCAAAUACGUGGCUAGUGCCUACAACUACACAGUACUGCUGCUUUUUACUAUGGAGAAAUGAUUUUCAGCUAAGUAUUAUUUAUUGUGUGGCUGAGGUUUUUUUGUGUGUAUAUUUUGGCCUGGUUGUGCUUGCUGAAUGUUAACUGGCAUUACCUGCUUUGUAAGUUGAUUGGUAAACCCAAACAGCAGUAACAAUGUGGAGGAGUGGAAGAUAAUUAACUUUGCUAAGCCAUCAGAGAGAGUGUCUUUUUAGGGUGGAAUAUUCCCUGCAUAUUACACACCAGUAACAUGCAAAUUAGACAGGAUGAUAAAUCAUAUACAUAGAAAUGUGAGAAGGAUGGUAGAAAUGAUUCACAUUAAAACAAACUUGAUUUGUAGUAAUAAGUUGACAAGAUAGUGGCUAUCUGAGCUUUGUUGAAUUCCCAAUCAUUUCAAGACGGUCCACAGCUUUUCAGUUUAAUUCCGCAAGAACCAGACAGUCUACUUUGUAUAUAGAGCAAUCAUUGAACUUGCAGUUCUAGUAAAUAAACUUCUGAUUGUCAGUUAGAAAAUAGCAUGUGUUUUUUGUCCUCCUUCAUUUUUGUUUUGUGUAUAUUCUUCCUUACUUUAUAUUUGGUAAACAUACCUGCUUGUAGAAUUGUUAUGAACCCAUUCGUUUUCCAGCAUGCUCUAUUCAUGUGGUGACCUUUUGGAGGAUGAAUCCCAGAUUACGAGCUAUAGAGGAGUAUUGUCUUCUGACUGAGGCAAUGACAUUUUGUAGUCCCAAACAAUUUCAUGUGUAUUUUUCAUGCAUAAAUGAAUCGUAGCUAUGGAUUCAUUUACAUGUGUUCGUCAGUUUACAAGCUAUACUGUGCUGAACCCAGCCACAACGUACAUGAAACUGCUUGUCCAAUAACUUAACCAGGUGAAAUCACAAACUUGUAUGUAAAACAAUCCGUAUAAUAUUAGAACUGUUGUAUAAAAUAAACUUGAUCUUUGUUUUGUUUCUAUUAGUCAACACUCUGCAUAUAGUUUGUAGACUAGAAAUGUAUGUAGGGCUUGACAAAUUUGUUUUCGAACUAGGAGCCAGAAAAAAAAGUUAGGAGCCAGCCCCCUCUCCCCAACGACAAAAAUACAAUUCUUAAAGGAACAGUAUAGUCACCAGAACCACUGCAGCUUAAUGUAAUGUCUCUGGUGUAUACAGUCUGUCCCUGUAGACUUUUCAAUCUAAACGCUGCCUUUUCGGAGAUUAGGCAGUUUCUACAUUGCUGCCUAGUAAUAUCUCUAGUGGCUGUCACUCAAAUGGCCACUAAAUUGUCUAUCUUAGUCCACAAUGUGCAGCCCCUACAUUCAGCAUCUCCACAUUCUGCAUGGAGGCGCUGAACGUUCCCCAUAGAUAUGCUUUUCAUUGAUUUAAUGCAUCUCUGUGAAGAGAUGUGGAUUGGUAAUUGAUCAUUUUAGCUACGGAGGCAGGCCAACUACAGCGAGACCAGCACAGCACUGGAAAAAAGUUGAGUAAAAACAGAAUUCCCAAGGCUGGUAACCUAAACACACAUUCACUGACAGACACCUGGACUGACACACGCACGGAGAGACAGAGAUGCGCGCGCACACACGCACAAACACUGAGAGACAGACACAGAGAGACAGACAGGUGCGCGCUCUCUCUCUCUCCACGCACACAAAGUAUUUAUUUAUUAUUAAUACACUCAAAUAUAUACUUAAACACGAACAUUCAUAUAUACACACGGACAUGACAGAUACACAAAAAUUAAAAAAGAAAAAUACAUAUUUUUAGCCACCGUCCUACUUUUUGGACUCAAGAGGGUGGCUCCCCUGGGGUCCAGUGGGACUUGGCAGCAGCAGGUGACAUCUGGCUAGUGGGGCAGGCUGCGGCUAAUGGGAGUAGGCAGCCGCUGUUCCGGACUCCCUCCUUCCGCCUCCUGUCUCUCCAGCCCCCUCCCGAGCAGCGAGAGGAAGUGAACUGUAAUAACUUCCUCCUGGUGCUGAGGUCAUGCAGGGUAAAGGGCAGCUCUGCAGCAUGGGGGUGGAAGGGGGCGGAGAGCAGAACAGUCUUUACCUCGUGUCCUGCCAGGUUAGCUUGCCAUUCCCCUGCGCUGCCUCUGCACCGGGAGGAAGUAAUUACAGUUCUUCACUUCCUCCCGGCGCACAAAGUGCUGCAUGGGGAUUGAGACCGGAGGUGGAGGUAACGGGCUGACUAAUCCCAGGCGCCAGGGCAAAAUAUUUAGUCGCCAUGGCGCCUGGGAUUUGUCGAGCCUUGAUGUAUAGGAACACUGAAGUCACCCAGACCACUCAAUCUCAAUGGCUGUAUGUUUAUCCCGCCAUGAUCAUAGUAAUAGUCGGUACAAUGGAAGAACCUCUAGUGACUGAGUAAAACUUUGUCACAUGAAGCAGCAGCUCAUAAGAAAGCAUUGGAUUCAAUGAUUUCCUAUGAAAAGCAUUGGGUGCAUGCGCUCGCUAUGCAUGCAAGUCAGGCUUGAGAACAUUUGAGUGAUUUGACGAUUGCUGGAGGAUGCUAUGCCUCCUCGAUCUCGUGGAAGGAGGAGAGUUGAGCAGCACAGAGGGAAGAGGGAGACUUGGUGCUGGGAAAAGGUGAGUAAAAACAUUAAUUUAAUUGAAAAUAACUAGGGGGUUUAAAACUAGGGACAUGGGCACUAUAGAAUUAGGAAUAUGGUUUAUAUUACUAAUGCUACAGGAUUCCUAGAAUUCUUUCUGUCUAAUCUCCAAUACAGUUGGCCACAAAAUAAUGUUUUUGUGUUUUUGCCUAAGCCAGGUAUUGAAGUGGUUAAAUGUAUUUGCCAAUACUCUUGAAAAGUUAGAUUUGCUUAAAUGGAUUUUGUUCUGUGAAAUAUGACCCAUAUUAGGUCGCCACCAGUUAUUUGAUAUAUUUCUUAUUUUUCACUUAUCUAAUGAACCCAUUUUAGAGAUUUUAUUCCCUCAUAGGAGUACUUAUCAUGAAUGAGAAUAGUUAUACGUUUGCAAAUAAGUAUUAUAGCUCUGCUUUUUUCACUGUUAUCCAAAAGUCACAAAGCAAGUGGGUUUGAUUAAUUUUUAAAUUAUAUUUUUGCAAGAUCCCCGCUACUGACCUUGACAGACUCAUCGGCUCUUCUUAUGGUGCUCUCAGACCCAUUAUUGCGCCUGGUUGCCUUUUAAAUUUGUUGAUGAAUUCAGACAUUGUUGUCUGUUAUAACUGCAGAAUUCAGCAAUGCAAAGUCCACACAUGGCAUCAAUUUUAUUUUGCCAGCAAAUGUCUUUGCUUUCCCAUGUCCAUUGUCAUGGGGCUGUGUGUACAAUAUAAAAGGAUGUGCUUGGCCAGUAAUUGCAGAAGUGUAUCUUUACAGGAUCUUAUACUGUCUGUAGGGUUGUACAAAUUAAUUUCAAACUUAGGCAAUUACUUGUCAAAUAAAAUUCUGUAUUCACCAUCUACAUGGAACAAACAGAAACAAAUGAUCACACUGUUUCUUCUAUUUCACAGUAAUGGCUGGCAGCUUGAGAACAUUUUAUUGAAUAAGCUACUUUUUUAGUAAUGGAUAUUAAUCCUACCAUAAAUCUGUAAAACAAAAGAUGGGGCUUGUCUAGUGAUUAAUUUAGUCAUUUUCUUUUGUUUUCCCUGCAAUUUUGCUUAUUGAUUUUUAUUUUCUGUCUUAUUUGAUUUUACACUGAAAUUUCCUGUAUCACCCACCUGGACAAAUUGAAGAGUUAGAUAAUCUACUAGUUGAGGAAAUAGCUAAAAUGACAAUGAAGGGGGAAGUUAUCAUCAUGGGUGACUUUAAUCUUCCUGAUGUAAAUUGGAAAACAAAAUUAGCUACUUGUGCCAGGAGCACACAUAUUCUAAACUCCCUACUGGAGUUGUCUCUAAAGCAAGUUGUUGAGGAGCCAACUCGUAAAGAGGCCAUACUAGAUUUAGUGUUAACAAAUGGAGAUUUGGUAUCAGAUAUUACUGUAGGUGAAAGUUUAGGAUCCAGUGAUCAUCAGUCAGUGUGGUUUAAUAUAAGAACAGUGACUGAGUCACACCACACAAAAACAAAAGUUUUAGACUUUAGAAAAACAGACUUUUCUAAAAUUAGAAUAUGGGUAGAGGAGUCAUUAUCAGACUGGAGCAAUUUAAAUGGAGUCCAAGAAAAUGGGAUUAUUUAAAAGUUGCACUAUUGAAGGCAACAGAAAAUUGCAUUAGGCUUGUCAGUAAAGCAAAAAAUUCAAGAAACCACUGUGGUACUCCGCAGAUGUGGCCAAAAUAGUUAAAAACAAAAAGUUAGCAUUUAGGAAUUAUAAAAAAACCCAGAGUGAGGGAGACAAAAUGAUCUAUAAGAUUAGGCAGAAAGAGGCUAAGCAAGUUAUAAGAGCUUCCAAAUCACACACAGAAGAGAAAAUAGCACAGUCAGUAAAAAAGGGGAAUAAAACAUUUUUUAGAUACAUAAAUGAGAAAAGAAAAGUAAAACAAGGAUUAGUUAGAUUAAAAACAAAAGAAGGAAGGUAUGUAGAAGAGGAUAAAGGUCAGGCUGACUGCCUCAAUGAAUAUUUUGUUCUGUAUUUACAGUAGAAAAUGAAGGAAAGGGACCUCAGUUGAGAAAAAGGAUAAAUGAGUCAUUUAUUACACGUGAGUUUACAGAGGAAGAGGUUCUAUUUCAACUGUCAAAAGUAAAGACAAAUAAGUCAAUGGGACCUGAUGGAAUACACCCAAAAGCUAUUAAAAGAGCUUAGUGGUGUACUAGCAAAACCAUUAACAGAUUUAUUUAACCAAUCAUUGUUAACAGGAGUAGUCCCAGAAGAUUGGAAGUUAGCGAAUGUUGUGCCCAUUUACAAGAAAGGUAAUAGGGAGGAGUCGGGCAACUAUAGGCCAAUAAGCCUUACUUCAGUAGUGGGGAAAGUGAUGGAAACCAUGUUAAAGGAUAGGAUUGAUGAACAUCUAAAAACACAUGGAUUUCAAGAUCAGAGACAACAUGGGUUUACUUCAGGGAGAUCAUGCCAAACUAAUCUUAUUGAUUUUUGAUUGGGUAACUAAAAUUAUAGAUCAGGGUGGUGCUUACCUAGAUUUCAGUAAGGCUUUUGACACUGUUGCACAUAGAAGGCUUAUCAAUAAACUGCAAUCUUUAAGUUUGGAUUCCAAUAUUGUUGAAUGGGUAAGGCAGUGGCUGAAUAACAGGCAACAGAGGGUUGUAGUUAAUGGAAUAUAUUCGAAGCUUGGACUUGUCACCAGUGGGGUACCUCAGGGAUCUGUACUUGGACCCAUUCUCUUUAAUAUUUUUAUUAGUGAUAUUGCAGAAGGUCUUGAUAGUAAGGUAUGUCUUUUUGCUGAUGAUACUAAGAUAUGUAACAGGGUUGAUGUUCCAGGAGGGUAAGCCAAAUGACAAAUGAUUUAGGUAAACUAGAAAAAUGGUCAGAAUUGUGGCAACUGACAUUUAACGUGGAUAAGUGCAAGAUAAUGCAUCUUGGACGUAAAAACCCAAGGGCAGAGUACAGAAUAUUUGAUAGAGUCCUAACCUCAACAUAUGAGGAAAGGGAUUUAGGGGUGAUUAUUUAUGAUGACUUAAAGGUAGGCAAACAAUGUAAUAGAGCAGCAGGAAAUGCUAGCAGAAUGCUUGGUUGUAUAGGGAGAGGUAUUAGCAGUAGAAAGAGGGAAGUGCUCAUGCCAUUGUACAGAACACUGGUGAGACCUCACUUGGAGUAUUAUUGUACGUAGUACUGGAGACCGUAUCUUCAGAAGGAUAUUGAUACCUUAGAGAGGGGUUCAGAGAAGGGCUACUAAACUGGUUCAUGGAUUGCGGGAUAAAACUUACCAGGAAAGGUUAAAGGAUCUUAACAUGUAUAGCUUGGAGGAAAGACGAGACAGGGGGGAUAUGAUAGAAACAUUUAAAUACAUAAAGGGCAUCAACACAGUAAAGGAGGAGACUAUAUUUAAAAGAAGAAAAACUACCACAACAAGAGGACAUAGUCUUAAAUUAGAGGGACAAGGUUUAAAAAUAAUAUCAGGAAGUAUUACUUUACUGAGAGGGUAGUGGAUGCAUGGAAUAGCCUUCCAGCUGAAGUGGUAGAGGUUAACACAGUAAAAGAGUUUAAGCAUGCGUGGGAUAGGCAUAAGGCUAUCCUAACUAUAAGAUAAGACUAGGGACUAAUGAAAGUAUUUAGAAAAUUGGGCAGACUAGAUGGGCCGAAUGGUUCUUAUCUGCCGUCACAUUCUAUGUUUCUAUGUUUCUAUGCUUUCAGUCGGAGUAUUAAAGUGAGCGAGCGUACACUCCUGCUUUGUAACUAUUCAUGAAAAUGAAUAACAUGCUGCCUAACUCUCAUUAUGAUGAGGGGAAAGAACCAUGAGAACCACUCGAGUAACUCAAUGGAAGGUGCUGUAAGCAUCUAUUAAUUUCUGCAAGGAAUUUUCAUUUUUUAUUUCCACCCAAAUGGAUUGUUUGUCUGGAAGUCCCUUGUGUGAAAUGGCCCAUUCCUUCCUAAGCGAACUCUCUACUUGAAUUGAUGAGAUGUGCAGCUGAAUAAGUUCCACUUAGAGGCAGCAACACAUUUGUUUAUUUUGUAUAAUGUGAGAUGCAUGGCUGUAGCUUUGGUACAUCUUGUUCUUUUGAUACAAUUUGACUGUUUAAGCAUUAAUGGGUUACCCCAAGCACCAUAACCACUUCAUGGUUCCUGGAGUCUGUUUGAGCAGUGUUUAGUUUUGGAAAGCUGCACUUACGGCGUUUAACCACCCUGUCAGCAGCAUCAUACGGGCGACAUUAGUUAACCCAGAGUUUCUUGGUUUCCAAGCUGGCUAAAGUCAGUUCUGUUCAUCUUCCAGCACACAUCUGCAUUCUUUCCCUUGAAUGGCCUGCGGGAUCAACUUGCGUUGACCGGUGCCCGGUGCAGACCCAUCAACAGGAAACGGGGCCUUCAUAACCACUACUGCUUCAAGAAUUAUUGAGAACUCAUGACCCUUUUUCACUAAGCUCUAUUCAUUAGGCUAUAGAAGUUGUAUUACUUGGAGUAACCAUUUUACCCUUGGUUGGUAGAUGGUUGGUCAGAAUUACAUUAAAAUGAUAUUUCUUUUGGUGCAUUUGAAAAACAUGAUUUUACUCUAUUGCUCUCACAAACGGUCACUCACUCGCUAUAAAAUUAAUAUAUUAUUUUGUAAGCCAUGUGAAGUGGUUGUCCCUGGGCUUAUCAUUCUUUGAUGAACUGCUUUCCAUUACUUUUGUUUGAGUGGGUAUUGUCCAUUCUAUUUAUUUUGGCUUGUUGUUUUUGUGUCUUUAAAGGCUUACCUUGAAUUUUACAGGAUAAAAUGGUCUGUGGUUUGGAAAGAUAAUAUAGUAUUUUAGAUUGGUUAUCUGGUGAUGGCCAUUUGGCCCAGUGAUCUGAUGAUAAUCGGUGAUCUUUAUUCUUCCUAGCUGUUUGUGGAUAAGGAUUCUCUGUUUUUUAGUUUUUUACUUUAAUUUCUCGCUUAAAAAAUAAAUAAAAUUAUAUAUACAUUAAUGUUUUUAUUUUUUAUGUAGGUCCUCAAUCCCUAUUAAAUGAGCAGUGAGUGAUGAGAUGUAGGCAGUUGGACACUGGUACCAAUAGCAGUGCUUUGUAAGGGUAUGUGGGUAUUUUAAUAUCUAUUCCCUUUCUUUCAAUAUGCUCAAAGGAUUACUCUAACGUUAUACAGCCCACUGUAGUGGUUAUGUUGGUAGGAGUACCAUUAAGAGCUUUUUGGGCAUGGGCAGAAAAAUGCCACACCGUGCCAAUAACCCGGUCUCUCUGAGACCAUCUUUUUGAAGUAGCAAAAUUUACUAGACUAUUUCUACAUAAACUCUAGUAGCUGUCAGAUUCUUUUAAACCUGCAGAACGACAAAUGUUGUACAUUGCAGGGUUAAAACUAGAUAGACCUGGCACCCAGACCGCAUAAUUGAGAGUAAAAUCUUGCCUGUUGUUUUCCUAUAUUUUUCUUAUGUCUGAGAUGCAAUUAUAGAUUAUUCUGACUAACUCACCAUGAUCAAUAAUAUUAUGAUGAUUAUUUUUAAUAUAAUUAUUUUCUUUGAUUUUUUUUUUUUUUUUUAAAUUUGCUGACCCACUGGUACAGAUUAACUUGUGGUCUUUGCACCGAGCAGGUCUCCUCAUCACCUUCUGUGUGUAAUCAGGUCUACUGAGGUGUUGUUCUUCUGACUUUUUAUUUAUUUAAAAAAAUAAAUAAAUAAAAAUUGUGGUGUAAGCACCCAGACCACUAUGGCUCGUUGAAGUGGUCAGGGUGCUGUGUCCCUUUUGCACCUAGUGCUGCAAUAUAAAACAUUGCAGUUCCAGAGAACUGCAAUGUUUACAUUGCAGCUCUAAGUCUGCCCUCAGUUGCUGUCUACCAGACAGCCACUAGAGUGCUUCCGUAAUCCAAACGGACCUCUGGUCCGUUAUUUGACGCUGCGUGUCCUCCCACUCUGCAUGAGGACCUCCAGCGUCCGCUUUUUCCCCCUAGGAAAGCAUUGAUUCAAUGCUUUCCUAUGGAGAGCUCUAAUGCGAUCGUGGCAUUUGCUGCGCUUUCGACCACACUAGUCGCAGGAUGGAGGGUGCGGAGCGUCGCCCACACAGAGGGACAUCAGCGCUAGAGUAAGGUAAGUAAAGGGUUCUUAACCCUUUUAUUUACUGGGAAGGAGGGUUCACAAGGGAAGGGGGAGGCAGAGGGUUCGGUAGUGCCAGGAAUACAGCUUUGCAGAGACCAGUCUCUCUGAUUGUACAAAGUGUCAAAUAUGAUAUCCCCUGUCAUGUAGGACUGGCUAGCUACCUUUGCAUUGCCAGGCUCUGCAAACUUUUUUCAUGAUGCCAAACCAGAAUCUCAAUUGAAAAUCUUGUGCACCAGCAUCUGUAAUGUAGCAUCACACUCCUAAGUGUAGUCUAUUCUUAAACUGUGUUAGAUGCCUUUUAGCUCUAUACAUUACUACACCAAAAUGGUAGGAAGUUAUGCAAUUGGUCGCAGGGUGCUAAAAAUAAAACUUAAGUGCUUUAAGCUGCUCUCAGCUCUUCCACAUUCUAAGCCUUUCUAUUGAAAAUGGAUAAGCACUGUGCCAAUCUGUCCAUCCCUUAUAUGGGCAGACACUGUGACCCCAAUUAGACAGGAUCUUAAUACGUUCACUGCUUGACUAUUAGAACCCAGAAAGUCGUUUGUUUUUUGUUUUAUAGCCUCAAGUAAAAUGUAUUUUAUUAAAUUUAUCGAAAGUAGAAUUUUUAGUUACAUUUUUACAAUAGUUUCCUCCUCUCUCUGAAUAUGUUAAGCUUUUCUUAAUUUCUGAUCUUUUUUUUUUUUUUUUUCCCAUAAAAUACUUAAGACAAAGUAGGGACUACUUUGUCUUGUGUGUGUAUUUUUCCUAUGCUUAGCAAAUCUUGACAAAGGUCCAAUUCUCCGAUAAUACUCACUUGCCUAUUGCAUCCCUUGUCUCUAAUCUUUUGAUCUAUUACAGUGGUUCCCAACCCAGUCCUCAAGUACCCCCAAACAAUCCAGAAUUUAGGAAUUACCCAAUUGUGUCUAAAAAUAAAACUUUAGCCACAAUAUGGUAAUUUAUAAAUCCUGGACUGGUAGGGAAUACUUGAGGACUGGAUUGGGUACCCCUAAUCUAUUCUAUACUCAUUCUUCCCUGUACCUUGUGCAUGCCUUUGCGUUUGGCUUCCUGGACAGCAAAUACCUACCAUGACAGAAGCUUUAAAGGAAAUGUUUAUCAUUUAUAUUCGUAAUAAAUUAAAAUAUGGAAAAGCCAUACAUUUUUAAAUAAAGCAAAAAUGGUUUAUCUAAAGUUAUAUUUGCUGCAAUGUCCAAUGCAUUGCAAGUUUUACAGUAAGAUCUGCCUAGACAAGGAUGUGACACAGCCAGUUAUGAAGCUUUCUUAAAUGGACACUCUGCAAUGUAAUAACUGCAGUAAUUACGGUGCUUAAAGAGUUAGUUACACCCUCUCGUUUUUUUUUGUUUACAUUUUUAGAGUGUUUUCAACAAAAAAGGCAUUUCUGACACCUGGCUAGCUGGCUGCUUAGAUAAUGCAAAGGUUUCAUACAAACAAUUAAUUGUGGGAAUUUUUUUUAGAGUUCAUGAAUAUUUUUGUGUGUGUUCUGACUCAAGGGUUGAGCUCUAUAUUGUUAGUACAGAAAAGCAACCUAAACUAUAAACAUGAUUGCUGCAGUUGGUGCUUGCAAAUUUUAAGUCCUACAAUGUACUCUUGUCAAAUUUCAAGUCCUACAAUGUACUCUUGUAUUAGAAGAGAAGGUACACAGCAACAUUUUGACCCACACCAGGGACUUUGUCAAGCUUUACAAAGACCCAGGUGUGGGUCAAAACGUUGCUGUGCACCUUCUCUUCUAAUAAAUUUGCCUAAAAGAGUUGGUGGUGUCUGGACCUUUCUUCUAUGUUCUGGUAUCUACAAUUGAUGAGAUUGUGGUGGCCCAUGGUCCCGUUUUCCACCCGUGGCUUUUUGUAGAUUGAGUGCGGUUGAGCAGACCAACCAUUUGCAUUACAAUUACAAUAUUUGCCAACCAGAAUACUAUUAGCCAGAUUAUUAUUAAUUACAUGUAACUGCAAGUACAAAAUUAUACAGUAGUAAACUGCAGGUACAAAUAGUAACAUUGUUGUAGUAAAUUAAUAAUGUAGUAACUAAGAUAUAAUGUAGUAACUAAGAUGAAGAAAAUUCGGUAGAAUAGCUUAUGUUUCUCCGUCUGUACAUUUAAGCUGUAGUCUUCAAAUUAAAUGGGCUUCUUGCAGGGGUGGAAUUAAAACUCCCCUUAUUUCCAGUGCUGCGCAGGUCCGCCGGCACUAGCCCCACCCCCUUGGUGCCAUCACCAGAAUUGCAUAUUUUUAGCCAAUCCAAUGCUUUCCCUUGAGGAAAACAUUGAAUUGGCUAAAAUCGACAAAGGGGUUGGGCCAAACACAGUUUUGGCUAAUCAGCACCUCCUCAUAGAGAUGCAUUGAAUCAAUGCAUCUCUAUGAGGGAAAUUCAGACCUUGAACAGCAGUGCAGCACUGAUACAGGAAGCACCUUCAGUGACCAUCUGAGGAGUGGCCACUUGGAGGUAUCCCUAGGGGCAAUGUAAAAAAGGCAGUGUUUGCAUUAAAUUGCCUAAAGGCAAUGAUUAUACUCACCAGAACAACUACAUUAAGCUAUUGUUGACCCAGACCACUUAUCUCACCGAAGAGAUGCUUCCCCUGCAACAGAGACCCUUUAAUGCAUGUUAUAAGAAUCUUAAACUGCUAUUUUGUUCAAUGAUCUCUGCAGGCCCAGAACUAGUUUUAGGUCAUGAACUUUGCACCUUUACAUGAACCUUGGACCUUUCUUAUCUUUGCACCUUUAAAUGAACAUUAGUCCUUUCUUAUCUUCCCAUGCUAGCAGCAAUCCCCAUCCCAUUGUAAAUAACCAGUGUUGGAAAGGAGCACAGGAUCUGUCAGCAAGCUUGUAAACAGUGACUUCUGCUUGAUAUUGGCAAGUUUAUUCUUGACAAGAGUGCUCCCAUCCUCUGGCUGAGGACAGGAAGUAUGUUCUAUUAAAGUAGCAAGGAAGGCUAGGAAGCCUUUCUAAUACUGGGAAGGCACAGGACUGUUCUGGUUUUCACAAGGUGAACAUUUAACACUGUGGUUACUUUGUAUGCACAUAUUUUUAGGUGUUUUUUGUUUUUCUGCCUUAAAGUAAUUUGAAGUUUCCCCAAGUAUGAGCUAAGGACAAUGAAGUGUAAAAUCUUAUAAUAAAAAAGGAGCAUAAUGUCCGCUAUAUUUUAGUAGUGGUUAUUGAUAAAGUGCUCUGUAGCAAAAUGGUUCUGACCUUCCUAACUUGCACAUAAACCGUACCAUACGGUGUACAAAACACAGGAGGAAUAUGUUUGUAACAGGUCUCCUGAAUAUCUAGGAAAACGUUUAUUUCCUUAUUUUAACUAUACUGUGUGAACACUCAAGUAAUCAAAUGUACUGGGAGCAGUCAAUUUUAAUUUUCCUUUUGCCUGAAGUAAGAAAUUAAAAUGUUGCCUUGUAUGUUAAAUUGAAAUGUUCUGUUCUAUACUCUGGCUCUAGAUAGUAACUUAAAGCUGUGUAAGUACACUGAUAAAUACUUAUUUUUUUUUUUUUAUUCAGAAUGGAAUAGUUAAGGAGGAAGACCCAUGGUGCAUCAUUUUGCUAUUUUUAUUUAUUUAUCAAACGCAAAAAAAUACAAUAUAUUAAUGAGGCAAGAACCCAUCAAAUGUUGUGUUGGUGUCCAAUAUGUGCUUUUAAAGCACCCAUGUCAACUUCAAGCAUUCGUGCGAAUUUUGCAAAUACCCUCAAAUAUCACAUCUCUGAUCUGUAAAGAUGGGAUACAUACCUGAAAUUUACUCUCGCAGGUACUGACCUUUUCAUUCUUCAGCUCCUGGUACUGAUUCUGUCAAGAGCCCGCAUCACAAUUUAUGGAUCUUAUAAGGUCUAUAAUAAUACUUGAGUGAAGUAAGAGGUCAGAGUCAGAGAGGACAUCGAGGUAGCAAGCCUGCAGGGUAGGCUUAAUAGGAACACCAUUGACCUGAAGAGAUACUGAUAAGAGGAGGAGCACUUGAAAAAGAUGUAAGAUGCUCAAAGAAAAAGAUGCUCAAAGAGCAUUGGGAAAACUAGAGAAUCACAUAAACCAAGAUAAAUUGAGGAUGAGUUUAAGAAGUUGGUGCUUCUAUAUCCAUCUUUCUAAUAUCCUUUAGGCCCACAAUGACAAAGUAAGAUAUGUGGAGGGACAAGAAGACAAAAAAAAGUGAAGUUAUCCCCUCUAUAGCUAGCGAUGGUGAGCUAAGAAUAGAAAAUACCGGGUGGGAUUGCUAAGAUUUCUUGCCUGAUUUUGGAUAUACAAUUGUUAGUAACAAAAGGUCAGGAGCUGUAAGGUUGCAGCAAAGGGAAAAAGUAUCAUUUUAUUUUGGUAAUCAUUUUAAAGGACCACUAUAGGCACCCAGACCACUUCAGCUUAAUGAAGUGGUCUGGGUGCCAGGUCCAUCUAGGAUUAACCCUUUUUGCAGUAAACAUAGCAGUUUCAGAGAAAGAGGAGGAGGAGAGCUCCCCGCCUGGCGCUGGAGAAAGAGGUAAGUUUAACUCCUUCCUCUCCCCAGAGCCCGGCGGGAGGGGGUCCCUGAGGGUGUGGGCACCCUCAGGGCACUAUAGUGCAAGGAAAACGAGAGUGUACAGGUUUUAUGGUGUUUUCAAAAGUUACAGCGUCAAAUAUAAGGCUUGCGUUUCAUUUUUUUCACAUUAAAAUUCGCCAGAUUGGUUACGGUGCCUUUGAGACCCUAUGGUAGCCCAAGAAUGAAAAUUACCCCUAUGAUGGCAUACCAUUUGCAAUAGUAGACAACCCAAGGUAUUGCAAACGGGGUAUGUCCAGUCUUUUUUAGUAGCCACUUAGUCACAAACACUGGCCAAAAUUGGUGUUUUUUGCAUUUUUCACACAAACAAAUACUAACGCUAGCUUUGGCCAGUGUUUGUGACCAAAUGGCUACUAAAAAAGACUGGACAUACCCCAUUUGCAAUACCUUGGGUUGUCUACUAUUGCAAAUGGUAUGCCAUUGUGGGUGUAAAUUUCAUUCCUGGGCUACUAUAAAGUCCCAAAGGCAACGUAACCAAUCUGGCGAAUUUCAAUUUCAAAUGUAACGUGCUAUAUUUGACCCUGUAACUUCCCAAAACGCCAUAAAACCUGUACAUAGGGGGUACUGUUUUACACGUGAGACUUUGCUAAAUACAAAUAUGUGUAUUUUAUUGCAGUAAAAGCAAACAGUAUUAUGACAUUGACAGUUAAAAUGUCAUGUAGAACUAAAAAAAAAAAAAUCUUAUUUUCUCCCAUUUUUUUCAUAUUAAAUUAUGUUUCAUAGCUAAAUAUUUGAUAUUAAAUGAAAGCCCUGUUUCCCCUGAAUAAAAUGAUAUAUAAUAAGGGUGGGUGUAUUUACUAUGAAAGAGUUGAAUUACGGUUGGACAGACAUGUAGCGCAAAUGCCAGGUUUUGUUUACAUUUUGUUUCGUUCACAACGUGUACAUUUGGCUCCGUCCUUUAAGGGGUUAAAGGAACACUCCAGACUCAUAAAGCACUUUAGCUUGCUGAAAAGCUUUAUUUGUGAAGUGUCUUCUUUUUCAUUUUGCAGAAAGGGCAGAUUUUAACCCAUUAAGGACUGAGCCAAAUGUACAUGUUUUGAUCAAAAUAAAUCGUAAGUGCACCCACACUUAUUAUAUCAUUUUAAUCUGGAGAAAUAGGGCUUUCAUUUAACAUCAAAUAUUUAGAAAAAAGUGUGAUUAUUCUUUUUUUUUUUUUUUAGUUCUGCAUGACACUUUAACUGUCAUAAUACUGUGCUUUUACUGCAAUAAAAUACACAUAUUUGUAUUCAGUGAUGUCUUACAUGUAAAUCAGUACCCCCAUGUACAGGUUUUAUGGUGUUUUGGUAAGUUCCAGGGUCAAAUAUAGCAUGUUAAAUUUUUCAGUUUUUUCACAUUGAAAUUCACCAGAUUGGUUACGUUAAUAUUUGUUUGUGUGUGAAAAAUGCAAAAAAAACACAAACAAAUAUGGACGCCAAUUUUGGCCAGUGUUUGUGACCAAGUGGCUACUAAAAAAGACUGGACAUGCCCCAUUUGCAAUACCUUGGUUUGUCUACUAUUGCAAAUGGUAUGCCAUCAUGGGGGUAAUUUUUCAUUCUUGGGCUACCAUAAGGUCUGAAAGGCAACGUGACCAAUCUGGCGAGUUUCAUUGUGAAAAAACUGAAAAAUGUAACAUGCUAGAUUUGACCUUGUAACUUCCCAAAACAACACAAAACCUGUACAUAGGGGGUACUGUUUUACACGUGAGACAUCGCUGAAUACAAAUAUGUGUAUUUUAUUGCAGUAAAAACAAACAUUAUGACAUUUACAGUUAAAAUGUCAUGUAGAACUAAAUUUAUUUUAAAAAUUCUUAUUUUAUUAAAUUUUUAAAAAUAUUUUAUUCAUAUUAACCCCUUCAGGACCGUCAUCGGCAUUUUUGCGUUGCCGACCGAUGACGGUCCUGAACCGUCCUAACGGUCAGAGCUACUUACCUGAUCGCCGUCGUUCCCCCGGCGGCGAUCAGCGUGGCUCCGGUUGUGGGGAGACUGUCUGCAGCCCAGACAGUCUCCCCAUGGCAGAUUAGGACCCCUGUGGCCAUGUGAUCGCUUAACACAGCGAUCACAUGGUCACAAUAGGUGUCCUAGUGUCUGCCUGCAGGGGGGACUGUCUGUGCUGACUGCGCUGCUUUAACUAAUACAUCCCGGGUGAUGGCAAUAAUGUCUCUAGGGGCAUCUGCCAGGGUGAUCGAACCUUCCGGGUCCUGAAAGCCGCUGUUAUCGCCAUGUUUCGCUGUCUUAUAUUUUUUUAUUUAUUUUUUGCCCUAUGUUCGUUGCCACUCUAUUUGUGAACUCCAGCAAGGCUUCCGGGCCUACAUCUUCAGGGGUUCCACGGAUGCGCACGUUCUUCUUACGAUGGUGUUUCCAUCGUUGAGACAGUGAGGGUGAGUCUUUAGAGUUAGUGGGUCAGUGAUUCCACCUGCGUUCUGAUCUCUGAGUAAAGAGUCUCUGUCCCCUUCCCAGGUUUCUACUGCACUAAGGCGCGUCGUGAUGCCUAUCUCUGCCCGCACGCCACCCAGGUCGGACUUCCAUACUUCCCGCAGAUCCAGCAACAGCUUUUUAAUGUCGCCCUUUGUGGAGGGUGAGUCGUCAGUCUGAAUAUUCUGACAGGUACACUGUGGUGGUGGAGUGUGUGGUCGGGGGGCAUAGAUGCGUCUGAUUCACUGGUACUUUGAGGCCUACCAGGUGCCAUUUUAGGCUGUGGUGGCUGUUGCGGCCUUUUGAAGGAUUGCCUGAUUGGCAGGUAGGAGCCCUCCGGGCGUGUAAGUCUCUUGUUUUUACGCCCCAUCUCUCUGUGGGGGAUUUCAGCGCUGAUUGUAGCUUGGUUUUGAAGUCUUAGUGCUGUGAUUUCGUGGCAAUUUAGUAGGUUUUUAGGUGUUUUGAGCAGGAGCUCCACAUACACAUGUCUUGUUAGCUGCUCGGCUUGCCACGCCCCCAGUAUUUUUCAUUUUUAAAGUAUUUAUAUAUUAGUUUUAUUAUAUAUAUAUAUAUAUAUAUAUUUUAUCAUUCUACGUGUAUUUUGAUAAUAUAUAAUUAUAUAUUAAAAUAUACUUAGACUGUGUGUGUGUGUAUGUAUGUAUGUAUAUGUAUAUGUGUGUAUAUAUAUAUAUAUAUAUAUAUAUAUAUAUUAGUUUUAAAACUUUAUAGCACUUUAUUUCAGGCAGCAGGGGGGCUACCGGUCAUUCCAGGCACUCCCCCUGCUGGCACUACUAUGGACGACUAUUCCGUCCAUGUGAUUGUGAGGUUCUCACAAGGACUUCACGAUCACAUGGCCCAGUAGGGCCGGAUCAGCAGCAGGGGGACUACCUGGGAUGCCAGGUAAGUCUCCCCAUCGCAAUAGCCAGCAGGUAAGUCCCCUGGAUGGCGGGGAUGUACUGUGCCGCCCGCCGACGUUUAGAGCCAGGUCCCCAAGGAUGGGAUAGCACGCCUGCCGUCCUUAAGGGGUUAAUAGAAAUUGACAUUCUUAUAAUUUUUAGGUAAACCCCUGUGAAAAAAUGCAUAAUUAAAUGCAUGCAAACCUUCACUUGGGGUAUAUCUACUAAACAGUGAUUUUUGUUUUGGGCAGUGGAGUGUCCCUUUAAGCACAUUUCCAGUUGUAGAAUGACCAACCCUAAUGUUGUGCUAGACCAGUCAUGUAUACGUUUAGGUUUACAGCAGUUUCUCUCUCUACCAGCAUUUACCAAACUUUCCAAUCAAGGUUUCCAACACCUUGAUUAAAAUAAUUUAAAUGGGAAUUCACGUCUUAUUGAUCUUAAUUUGUUUUAUACCACUGUGACAAAGAUGUGAAAGAAACUUUUUUAACGAUAACAUGUAGUAAUGUGUUCAGCACACAUAUAGAUCCAACAUUAUGUAUGCAACCUCUCAGUGCCAUUCUGUGCAAGCAGUUUGGAGAAGGGAGGCACAGUGAAUAAAUGGAAUGUCGAUUAACUAGUCAUGUCAUGCUUUGUAACAGCCAAGGUUACAGAGAAUUCCUUUUAUGCUACAGCAGCAACUUGACUACAAACAUGCUUAUAACCUGCUAUAUUAGUUAUACCAUCAGUUAACCUCAGAUUUAGCUCCAACCAAAAACAAGUGUUUUCAUAAAACAUUCAUUUUGGCUAGAGUAUCCCUUUCAGAGCGGGGCAUGUCGCCAUUGGCGCAGCACUUCUUUGUGUCUUGAUUUUUCUACGUCUUUCUAAAGGAUAGAGAGGGAUCCCCUUUUUGAGUUGCUGCCUUCUUUUCCAUCUCUAUUUGUAGUGGUUAUUUAGCGCUGACCCACUUGUGUGUAUUUUUUUUUUAUCUCCAUUGGUUGUCUGUCUCCAGCAUGCUACGCAUUCUGGCGUCAGACACCAAUUCUGCACAGAAUUUAUAUUGUUCCAGGCUGUCUGAUUCCCAUUGAGUCUGCAAGAAGUGGAGUUACACGUUUUGGCAGCAAAGAAAUUGAUCUUUGUAUGUGCAGCGUUUCAUACUUUAAAUAAAUACAUUAUAUAAUAACGCUAUGACACAUUUUAAGCAACAAUCAACGUUUCCUGUAAAGAUUAUGUCAAAGGACAUGGUUUCAAUUCCAGUGGUAUUACCAAACCUAACCACAGCCAUCCCCCUUGUCAUGAAAAGAAACAAACACAUUCUUGCCGGUAGUUCUAUGUUGUAUACUCGCUAUGCAGAUUCUGACCUCCUCUAUAUUGUGAAUGAGCUGAAUCUGUACAGUCCGGUCUAGAUUUCCUUUUGCAAUAUGUUCUAAAGUCUAAAACAGGCGAAUUUGGUGUUUCAAAUGGAUUUGGCUACUAACAUUGCCUUUGUAACGAAUAGUAAUAGUAGCUAAUUGCCAGUUACAGAACCUCAGGGUUUCUCUCGUUCUUGGCUUUCUGGUCGGUGUGUCAGAUUCCUCUCACUGGCCUGGCCACCAGUAGGACAGCAAUGUUCCAUACACAGUUAAUUUAUUUAGAGAAUAAGAAAUGUUUAUUCUUGUGACACAGCUUCACCAACAUUUUAAAACAUAACUGUAUUAAAUCACACUCCUUGAAUGUUAGGUCCUGCAAAAACAAUGCAUCAAAUCCUAUUAAACUGUUGAGCAACAUGUUUAUCUGUUUAUUUAAUUGUUAAACGGAAAAACAUUGAAAUCUCUCACAGUGAUCUUUCCUAUAUGUCCUCUAACACUCACUCUGAACUUUAACACUUUUUGUGGGUGUUAACUAUGAGUUCUGCUGCCAACAUUUCGGUUGAUGCACAGAGUGGGAACGGUCACUUGGCAAGCCCGAAGGAAAACUAUCAUGAAAUAAUUCUUUUGUCUUUUGCAUAGUUUCUGUAUCUGGUGGUAUCAAGUAUGUUUAAUGUAGACUUAUGUGUAAUCUUUGCAUCAACAAAAUGUUGAAUUUCAGUAUUUUUUUUUUAAAUCAUGGAAACAUUUAGGGAGUGUGUCAACUUUGGGAUUUUUGUCUCCUUAACUUUAAAAUUAUACUCUAGGCUUGCGUGAGUACAACAGGAGUACUACAAUGCACUGUAGUGCUUACUGUGCGAGUAGGCUCUCGGCGCAGCCCAGCAGUAAAAUGUCAGUCCGAGUAUCUUACACACUUGUUUACUGCUAGUCAAAGAGAUGGAAAACAUGUAAUUUAUUAAUUUUGAGGAAAUAAAACAUAGAUGUUUCUGUAUUGUUGAGCUUUAGACCAUGCAUUGGCUUUUUUUUUUUUUCAACGGUAAAAAUGAUUUGUGAAAAUGGAGGCGUAGAUAAUGGGGUGGCGUUAUCCUGCAAAAAAGCAAAACUUUAGUUUUGUUUUUUAAAAAGAAAAAAAAGUGUGGAAAAUUCAGCAUGAAUUCAGAGACCAGCCAAUAAUUAAUGUACUCAACUGUUGGUGCUUAAUGUAUUUUUGUACCUAACCUUGAUUAAUUGUCAUUUUGGCCCUAUUCCAACCAAUCUUACAAGCAUAUUCCUGAUGCCUUUUACAUGUGCUUUCAAAACAUCUACCCAGUUUGUGCUCUACUGAUACCAAAUUUUUCUUUCAUGUGGCAGUUCUACUUAUGAAAUCUUUGAAAUGGUAUAAUACUUUUCCUUCCACUGUGAGUUUUGUGCUUAACAGUAAAUACAUAUGUAAUGGAUAAUGGCACAGGCAGAUUUCCACUUAAACCUUUGGAUGGGAGUGAUUUACUAACUAGAUGAAGUCAUCAUUGGCUCAUCAUUAACUCCACGUUUAGUCCCAGUGGAGGAUGAAUUUGCAGGGUCUGCAACAGACACCAUGAGUAAAGUUUACUUGGAAAUGUGUUCGGUCACUGACCAGACUUUUUAUUUAUUUAUUCAUUUAUUAUUUUAAGGUUAAUUUUAUUUAUGUGAAUUCUGCUUUAAACUCCCCUGGUCACCCUUUCCAUUUUGGCUGUAGAUCAAACGUAAUUUUGGCUUGGUCAUAAAGCCUUUUUAGAACCGCUUGCAAGAUGCAGAGAGUAAAAUAAACUUUUUAUUACCAAUUACCAAAACGCUGGAAGGAAAAAGUGGCUGUUUGUAAUGAACUGUUUUGUAUAAAACUAUUUGGUGAUGAUUUAACACAAGUUGGCCAUUAACAAUGAGAAUUUGCUAAACUUUCCUUUUUUUCCUAGAUGUGGAAGGAGAAAUAAUGUAUACUUGGUAUAUGAUAGACCAGGUGCUGACUGCAGUAUAGCUGUUUAGCUGCCUUCAUAACAGAUGGCAUUUAUAGAUGGUAUGAAAGAUGUUUGGAGUUCACAGGCAUCCUGUGAACUGUGAGCCUCUCCUCAGUUUGUUGUUUUAAAUGAACUUUGUUCCAGUGAAAUAGCAUGCCAUCUCAAAACCAAUUUAGGUGUUUAAACUGGGUUUGAAUAAAACAUAACUUGUUUCAAAAAGUAUAUCCGAAUAAACACAUCCCCAGGAAGAGGAGGGGGAUAGAUAAAAGCGAGAUGUGUUUGCGUGGCUAACAGUACUUAAUCACUGUUACAUGUAUGUCUUUGUAUGUACACUGUACAGUGAUAAUAAGGUUGAAUCUAAAUAGCUUAGUUGAGUAAAGAAGCAAGUAAUGUCACAUUUGGAAUAUUUUGCAUUGCUCGCUGCUGUAGAGAAUUUUCCUGUUCAACUAUUUCUCAAAGAUUUUUCAUAAUUAUAGAAUUAAUGGAAUUCCCCUGAAUACAAUGCUACAUCAUAAUGACAAAUUUAAUCUGAGCAAUUACAAUGCACACAGAAAAAUAAUCACACUGUAUGUAGUACUAUAUCACAUUCUACAUGGCUCUUGUCCUAAUGGACAAUAUAAGCUCUGCAGUGUUCAUUAUAGAAACACUAUAAAGCCAGGAACACAAUCCCUAUAGUAAUAAAAUCACUACCUGGCCCCUCCUUGCCCUCCUAAAUAUAGUAAAAUCGUACCCCGUCCCGAUUCGUCUCCUUUGUUGACAUCAGAAGUGAUGAUCUCUCCCAUAAGAAAACAUUGGAUUGGCUGAGAUGGCAAUUCUAAUUAUCUCAGCUAAGGAGGUGGGCCGCAGGGUGGAGCCAAACACAGCUCUGGCCAAUGGGCAUCUCCUCAAAGAGAUGCAUUGAAUCUGUGCAUCUCUCUGCAGAAAGUUCACUAUCUCCAUGCAGAGCGUGGAGACACUGAAUGUCCGUGAUGUCACUGUGCAACACUGCUCCAGGAAGCACAUCUAGCAGCUAUGCAUUUGUAUAGGGUUGGUUUGCCAAUAUGAAUGCAGAUGAUUUACAUGUUGAUCUUGUACAACAUUUUCAGACAUAUGGAAAAAUGCUGUAGCGUAAGAAUAAUUUCCAAAAUUUAAAUACACAAAUCGGUUGAAAGUGCAAAAAGUACUGCAAGGGAUGGUAACAUUUAAAAAAAACGAAAUGGGAAGGGAAUACAGAAGGGCGGUCAGCUUUUUUAUGAAAACCUUCUGAACAUAAUAAUGCAAAUGUAGAUUUUAAGGCUGUUAUACAAAAAAAUAAAAACUAUUAGCAUUUCUAUUUUUGAAAAUGUCGAUUUUAAGGCUGCGCAAAUGGAGAAAACCAAAUGUAGAAUUUGCGCAGCCUUAAAAUCUAUAUUUUCAAAAAUAGAAAUGUUAGUAGUUUUUUUUUUUGUUGUUGUUUUUAUAUCAGUUAACAAAAUGCAAGGUGAGUGAACAGAAGCAAAAUAUAAAUAAAAUCUGUGUGUAUAUAUAAAACCUCUUUAUAUGCAAAUAAUCACUCCUUUGUUGUCUUCUGCACAUAUCUAAAAGUUCUGCCUGUAUUUUCUAUAAUGAAAAACCAAACAUGGUUAGUAGUGUUUGUACAGCAAUAUGCUCACUGCUGUCUGUUUCAUACCAAAGUGGAGUAGUGAAUAUUUCUAUUCCUAUCCAUAUAACUUAAGGGACACCAAAGUUAUCUCAAUGAAGUGGUCUGCAAAUAGUGCCCUGUCCUUUUAACCCUGCAGGUAAAACAUGGCAGUGUUGUAGAACCGGCAAUGUUUUCCAUUGCAGGGUUGGGCACCUCUAGUGGCUGUCUUCUCAACAGCUACUAGAGGUGCUUCUGCUGAGAGCUCAGUCAGGCUCUGUAUUCACUCAAAUGCUGCUCAUGGAGAGCGUUCAGUUCGGAGCAGUGCAUUGUUUUGCAAUGCAUUUGUCUCCCAAUGCUUUCCUAUGGUGGAAAUCUUAAAUGAUCUCAGUCAGGGAGGCAGGGCAGCAGCACAGAGAGGCUCGAAAAGUAAGUUACGCUAUUUUUUCCCCCUUUUCGACGGGUAAGGGUGGAUAUAAACAUAAGAUUCUAUAGAGUUCAUAAUAACCUAUUGUAUUUCUAACGUAAUCGUUUUUCCUUUUAAAUAAACACCCAAAUGUCCAUUUAGUACAAUCUGUAUCUGCAUACUACACAUCUGUUACUUUUUUAUGGCUCUUUUUAUAAACUCAGUAUAGCAGAUGCAAGGAAUAAACAUUAUUUAAACAGAUGAAAACACUGUAUGUAGCCCAACAAGUAAUAGGUGUAUUGUGUUGCAUCCUUUUACUGCUGAUCAUGCAUUACAUCGCAGGAUUCCAAAAUCCCUUUCCAUUGCUAGAUUUGUCUGUUAUUAACAUGUUCUUAAUGUCCAUGUACCUGUGACAGUCCUUCUGAAGACUUCUCUCAUGGAUGUUUUUCAGAAGGCAAAGCCAUAUACACAGAGAGGUGCUUAGUGCAUGUAUCUAAAUGGCAGUUGUUAAAGGUGCUGAUUAUUCUUUGCUUGAUAAAGACCUGGGUACAGGUCGAAACGUUGCUGUGUCCAUUAAAGCUGUUUAACUUAUCACAGUGAGUGCCUGAGAUUUUUUCCUUGAUAAAUGUUCUAUGGGGUAUGCUGACCCAUACUUAGCACCCUGUGAUUUUUAUCAUUUUUAUCAUCACCCAUAUCAUUACAAUGGACCCUAUCAAGGGGUGGGAUAUAUGAGGCAGCAUGUGAACAGUUCACGAAUUUCAUGUGUUUGAGAAGUGGGCAAGUGAAAAGAUCUGAGUGACUUGACAAGGGCCAUAUAGUGAUGGUUAGGCGAUUUGGUCAAAGCAUCUCCAAAACGGCAACUGUCUUGUGGGGUGUUGCCUGUAUGCAGUGGUUAAUACCUACCAAAAGUGGUGCAUGUAAUAAUAACUGGUGAACAGGUGAUACACUUGGGGAGAUUAGGCUGGCCCAUCUCAUCUGAUCACACAGAAGAGCUAAUGUAGAUCAAAUUGCUGAAAAACUGUAUGAGUCACAUUCUAUUUUAGAUCAGGUCAACGGCUGGGUGCUUGUGCUUUGUUUUCCUGGUGAAGAGAUGGCAGCAGGAUGUACUAUGGGGAAAAGGGUAAUGUUCUGCUGGGAAACCUUGGAUUCUGGCUUUCAUGUGGAUGUUACUUUGAGGAAUAUGAGUUCAAGGUGUUGCCUUAACCUCCAAGUUCCCAACACUAUAUUAGGCAGGUGGUUGUGUGUGUGUGUGGGGGGGUGGUAGGAAGGAUUGUGCGCGUGUGUAUGUAAAAAAAGUAAAAAAUUUUUUGAAAAAUCCUUGCUUUCUACAGUAUAGAAUACAUAUUUUUUAUUAAUAUAAACUUUUAUUCUUUGCUCACUUUUCUGUAUUUUAGAUUUGUUCUUAAAUCUACAUAAUUUGUGUUUGUUCUAUUGUUUUUUUACUAGGCCUGCAUUGAUGAAAAUUUAGAGGUGGUAGAAUUCCUUGUAAAUCACGGAGCCAAUGUGAACCAAGCAGACAAUGAAGGGUGGACGCCUCUACACGUUGCAGCCUCAUGUGGCUAUAUGGAGAUAGCAGAGUGAGUAAAUGGGUGUGAUGCAUGAAAAAUUUAUGUCUCAGCUACUCAAUUUAGCUGUGGGAAUUUCCAUUUUUUUUACAGACAAUCUUACAAAUAAUUGGUUGUUAGAAAAUGUAAAUGUUUUAUAAAGAUGAAUAUCAAUGAAAAUGUGGCUUUCCUCUAGAUCAGAGAUCAGAUCAGGCGACUUUCGGCACUCCAGAUGUUGUAAACUACAUCUCCCCUGAUGCUUUGCCAGCAUUGUGGCUGUUAGAGUAUUAUAGGAAAUGUAGUCCACAAUAUCUGGAGUGCCGAAGAUUGCCUAACCCUGCGCUAGCUUAUGAAAGGCCAUUAAAUUUGAUAUAAGAUGGAUUUCUUUAACUUUCACUUACAAUACUUGAUGCGCCAUAGACUUACAUAUGUUAAAAACUUUUUAGUUACAGGAAUUCUGGUGAUUCAGUCUUGUUUUUGAGUGAUCACUCCUCUGCCUAUUCUUGGUUAAAUAUCCACAAGCUUCAAUUAACUGUGACCUAGAGGUUUUUGGCAUAGUAUGUGAUAGAAUUUUAAAAAGCUUACAUGAAAAUACAGUUUACAUACAUAAAGUAUUUUAAAUAUGUGAAUAAUACUUUUUCAACAUCAGAUUGAAAUCCACAAAGUGUUCCACCAGAACAGUCCAAAUAUGCUUAAAGGUUAAUUGGCCUAUCCAGUUGCCUUAGGUCAGUUUUAGGUCUAUAGGCACAUUUAUUAGGAACAAGGUGAACACUGCAAUGUUUUGAUCUUACAUUGAGCCUCUGUCUGGCUUAACAAAGACCCGAUGUAGGGUGGAAAUAUUGCGUUGUUCACCUUGUUCUAAUAAAUGUACCUAUAAAACAUUGGUAUACCUGGACCUACUCUUUCUUUGGUAUAUUUACUACUAGGGGUUAAUGCUAGCCCAUUGUCUGGAUGCACCCAUCUUUGGCUCUAGUGAAUUGAGGGAUGAUGAAUACGAAAACGUUCUAAUUUGUUUGUAGAGGUUUUUUUUGCUUAGUUUUUUUCAGAGUUUUGGUAUAUAUUAAAUUACAAUUGUUCAGCGAGUUUCCUUUGCUAAAAAUAGUGCGGAAGAAUAGGUUGUCAUUUUAAUUCCGUGUACAUCAUUUGGUAUAUAUAUUUUAAAAUAUGAACCAGCAACAUAUUCUGGAACUCAGUACAGUAACAAUAUUAUACAUUGAUUUAGAACAAAAUGGAGAACACUGUCUUUCUAGUUCACUGUUGAUGUCCCCAGCCCAUUCUUUACACUAAUCAUCCUCAACCACCCCCACUCUCGUUCUGCCAAAACAGCUCUGAUUUAUCGAGGCAUUGACUCCACAAGACCUCUGAACCUGUCCUCUGUAUCUGGCACCAAGACAUUUGCAGGAAAUCCUUGAAGUCCUGUAAGGUGUGAGGUGGGGCCUCCAUGGAUUGGAUUUGUUAUUCCAGGUGAUCCCACAAAUCAAUCUGAUUGAGAUCUGGGGAAUUUAGAGGCCAAGGCAAGAACUUUGUCAUGUUCCUCAAACUAUUUCUGAACAAUGCUUGCAGGGUGCAUUAUACUGCUGAAAGAGGCCACUGCCAUCAGGAAACACCAUUGCCAUGAAGGGGUGUACGUGGUCUGCAACAAUCUAUGUAGGGGGUAAAUGUUAAAGUAACAUUUACAUGUAGGCCAGGAUCCAAACUUUCUUAGCAGAACAUUGCCCAGAGCAUAACUCUGCCUCGUCCAGCGUGCCUUUUACCCAUAGUGUAUUCUGCUGCCAUCUCUUUCCCAGGCAAUGCAGGAAAGGAAAUACGCACCUGGCAAUUCACCUGAUAUAAAAUAAAAUGUGGUUAAUCAGACCAACCUUCACACAUUGCUCCGUGGUCCAGUUCUGACACUCACGUCCCCAACACUUGCCGUGUUGGAGAUCCUCUGACCCAGUUGUCUAGUCAUCACUAUUUGGCCCUUGUCAAAGUCACUUGAAUCUUUUCGCAUGCCCAAUUUUCCUGCUUCAAACACAUGAAAUACGAAUUCUUCACUUGCUGCCGAAUAUAGCACCUUUGACAGGUUCCAGUGUAACUAUAUAAUCAAUGUUAUUAACUUGAACUGUCAGUGGUUUUAAUGUUGGUGCUGAUCAGUGUGUGUAUUUUACUUUUUUUUUUUUCCUUGACUUUACUCUGCGACUGUUUCUUUCCCAGUUAAAGGUACACUCUAAGCACCAUAACAACUUAAUUGAAAUGACGUUAUGGUGCUAGGAGGACUAUGAUGCUGGCUCACUAAAUGGGUUAAACUGUUUUGGAAUGGUUUAACACCAAGUCUGUGUACCAACACUGAAUCUCCCUGCCUCUCUGUCCUUUGUGUAACGUUAAUACCCAAUACACAGCGUGAAAAUCACCAAGAUAAUAGAGACAGGUAGGAAGUCCCUAAACCGGUCCUUAGAAUGGCCGGAAUAAUAGAAACUACUAGAAAUACCAGAAACAAGCCAAGGUCAAAGGAAGCUAGAAAUACACAAUAGCGAGGAACGUAGCCGAGUCAGGGAAACUAGAAAUCAGAAUAGUCAAGAGCAAGCCGGGUCAAACGCACAAAGAACAAUCAAAAUAAUACAGGAACGCGCUGAGGGGACACUAGGAACACAAGGCACACUAAGAACCACAGCAGGGCAUUGAUGUGGAGGCAGACUGGGCUUUUAUAUGAUUUGGGGGCGUGAUUUACAUAACUACGCCCCCAAAAGGUACGUGUACGUUGAGCUCUCUUGUUUAAAUCUCUUCUGACCACUGGGGGUUGGUACGCAUGUGCUGCCUCUUUAAAAGGGGGAGCGCGCAUGGCGUCAGGCGUCCCUGAUGCUUAAUGCAUCCUUUCCCGGGGUGGAAGCGGCGGUCCGACCGAUCCCGAUGUCGGCAGAUCGACGGACCAACAAGGUAAGUGACUGGCAGCUCACACUUUGUUUCUCAAAAUCAGAAACCUGGAAGACCUUGCAGAGUUGAGCAGCGGCACCGCUGAUUCGCUGAGAGCAGUUACUUGACACUCUUAGCCAAUCAGUGACUCCGCAUUCAUAAAAUCUACGUACAUUUUUCAAGCCAUGUCAGCUUACCAGUCUCAGCCAAUUGGCUGUGUUUCUACCAUGAUUUUGCAAGAGUCUUCCAGUUUCCUGGUUUUGUGAAAAUGGAAGGACAGAGAGUCAGGGAGAUUUGACUCUGGAACACAGACUUUGAGGAAAAAAAAAUGUUUGCGAAUGGUUUAACCCCUUAAGGUGAUCCAAUGCUAUGGACCUUCUUGCACUUAACUUCAUUUCAGUAAAGUUUUCAUGGUGCCCAAACUGGUCCUCUAAGUGCAUAGAACCAUGGCAGUUUGGCUACGUGCUUCUGUGGCCUAUCAUAUUCUUUGUAUGAUAUUCUUUCUUCGUCCACUAACUCACUUUCUCUGGUGUAGUGCUCAGCUAUUCUGACUGUGACAGUGUUUAAAUGCUGACAUCAGAGAGUUUGUCUUAUUAAUUUUAAUUUGAUUUGUAAGGCCCUGUAUCUGUUUAUUAUCAGGAAUUGCCUGUUAAUUGUAGUAGUUUUCCUCUUUUCCCCAUGAAACGUGGUUAUGCUGCGUGAUAUUAUAAUAAAUUAUUGUUCUUCUAUCCCUUUAAACUGUUUAAGAAUGUACACAUACCCACUUUGUUUCUUUUCUAUCUGACUUUAUAUAAAUAAUUGAUUUACAUUUGCAGACAUAACCAUACUAAGUGAAAUUGAAUCGACUUUUCUUUAGUGAUGUUGCUUUUUGUUUGUUCUAGGUAUCUCCUGAAACAUUCGGCAAACAUAGCUGCUGUGAAUAGUGAUGGGGAUGUACCACUUGACAUUGCAGAAGAUGACUGCAUGGAGACUUUGCUCCGUGCUGAAAUUUCAAAGCGAGGUAAGGCUCUUGGCACGUUUACAUUUCCCUUUAUUAAGCGACUGUUAAUCCAUAACAGGAAAACUACUUCAUACUGGAAAAAGUGCAUUGCGAUUGGCUUUACUGGAAAGCCUUUCCAUGCAGGCAGUUCUAAGAUCACUUUGUUCCAAGAGGUCAGUAUUGGGUAGGACAAAAAGGAGAGGUCUGGAAUUCACCAUUAUUAUAAUAUAAUAGCUGAAAAGGGAAGCCGUACACAAGAAGCAGACAUUGCUAUUCUUUUUAGAGUGUCUUGUUAAUCAACAAAUAUAUCCUUGCUUUCCAUCAUCCCUCUUUUCUCAAAGAAGAUGGUAUAUGCAGUCUUUUCUCACACCAAAGAACUUGCCCCUUGACUCUAACGUUUGUGUUUUCAUGUUCAGGAUGCAUGCCAAGGAAUGCUUACAUUGCUGAAAUUGUUUUGUUUUAAAAUAUUAGCUAGUACAUUGUAAUGGCAAUAAAAAAUUAAAUAAUGGCUCUCUGAGACCAGCAGGGGAAUUCUGCUUUGAAAUAAAAUAUGGAUAUGGCUUUGUGUUCCCUUGGCAUUACCUGUGUAAACAUGAUCGAGAAUUGAGGUGCUCCUCUAUUGUUUUUUGUUACAUUUAUAUUCUAGUGAUCCUAGUUCAUGUGACCAUCAGAUGUCCUGAGCACUUUUUUUUUGCCACACAAUAUAUUAUGAAAUGAUUGGAAGGUAUCAGUCAUACUUAUUUAAAUACCUCACCAGUAAUAGCAGCCAGAAAGUGAUAUCUAAAAGGUUUUGUAGCUAAUAUUCAUAGUUCAGUGUAGUAACAUUUUCAGAAGUUUAGGCUUCUGGCUCAGCUUUUUUUCAAGCAUUGCUCCGUCAACUGUUUAUCUUCAUCAGAAAACCACGGCUGAAUCUUUUUGUAGCAACCUUUUUGAAAGUACCAAGUGCUUCUAUAACUGUAGGCUCAAAGAUGUGGAAUCUAUAACUCUGAUGCCCGGGUCAUGCAGUUCCAGGCGCCCGGCAGAAGUGUACCGGGUACCUUAGGGGCAAUUGUGGCCAGGCAGCGUUACCAGGACGCUGUAACCGGGCCUGGCUGCAACUCACGGGGUGGUGCGAGGAGCGUUAGCAUCCAACCACUCCUCACAAAGCUCAGGACGUUGUAUCUCCUCGGCCAACACUCUGUAAAUAGCAGAGUGAGCGUGGGACAGGCUGCUGCUGGUAAUCUGUGCUGUGAGUGUCAGAUAAUGUGUUUGUGUGUGCAUAGGUCAGUGUGCUGUGUGUUGUCAUAUGGAUCAAUGUGUAGUGCAUUUGCUUAUGGAUCAAUGUGAGUGUCAGUGUACAGUGUGUUUGUGCAUGGAUCUGUGUGUGUUUAUGGAUCAGUGUUUGUGUAUGGGUCUGUCUGUUGAUGGAUCAGUUUGUUUGCGUAUGGUUCUGUGUUUAUGGAUCAGUGUGUAUCAGUGUGCAGUGUAUUUGUGCAUGGGUCUGUGUGUGUGUGUUUUGUGCAUGUGUCUUUGUUAGUGAAUGGCAGUAUGUUUGUGUAUGAGUCAGUGUUUGAAUGUAUCAGUGUAUCCCAACCACACGCAGACAUCGCACACACAUAAAAUACAGCCAGGGCAUACCGCACAUACGUCACAUACAGCCAGGAUACACCACACACGGCAUGCAGCCAGCAUAUACCACACUUGUACCAAGCACAAUCAGUACUCUCUGAUUUAAAAAAAUAAAUAAAAUAAUAAAAUAAAAUAUCCACAUCCCUAAGGUUAGAAAAACAUCUUACACAAUUCUUGGUAGGUCAAACUGUGGACCUUAUAUGUAUAAAGAUCUCCAACAUAUUAAACAGAACAACCAGGUUCACUUAUGCUUACUGGAACUUUUAAAUGUUGGGCAGGCCCUUGAUCAUAGACUGUGGGAAAAGAUUUUUAAAAUAUUUUUCAAAAGAAUGUCCUUCCUUGUAAUGCUGCACAAGAAAAUGGGGUGAGUUUGUGUGGAGAUGUAUGUAUUCCAAGCAAAGGGACAUUUUUUAUUUUUUUUUGUGUUCCAAUUAAACUGUUGAAUUUUACAACCUUUUAUGUUUUUGCACAUUUUCUUGACAUUACAAGUCUAAUCUGUAAAGAGAACCCUAAAGCAAUUUAGCUUACUGAAAUGCUUUGUAUGAAGAGUGCGUUGUCUUUUUAUUAUUUUUUUAAUUUUUUUUAUCUUGAAAUAAAUUGAAAUUGGCAGUUCUAUAAAAUAACCUUGUUACACCUCCCUGCCAAUUUUGUUACUUACUGGUUGUUUAGCUCAGUAUAGCCAUAUUCGAUUACCUGCUUUUAAAAGAAUUCUCAUUGAGCUGCAUUGGAAAGUCUCUGAUUUGACAGCUACAGAAAGUUUUGGCUGGGGAAGAGAUCUUCAACUUUUGCAAGCUGUGUACAGAUUCACUCCCAGUGGGGAAAAAUGCAUAGUUAAAUGCAUGCAUGAUUUCAUUGGAGGCAUAUCUGAUAAACAUUGUUUUAUGUAUUUGCAAAUUUGGGCGGUGAAAUGUUCCUUUAAUGCAGUGCUCCACAAAACCACCACUCUGUGUUGCUGUGAAACAGAAAUGGAACCAGGCACUGAAAAUAUCAUUUUUGCUGGCCAGUCGCAGUGAAAAGAUCUCUGCAUGAUUUAUAGUCAGAGACCACAUCAGCACUAUCCUUGCACACUCACGUGGCAUCCAAACUCACAUGGUUGUUACUAGUGUUGCAUUUAACUUAUAUGUGGUGCUGAAUCAAGAUGCCACAUGGAAGAACAAGGGGGGGAGAAACCCUGAAAUCCUUACAUUAUUACGGUCACCCAUAAACAUGCACACAUUUCUUGCCAGAUUGCUUUAAUUUGGAGUGUGAUAGUGUAUGGCUAGUUUUAUUAUGAGUAUAUUUGUAAUUGUGUUGGGUAUGUGUAAGAGAAUGGCUAAAAUAAAGGUGGGUGUCUUGCUUUUUAACCCUUUCCAUUGUGUAAAGACCUGCCUUAUUAAAAGACCUUGCAUUUACCAGUGAGAAACCAUGUUUGAUGUAUAAAACUCUGAAUCCUACUUUUCCUCACUGACAUGGAACCAGUAGCACCUAGUUAUUGGUACACUUUCAAAUGACUGAAGAGAUAUGCCUGUAUUUUCCAGGUAUUGACAUUGAAGCAGCCAAAAGGGAAGAGGAGCAAGUAAUGCUGCAAGAUGCACGUCAGUGGUUGAAUGCAAGUAAAAUUGAAGACAUUAGGCAUGCGAAGACUGGUGCAAGUGCACUACAUGUUGCUGCCGCUAAAGGCUACAUUGAAGUCAUGAGGUAAUGUACUUCUUACAAAUAGUUUUAGUUUCGCAUUGUGUGCAGCAUUUUAUUAAGUGCUUGUCUCCAUUAUGUUCCCAGGCUCUUGCUCCAGGCUGGCUUUGAUCCAAAUGUCCGUGAUAAAGAUGGAUGGACUCCCCUUCAUGCGGCAGCUCACUGGGGUGUGGAAGAGGCGUGCAGAUUGCUUGUGGAACAUUUCUGUGACAUGAAUGCAACCAAUCAUGUGGUACUAUCUUCUUUUAAGAGUUACAUUGAUAUUCCUGUUUGGUCACUGAAGACAUUUUGCUCUUCAGCUAGGUGUAUGGUGUAGUUGACAUAAAGCUAACUGGAUGAAAUAACAAGAUAAUUCCGACACCACAUCAGUCGUAUUAAAAAGGGACUCUUCACUGAAACCUUCAUGCAAUACAAAGUUGGGAAGUGCAAAUUAUAAUCACAUGGCAUUGCAAGUCAUUUUACUAAGAUUAGAAUACUGCUACAAAGCGCACAGAUGUUUAGUAGAGUUAAACUAAAAAAACAUUCAGUGCUCAACCAAGAAUAUGCCGUGUUCAUGAACGAAUUCUGUGCCUAUAGAAAGAGGAAGAACUUGGUCUAACUAUACACAAAGUGGGAAUCCACAGAGUAAAAGAGAUCUCACUACAAAAGAGGCUAGAUACACACACUGGUAUUGGUUAAUUUACGAUUUAUUGGCUGAUAAUUAUUCAGUCUUAACAGUCUAUAGCUGGUGUUUUGACUAUAGGGUUUGUAUUAUGUUGGGCAUCAUUCUUUUCUGACUAGAGAAGUUGGAUAAAUAACUACCUAUUGUUUCCCCACUGCAAAAAUACCCCACUCCCUCAGGUGACUAGGGGUCCCCAAGCCCAUUGUCACCCCCCUCACCCUAAAAAUAGUGAGGGGGGAACAAUUAAACAAAAUAUAUGUAAAGAUUUAAAAAAAACUAAAAAAAACUUACCAUUUGACGUCUUCUUUUUUCUAAAACCUUAUUUUUUCAGUCCCCCCAGAAAAGCAGAAUUAAAAUCCAUUAAGCCUGUCGAGCUUAUAAAAUAAAAAAUGACAGAGUGCAAAAAAAAAAAACCCUGCAAAACACCCUGCAAUUUGAGCCAACCAAGAAGAGUGCUCUGAUAGGAAUAUAGUGAGCGUUUCCUUAGUAUUAGUAACGUUGGCUGAAAGGCCAAUCCCGGUCGUUCGGCUUUUUGGUAGAUAGCUUCCUAAUUCUCAUGGUAACAGGGAGCUAUCUUCUAAGCAGCUGCAAAAUGCAGCCGCAGCACGGAUUGGAAUUUCAUUCAUAUGAAUAAAAUUUCAAACCGACCUAAAAGUACCGAAUGUCGUCCUAACAUGAAUGAACAAUCUGUUCUCAUUCUGUAAGGACGAAAUUCGGUAGUUUCGCCGCCGUUCUGUCUAAAUGAAUACUGAAAGCCGGUAUCGUGAGAUCAGCGAGGAAAUGGUGUGUAUUGUGGGAAAAUUUCUCUUGACCCACAGAAAGUAGGUCAGAGCUGGUCAAGUGUAGGGAAUAUACAUAAGACAAAGUAGGUACUACUGUGUCUUAUGUUUUAAAGAAAAAUAGAUUAGAUAGGAAGAAACGGAUAACAGAUCCCGAGAAGAGUAAGUGAUUGGGGAAAGGUAGGUUCGGCAUGACCGUGCUGCUUUAAGUAACCAGUUUGGAAAAAUCUGCCAAUUCGGCUAUUUUGCCUAAAACAUGAAAUACUCUUCUUCAGUCCUCGACAAUUGCUGCUUUUGUGAAUAAUCAUGUGUUUAAAAAUAAGAACUCUUGUCAAGUCCUAAUGCUGAAUACUUACCAUUCUACAGCAGCUGUUUGUUGUUUUGUAACACUCUGCUGUGAGUUCCCAUUAGGGAUCGACCGAUUAUCGGUCUGGCCGAUAUUAUCGGCCGAUAUUUGGUAUUUUCGGCAAUAUCGGUAUCGGCCAAUUCAGAUACCGAUAUUGCCGAUAAUAUAUAACAGGACCGCCGGGCCCAUUACAAGCCCGGCGGUCCUGUGGGGCCAGCAGCAAGCGCUGACUUACCUUGCAUGCAGCUCCCUGUGUAAAUCUCGCGAGACCCGCGGCCGCAGAGCGUUGCCACGGGUUACCAUGGCAACGCUCCGCGCGGCACUAAGAGCCGCGAGAUUUACACAGGGAGCUGUAGGAGCUGCUUGCAAGGUAAGUCAGCGCUUGCUGCUGCUGAGCCACCACUGUACUUAACAAGCCACUGGACCACCAGGGAAUACUAUAUCCCCCUCCCUGGUAAGAAGCAGGGAGGGGGGACUAAACAAAAAAAAAAAAAACAUUUAAAUAUUAAAAAAAAUAUUAAAAUAAAAAAUUACACAAAUUACAUCACUACACAAACACACACACACACUACACAAAAACACACUGCACACAUACUGCAUUACAUACACACACACUGCAUUACAUACACACUACACAGGCACACACACUGCAUUACAUACACACACUACACAGACAGACACACUACACACACACCACAAACACAUACUGCAUUACAGACACACACUACACUGCACACACACUGCAUUACAUACACUACACAAACACAGUACACAUACUGCAUUACAUACACACACACUGCAUUACAUGCACACUACACAUACACACACACUGCAUUACAUACACACUACACAAACACACACUGCAUUACAUACAUACACACUACACAAACACACACACACUGCAUUACAUACACACACAAAAACACACUGCAUUAUACACACACUACAUAAACACACUGCAUUAUAUACACACUACACACACUGCAUUAUAUACACACUACAUUCAUUAUACACACUACACAAACACACACCCACACACACUACACAAACACACACAGUUCCCCUGUCUAAACACACUUCAUCCACUACAUGUGGCAUGUAUAUUUUGUGCAUUUACCUUUCGAAUUAGUUUAUUUAUUCAAAAUAGUAAAUGUACAGAAUAUCGGCAAGAUAUCGGCUAUCGGCCUGAAAGUUCGCAUAUUAUCUGUAUCGGUAUCGGCUCUAAAAAAUCAAUAUCGGUCGAUCCCUAGUUCCCAUUUUAAAAUGUUUCGAGGUAGUGAUUUUCUAAUUAGUUUUUUCCCCAUUCAGGGUCAGAGGGCUUAUGAUGUUGCUGAUGAAGACGUAGUUAGUCUUCUAGAAGAGCUUCAGAAAAAGCAGGAAGAUGUAAGUAUUGUACUGAAUAGAGUUUUGUUUUAUUUCCUCCCCCCACAUUUCAUGUAUUUGUGUCUUAAAUGCAUUGUUUGUUGAUUAGAAAGAUUUGUGGUAUAUCUGAGCUCCUGCAUUUUACUGCAAGCAAUGAUACCAAGAUGCAUACAUAAACUCGUUUUUGAUGCACGUAGAAUAGAAUGUUUAUUUGCCAUUAUAUAAAAGGAUAUAAAUUGAUUUCAUUAAAAAAAAGUGUGAGAUUGUCAACGUGUAGGCUGUUAUGUGGGUUACAUCCUGUUCUUGUAAUGUCUAAAAUGUUUACAUCUUUGCAUCCAUUUCUCAUCUACUCAUAGUUACGAAGUGAAAAAGAGGCAAAUUUAAAGCGAGCGGUGAUCGACACUGGAUUGGAACAGCAGCCAUUGUACACCAAUAAACACAGAAGGUGAGUGUUCGCAGUAUGUUCUAUAAGUCUUUCCAUUGGAAUAGCAUGCCAACCGCCAUCAGUCUCCCCCAGUCUCCAAUGUUCAAGAAGUGCUUUAAAACCCAUCUCUUCAGGAAAGCUUAUGGCAUAUGAACUAAUUUAAUAAACAAGCAGAUUAUUUGAACCAAGUAUUCUAUUAGCCUAACUGUGUGAUGCUGAUCAUGUUUUACAUCCUUCAAAUUUGAUGGCAGUUGUGGAGUUCAGAAUCAAAGUAGCUGCUACACCUUCAAUUCCAGGUCUUCUCCGUUUGCUAUAGCCAGGAGACUAACUGAUCAUUAGUUUAACCCAUGGCUGACCUGCAUGCUAUAUGCAGCUGGUUUAAAUACUACAUGCUAACAGCACAGUGUUGUUCAUUAAAAUGAACCGUUCGUAAUUCAAAGUGAAUUUCAAGCUUUGAGUCCAAUAUAGCCACACUGAAAACAUUUGGUUUUAGGAAACUCUCAAUUACCCAUAACCAAAUUAACAAAUUAUGUGCACUUUUAUUAUAGCAUAAGCAAGUUUAUCCAUGACCGAUACAAUUUUAAUACUUGGCACAGGAUUUGUAUUGAUGUCACGCUUCAGCGAAUGGCAUGGCAACCUUCUAUAUAAUAAAAUCACAAAUUUCACAUUCAUUUUUAACUUAGAACAAAAUCAUUCAUUUCAGCAAAUUUAACCAUAUUUUUUUUAUGUACUCAGAAGAACUAUAUAUAGUUUUAGAAUAUAUAUAUCUAUAAUACAGGGAACAUGGUCCUCUAUGAGUUCAAGUUGAACUCUUUGAGUUGAGAUUCCAUUGAACUACCCUCCACUCCUCUUUACUUUUAAUCAGCUAUAUUAGUGCCUAAUUCUCUGAAAGUGUCAAGUUCUGUUGUCAAUAAGUUUAUCUGUCAGUACUAUGUGUUGAAUAUUUUUUUUAAGACCAGUGUGCAUGCGUUAUUCUAUACAAUACCAUAGGUUGUUAAUGUGACAUUUGUUCACUAUAGGCACCCAGACCACUUCAGCUCAAUGAAGUGGUCUGGGUGCCAGGUCCCUCUUGUUUUAACCCUGCAGCUGAAAACAUAGCAGUUUCAGAGAAACUGAUAUGUUUACACUGAGGGUUAAUCCAGCCUCUCACUGACAGCCACUAGAGGCCGCUUCCGCAAUUCUCACUGUGAAAAUCACAGUGAGAAGAUGCUGACAUCCAUAGGAAAGCAUGGAGUAAUGCUUUCCUUUGGGUGGUUUGAAUGCGAGCAUGCGACGUCGGCAGGAGGAGGGGGGGUGGGGGGGACCUAAGGACUACAUAGUGGCAGGAAAGAGUUUGUUUUCCUGGCACUAUAGUGCUUCUUUAACCCCUUAAGGACCGAGGACGGUUCAGGACCGUCAUCGGCAUUUUUGCCUUGCCGACCGAUGACGGUCCUGAACCGUCUAAACGGUCUGGGGCUACUUACCUGAUCGCCGUCUUCCCCCGGCGGCGAUCAGUGUUCCUCCGGUUGUGGGGAGACUGCCUGCAGCCCAGACAGUCUCCCCACGGCAGAUUAGGACCCCUGUGGCCAUGUGAUCGCUUAACACAGCGAUCACAUGGUCACAAUAGGUGUCCAUAGUGCUGCCUGCAGGGGGACUGUCUGUGCUGACAGGCAGUCUCCCUGCAACUGUAAAAUCAAUUAAAAAAAUAAAGUUAAUGGUAAUAAAAAAAUAAUAAUAAUUAUAUAUGUAUAAAUAUGAUAUAUAGACAUAUAUUAUAUCUAUAUAAUAUAUGCCUAUAUAUCAUAUAUAUAUAAUGUCAUACUAAGUGUAUUUUUAUAUUAAUAUGUACUUAUAUUAAUAUAAAAAUACACUUAUAAUUAAAUUACACACGUAUAUAUAUAAUAUAUAUAAUAACUAUAUAUAUUGUAUAUAUAUAUUAUUAUAAAAUAUAAAUAAUAAGUAAUUUAAAUUAAAUAAAAAAUUUUUAAAAUAAUAAUAAAAAAUUUAAAAAAUUAUAUAUCUAUAAGAAAUUUUAUUCUAACUGUAUUUUAAAAUUAAUAUAUAUAUAUUUAUAUCAAAAUACACUUAGAAUGAAUUUGUAUAUAUAUCUAUGUAUAUAAAAAUAAAUAAAAAUAAUAAGAAAUAUACAUACGUCCAUAUACAAAAUUACAUAAUUAUAUAAAUAUACACGUAGACUUCAAAUAUAUAAAUAUGCAUAUAUAUUUAAAUUCUACGUGCGUAUUUAUGUAAUAUUUUUACAUAAUUCAGUAAUUUUAUUGAUUGCAAUUUGAGGGACCUGCCUGCCAACCCAGGCCGAAAUUCCAGAGAAUUUAAUUUGUUAGCACUGUAUUUUACCCUGUAACGUUCUACGACACCCUAAAACCUGUACAUGGGGGGUACUGUUUUACUCAGGAGACUUCGCUGAACACAAAUAUUAGUGAUUCACAACAGUAAAACAUAUCACAGCGAUGAUAUUGUCAGUGAAAGUUACUUUUUUGCAUUUUUCACACACAAACAGCACUUUUACUGAUGAUAUAAUUGUUGUGAUACGUUUUCCAGUUUUUAAACACUAAUAUUUGUGUUCAGCGAUGUCUCCCGAGUAAAACAGUACCCCCCAUGUACAGGUUUUAUAGCAUUUUUGAAAGUUACAGGGUCAAAUAUAUGGGUCAAAUAUUUUUACAUUGAAAAUGGCUAGGUUGGUUACGUUGCCUUUGAGAGCGUAUGGUAGCCCAGGAAUGAGAAUUACCCCCAUGAUGGCAUACCAUUUGCAAAAGAAGACAACCCAAGGUAUUGCAAAUGGGGUAUGUCCAGUCUUUUUUAGUAGCCACUUAGUCACAAACACUGGCCAAAAUUAGCGUUCAAUUUAGUUUUUACUUUUUUCACACACAAACAAAUAUGAAUGCUUACUUUGGCCAGUGUUUUCGACUAAGUGGCUACUAAAAAAGACUGGACAUACCCCAUAUUGAAUACCCUGGGUUGUCUACUUUAAAAAAAAUAUGUACAUGUGGGUGUUAUUCAGAGAUUUAUGACAGAUAAUAGUGUUACAAUGUCACUAUUGAUAAAUUUUUAAAAUGUAUGUUUUUAAACCGCAAUAUCCUACUUGUACCUAUAGCCCUAUAACAUGCAAAAAAAAGCAAAAAAGCACGUAAACACUAGGUAUUUUUAAACUCAGGACAAAAUUUUGAAUCUAUUUAGCAGUUUUUUCAUUCGCUUUUGUAGAUGAGUAAAAGAUUUUUCAAGUAAAAGUCAAAAAACAUGUAUUUUUUUCAAUUUUUCAUCAGAUUUUUGUAUUUUUUUAAAAUUAAAAUACAUGAGAUUAUAUAAAUAAUGGUAUGUAAAGAAAGCCCAUUUUGUCCUGAAAAAAACAAUAUAUAAUUUGUAUGGGAACAGUAAAUGAGAAAGCGGAAAAUUACAGCCAAACACAAACACCACAAAAGUGUAAAAAUAUUCCUGGUCUCAAAUGUACAACAUCGCAAAAACAGUCCAGUCCUUAAGGGGUUAAUUAUAGUUUUUAAGCAUGUUUUGUACCAUCCACAUGCAUUUUUGAUUUUGUCUUUUCUUUUCAAGAUAAAAAACUAAACUUGAUCUACACCAAUUUGUACAUUUCACUAUUGAAAACAUUAUUUUUAAACGGUACCUGUCAUGUCAAAUGCAACUCUUUCUUAAUUGAUUGAGAGUCAAAUUCCAUCUAUAUAUAGUGCUAGCAGAAGUGUUAGCAAAUGUCUUGAUUUCUCUUAAAUCAGAAGUUGAAGAACAGACCUUAACCCCUACUCUGUCAGUUCAGUCUGUUCGAACCUGUGCCGAUCAGCACAGAUAUAAGAAAGCUCUGUGCAUGACUAUUACCAGGUAUUCAUCUUAAAGGGAAACUCCAGUGCCAGGAAAACAAUCCAUUUUCCUGGCACUGCAGGUCCACUCUCCCUCCCACCUCCUUAUCCCUGGUUGCUGAAGGGGUAAAAAACCUUUCAGUCACUUACCAGAGACAGCGACAUGUCCCACGUCGCUACUUCUUCCGCCGCCACUCCUCCUCUGCAUUACGUCGGCCGGUGGGCGAGACUGAUCCUGCCGGCCGGGGAUACCUAAUGCACCGCGCAUGCGCAUUAGAGCUCCCCAUAGGAAAGCACUGAAAAUUCUUUUCAAUGCUUUCCUAUGGGGAAUUGAGCGACGCUGGAGGUCCUCACACAGCGUGAGGACGUCCAGCGACUCUCUAGCACUGAAAAUCUGUGCUAGAGACACGGAAGUGCCCUCUAGUGGCUGUCUAAUAGACAGCCAGUAGAGGUGGAGUUAACCCUGCAAGGUAAUUAUUGCAGUUUAUAAAAAAAAAAGGGAUAAUUACACUUGCAGGGUUAAGGGUGGUGGGAGUUAGCACCCAGACCACUCCAAUAGGCAGAGGUGGUCUGGGUGCCUGGAGUAUCCCUUUAAGGAUUUAAGACAUUUAGGGGACUAGUGCAUGAUUCAAGGCAUAUAUGGCAUGCUCAUCAUGAAAGUUCAGGUGUCUUUUAUCACCUUGUUCAUAUCUCCGAUACAGAAGUUCCGUGUGUCGAAUGAGCAGCAAAGAAAAAAUUUCUGUGCAAGAUCAGUCAAAGGAGAGGACAACAUUAGGGACCAUAACAGUUGGUGAAGAAGACAGUACAUCUAGUUCAGAAGAAGAAACUGAAACCACAAAUGGUAAGUGUGACUGGUAAAUAUUUAAUCUUGGGUUAUAUUAUUGAACAUAGAUGGGACACAUUUCAUAAUAUAGGAUUUACAGUGCCUAGUGAGCUAUAUACACUAUGCUACACAGUACUACCAACCAAUCUGGGCUUGCUGUAGGUGUUAUUGGAAAUAAGGGAUUGGAGGCUUAGUCAGAACUUGUAUUUCUUAUAGGGAUACUGUAGUGCUAGGUAUACAAAGUUGUGUGCAUGCGGAGCUGCAAUGUCUUCUAUGUGGAUUCUUCUGACUAUGGAUGUCCUCUUGUAGAACAUGAGGGCCUCAGGCGACCAAAAGUCGCCUAACAAGCAGGAAGUGCCUCUAGUGGCUGUCUUAGUCCUGCAAUAUAAUUAUUGCAGGUUCUGUGGAGGUGCAAUGAUUAACAUUGCAGGUCUAAGGGGCACUGGGACAUUGCACCCAGACCACUUUAAUGAGCUGAAGUGGUCUGGGUGCCCCUACAGUGUCCAUUUAAUAGUGGUGAUGCUUUAAAGAAAAAAAAUAUAUGCAUAAUACACAUUAGGAAACAGUGCACAGAGAUUUUGUUUUAAAUCUUACAAGGCUGCUUAAAAUUGCAUAUCUUAUGAAAUAAAUAUUAGCAUUUAAUCCCACCAUAUGGCCAUACCUUGUUUAAUGUAAUCAAUGAUUUAAAAAAAACCAAUGUUUUUUAAAAUAUAUAUAUAUAUAUAUAUAUAUAUAUAUAUAUAUAUAUAUAUAUAUAUAUAUAUAUAUAUAUAUAUAUAUAUAUAUAUAUAUAUAUAAAAAAUUUUUGGGGCUUUACAGGCCCAUCAUUAUUAGAGGGACACUCCCCUACAAAAACCAUUUAGUAAUUAUACACCAGUGAAAACAGGCAUGCAUUGAACUAUGCCAUCUCAUCUCUAAGGACUCUGUUAUCCAUUGGACAAAUGAAUGGCCAUGUCAGUUUGAGGUAGAUAUGUACAUUUAAUCUAUACAGUGUCCUGAUAACCACCAGCAAAUGUAUAGGUUUUAAAAAAAAUUCUUACCUUACUUGAAUUCACAAUAAUUUCCAUGAAUCAUCGAUGCUUUAUAUGGCAGAAAGCCACUAGCAGCACUAUUUCAGACUUUAUUUUUCAGCCCCUUGCUGCCCUCUUAAAUUAGAAGUGACUUAGUUAAAGUCCAUCGUUUGUUGAAGCCUCCCCCCUCCCCCGAAGGUAGCGCCACAUUUGAGUAUUCUAAUUUUACCAGUUUGCCUUUUUUGGAGCAUAAUAUUACACUUUAACGACUGCUACAGUAAAAUCUUGUAUUCCCCAUACACUAAUAACAUGAAUAUAGGUGGGUAUGAGAAUUGUUUUGUUUUUUCUUCUGUCUUACCAUUGUUCAACCUAUAAUAAGCUAUUUGCUACAUAACCAUGCACUGCUGCCAUCUAUUGGUGAGUCACAGUUAAUGCAUCUCUUUACACCAUUCUCAUAGUUUUCCCUGUGUUGCUUUGUUUGAAUACAAGUUAAGACUUGCCCAUCUCCAUAUUUUAUUCCUUUUUCUAUUACCUAUAAAUAGUAUCUGUCUUAUAAUCAGACCACAUAUUGGACUACAACUCUUGUUUUGGACUGCCUUUAAGCAGACUGUGUGGGAGAAAGUAAAUGAAAGCUCAAUUCAGAAUUUAGUUUGUUGCUUAUUUCCCCACCAGAUGUUAAGAACACUGUAAUUGUAAAUGAAAAUGGACUGUUACCUCAACCACAAAACAGCACUGUGAGCACAUCUCCAUCGGAUGAAAAGGCAAAGGUAAGGAAACAUUAAAUAUAUAUUUUUGUUUCCUAUAACCAUUUACUGUCAAAUUCAUUGUUCAUAAAUUCAAUUAUUACAGAUGAUUUCAAUAUAUUUUAGGUUUACAUAAAUUAGCAUUUUGUUCUUUUCUUCUUGAAUGGACACAUACUAGUAGUUGAGCUGAAAACAAAUCUUAAAUGUAAAAAAUAUAUAUAUCUAAAUAUAUAUUUAGUGCAUAGCACUAUAGUUACUGAUUUAAAUAUAUAUACAUGCAUAAAAAAUAAUAUUCCUAACAACGAGAAUUUGAGGAAGAAAGUAUAACUAAUAGCAGCUGUUUAAUUAUCUGGAGUGUAGGUUCUUCCUCCCCCUUCCACCACCAACACAAGGAUCAGCUUUGCCUUUAUCCUUCUCAGGUUGCUGAACUAUUAGGUUGUUUGGCUAUUUAUAUUUGCAACUAAUUUGGUUAUACCUGAGAAAAUGCAGUAUCAAAAAGAAAGAGGAAACUGCACUCUUAUUAUGGUCUUUGUGCUGCCAGACCUUUGGCUGGCUAGCCCCACUCCAAUAAUAAAACAAAAUUAUGGUCCAGGCACACAAGUGAACAUGCAGUGGCACUAGACAUUCUUUGGAGAGAUUUAAAAGAAAAAAAAUUCCUCUUAAGCCCUUCUUAAAUGUUUCCACAGUACCAUAGUUUCAUAUUGGAACCUUUUUAAAAUGAACCUAGAACAAUGGAUGGAAAAACUAAAGGCAAAUUCGCUCACUUCAAUGAAGCCAUUAAACCAGUAAUCAUUGAUCUCAUCAAAUAACACAAUUAAUGCGAAUCCUAAAAAUUGGUACCGAUGUAUAUCAAAGGUCCUCUAGUGACAUCACUAUGAAACAAGAGCUUAUAUAUUUCACUUUGAAUUAUUAAACUAAUGUACCGUAGACGUGGCUCAAAAGGUUCUCUCGCCAUUGGUGAGUGAAACUUGUAGCCCUUUUCAGUAUGCUAUGGUUUCUACAUAAGCUAUGCCUUUGAUCUACAUAUGCUCCUAAUUCUGUCAUUAUCUGAAUUAAGAGGAUUGUGCAGUUAUUUUUUAUGUAUAUCUGUUUGUGUUAUUGCAUUGUUUGUUUUUUAAACAAAACCAUGUAAUGUUAGUCUACUUGAUAUGAAUGCUACUUGGGGAAAGGACAUUUCUCCAUAUAUUGCAAAUUAGGAUCUGUAAUAGUUCUAAAUAAGUCUAACCAUUGUCACGUUCUAACCAUUGUCACGUUCUUUUAAAGGGGUAUACCACUCGUUUAGCCAUUGCUUUGGCAUUUACAUGCAUCAGACAUUGACCACUUUGAAUAGAUUUUCUGAAGGAAUGUAAAUUACCCUUUUAGAAGGUUGAACACUUAACUUAAAGCGGCACUGUCAUGCCGAACUAACCUUUCCCCAAUCGAUUCCUCUUCUCUCCCUCUCUCAGUACGUACUUCAUUUCUUCCUGUCUGCUCUAGUUUUCUUUAAACAUAAGACAAAGUAGGGACUACUUUGUCUCAUGGAGGUUUCCUACUGCUGACCAGUUUUGACCAGCAGAGGAGCAAAGUGUGAUCAAAGCAAUUUUCCCACAAGUUCCCAUUUUCCCACAAUGCUCACCUUUGAUCCGUGAUCUUGCGAUGCUUCCUGUCAGUAUUACCUAACAUUCUGUCUCUUAGACAGAACGCUGGCAUAACUACCUAAUUUUGUCCUAAAAGAAUAAGAACAGUUCAUUCGUUCAUGUUAGGACGCAUUUCGAGACUAUGUUCGUAUCGGAGUUUCAUUCAUAUGAAUGCAUUUCCGAUCCUAUUCGUGCCGCGAGUAGGGGCAUGUCUAGUAAACAGUGAGCAGCCUGUGGCCAAAAAAAGUGUCCCGAGCCCCUACCCGUGCUGCGCUAGUGGGGGCUAUUACACUGAACGGGGGGACCUAUUGCCUCACCCCUACCCCUGAGCGGCGGGUGGGGACCCUAAAUGACCCCUACCCAUGAGCAGCAGGUGUGGGUCCUAAAUGGGGGGUGAGGGGGGCACCUAUUGUCCUCCCAGCCGGUCCCCACAUAUGAGCGGUGGUGGGGGGGCCCUAUUGUCCUCACCCCCGGCUCCCACCCUUGAGUGGUGGGUGGGGGCCCUAAAUGAGAUAAAAACCCAACGCUAAAAGAGCACUGUGCAGACUGAGCUCCGCAGGGCGGGGAAAAUCUUAUAAAGGCCCCCCCCUCCUCCCUAUUGUUAUUUACGGCUUAGGGGUGGGGGGGGGGUGGGACAAUAGGCUCCCCCCCUUAUUAUAAUAUAGGGCCCCCACCCACCGUUCAGUGUAAUAGCCCCCACUCGAGCGGCACAGAUCGGGAGGGGGACACUUUUUUUUUUUUUUUUUUGCUGGGGGUUUUAACAAUGAGCAGCUGUUUACUAGACAUGCCCCUACUCGCGCUAUAGCGCCCGGAUACCGUGGGAAUUAGGGAGUUAUCUAAUAUGUGGCUGCAAGAUGCACCCGGGGCACGAAUAGGAUCAGAGUUUCAUUCAUAUGGAUGAAAUUCCGAUAUGAACGAAGUCCCGAAAUGCGUCCUAACAUGAACGAACAAACUGUUCUCAUUCAUUUAGGACGGAAUUCUGUAGUUUUGCCGGCGUUCUGUCUAAGUGACAGAACGUUAGGUAAUAGUGACAGGAAGCUUUGCGAGAUCACGGAUCAAAGAUGAGCAUUGUAGGGAAAAUUGCUUUGAUUACCGGAAACUAAGCACACUUUGCUCCUCUGCUGGUCAAAGCUGGUCAGGCGUAGGAAAUCUCCAUAAGACAAAGUAGUCCCUACUUUGUCUUGUAUUUUAAAGAAAACUAGAGCAGACAGGAAGAAAUUAAAUAUGUCCUGAGAGAGGGACAGAAGAGGAAUCGAUUGGGGAAAGGUACGUUCCGCAUUACAGUGCCGCUUUAAGAACCUCUACAUUUUAAUGGAUUUUCUUUUAACAUUCUAUGCUGUUUCCAACGUUGCAUCAGAUGAUAUUGCUAGUUCUGGACCGAUUUUCUUUUCUGUCUUUUUGUCUUUCCUUUUCUGUCUCUAAUCACUUUUCAUUAUUCCUUCUCUUGCUGCCUUGUCCCUUCCAUCUGAGGUGAUUGGUCUUUGUUUUGUUUUUUUUGUCUUUUUGCUUCCGCUUGAGUUCAUCUUUUUGUUUGUUUUUGGUUUUCAAAAUCCACCUCCCUCUCCAUCCAUAUAUAUAUUAUUUAUUUUUGUUUUGUUUGCGUGAUCACAUAUGGGUGUCUGCUUGUGGUUCUCCUUCCAUCUCGUCAGCCCCUUCUUACCUUUGUCACUCCCAUCUUGAUCCUUGCUGGACCACCAGGUCCCUCCAUGUGGCGUCAGAGCUUACGCAAAACCGGCAUCAUUCUGGUGCCCCAGAGAGGCCAAAAAGCUGCGGUGAGCAUCAUUUGCCUUGUUUGUUGUGUAUGCUUGUGUGUCCCAUUUUGUUUUUUGUUUCUUGUAUUACUUUCUCCCUUCCUUUUCUUCUUCUUCGUUACCUUUUUUUAAGUUACAAAAAUAUCUGCCAUUUCCCUUAUUUGUGAUUAGUGAUAAUCAGAUGAGGAAUGUAUUUGCUUUUCCACCUGGUUAUUAACUAUUUCAGUGUUAGUGUUUCUUCUGUCACCUUGGUAGUUUUUCCCCAUUUAACAGUUGAAUGGAUCCACCAUCCUUGUGAAAUGUGUAUGUGAAGCAUGCAUUGCAUCUUUCUGAGCAACGCAUACUUGACGGCUAUAUUUAUAUCGUAUAACAUUAGCUGCAUUGCUGUACAAUUCAUAAUUUGCGUGAAAAUAAUUGGUGCUCAAAACUUUAAAAUGGCCCUUGCCAUAUUAUUUUACUUUUUUUUAGCCCAAUAACCAUAUUUUUCAAUAUCUGGCGAUUGUUUUUGUUUUUUCAAAAUGUGUUUAGGUUAUCAAUAACUAAAACUAAAGUAGGGACUAUUUUACGCUCUGGGUAUUCUUUCUAAAGGUUGUCAAAAGCAGUCAGAAUGUUGGCAUCCACUGCAUGUUUAGCACAGUUAAGUCAAAUGAGAUGGUCAGUUAAAGCGGCACGGUCAUGGCCGAAUCCCGGGGUUUUUUUGUGUUUUUUUUUUGUUUUGUUUUUUAAACCCUCCUCCCUACUCCACUAUGUCUAAUUGUCCCUCUAGUCACCCACAAAUAUUUUUAAAUCUUUAUAUUUUCUGCCCGGACUUAAAUCCUGGGCGCCGCCAUCUUUGUGCGACACGUCAUCUGCCCACACUAGGUAGCGCUGUGAAAUUCCUGCGCAUGCCCAGGUAAACACUUGGGCAUUCAAACGGGAAUUUCAUCUAUUCAUUCAUUUGUCAGACAAAUUAAUUAAUAGAAAUGUCAGACGAAUAAACAAACACUGAAUAUCAGUGUUUGUUCGUUUAGUUUAUUACAAGGAAGGAGCUCCCUCCUUGUAAUAUGUAAAAAUAGAAGUGUCACGAAGCAGUGCUCCCAGCGACUUCCUAAGCCCCCCAUGACCUCCCUCACUCUAUAGGGGUCAAUAUGACCCCCAUAAUAGCAUAAGGGAGAUUAAAAUCUCCCAAAUGCCCCUACUUGCCAUGCCACGAGUAAAAAUAACCCCCCUCAAACAAAUGGCGCCAUGGUGGGGCAUCUAUUAACUAGCGGGGGGGGAACAUAGAGUCCCCCCAAGCCCCUACCCGUGGCCAGCGAGUGGGGGCUAUUCAACUAAAUGGGGGACAUAAGGUCCCCCUUGGCCCCCACCGGCCGCUCAAUGAAAAUGAGGGGGGUCUAAUCUCCUCCCCGGCCAGAGCCCAUGAGCAGCGGGUGGAGGGCCCAAAUGAAAAUGGGUGGGAGGGGGGGGACACCUAUUGGGGGAUGGGGGGAAGGACAAUAGGUCUCCCCUUCAGUUUAAUAGCCCCCACUCGCACGGCUCGGGAGGGGGUAUACGAAGAUUUGUUUUUUUGUUUUUAUUAAAAGUGAGCAACAACUGGCUGCUCACUGUUUAGUAGACAUGCACCUACUCGCGAUAUAGCAAGUAGGGGCAGAAUUUACUAAUACCAAGUAAUCUCUACUUAGUAUUAGUAAAUUGGGCUGAAAGCUCCCUGAUACCGUGGGAUUUAGGGAGUUAUGUACUAAGCGGCUGCAAAAUGCAACUGCGGCACGAAUAGGAUCAGCGUUUCAUUCAUUUGAAUGAAAAUCCAAUCUGAACAAAAUCCCAAAUUGCGUCCUAACACGAAUGGAGAAACUGUUCUCAUUCUGUUAGGACGAAAUUCGGUAGUUUCACUGGCGUUCUGUCUAAAUGACAGGACGUUUGGGAAUACUGACAGGAAGCAUCGCGAGAUUACGGAGAAUUGUGGGAAAAAUUCUCUGGCCACAGGAAACGGAGCACAUUUUGCUCCUCUGCUGGUCAGGCGUAGGAAACCUCAAGACAAAGUAGCCCCUACUUUGUCUGAUGUUUUAAAGAAAACUAGAGCAGACAGGAAAAAAUGAAGUACGUCCUGAAAGAGGGAGAGAAGAAAGAAAGUGUUUAAAGAAAGGAAAGUUCGACAUGACAGUGUCGUGGUAUCGGCAUGUGAUUUGCAAUAGUUCCCAUAUUUACAUAGCAAUAGCGAUAAGUCUAAAUACAUUUUGAAGACAAAAAAAAACCCUUUUUUUUUUUUUACACUUUGUCAUGUACAAAAACUUUACCGAACUACUUCAAUAAUUUAAAUAUAUUCAGUGAAAUUACAAAAAAGUGUGUUUAAUGGGUGUACGCUUUUUGAAGGAUGUUAUAGGAGUUGAGUUUUAAGUGGACCUGUCACCUUUACAUUAAUGAGUUCCAUUAAAAAUAGCAACUAUACCUAUUAAUUACAAAAUCAGAAAGCCUGAUUAUACCUUUUUAAUCGUAUGCAAAUAUUAUAACCUCUUGAGAUCGGCACAGUCCUGGGCCACAAAGUGAGUGAUCAUCAAACUAUUUUUAUUUCACCACGUUAAGAACCCAGUGACCAUCAUAACUGUAAUUUCUUGUAAUUAUUUUUGUCUUAAUUCUCAGAAACCCAUUUUGGUUUCACAUUGAGCUCUCCAUUUCAGAGCGUGCCCAUCUAAGAUCUUACUUUGUUCUAUGUAAAUAGUCAGUUUAGCAUUUUGUUAAAGUAAAUUUUUUUGGCAGUGAAGGUCACAGGGUCACUCUAUGCAGUUAGUGGCAAUCUGGGGGUUCAGUUUUAUUGUGUACCAAUAGCCAUUUUAUUUUACAUCCUUUUUCUUGAGUGCUGUACCUGAUGUUUGCAGGCAAGUGUUUUGAUUUGUUACUAGCAAUCUACACACCUGCAUAAGCUUCUUUCUUCUAUUUGCUUCUACUUCUCCCGCUUCGAAAAAACAACAAGAAAGUAAGAGAAUAAAGUGUGUGUAUAUAUAUUCUAUUUUGCUUUCCUGCCUUCACUUCAGUAAUUGAAUUGUGUAGCUAAUGCUGUUUGUUAUAAUAUGAAUUUACUGUGUAUUUGUGCUUUAAUUUUUAGUACCUUCUUCUAUAAUUCCUCUCUAGUUUUCUUCCUAUCUGCUAUUAGUUUGUAGAUAUUUAGAAAUCCACCUGUUUAUCAAUGUAUUGUAGAACACAAAUUAUAAAUGUGUCAUUGUCUAUUAUAGUUUGUAUAGGUGUGGCUCACAUGAUAAAUUGUUGUGUUUCCUCUUUUGGACAGCUAAAGAUAUUAUGACUACUCUUAACACACUCCUCUAUAAAUUGUAUAGCCUACCAUAGUGCUGCAUCUCCAAUCGGCAGAAACAAAUCCUCUUUUUGCUAUAGAGUGGAAGCAGAUCCCCUUGAACACUGAAAAUUGUUUCAAAUAAGUGUGUAAUUGAUCCCCAUUUCCAUUUUAUUCUGCCCAAAGUCAUUGUUUUCACCUGCAGCGUUGCACAUAUACAACAGAGCACAAAUUGUAUUUUUCUUUCCCAUGGUGCACUUCUUCACAUCUGAAAUUUCUCGCUACCAUUUUAAGGCAUGCUUUGUACAUAAUCAUGACUUAUAUUUUCAGUGACUGAAGUCAAGCCUUUACCUUAAAGGACCACUCUAGGCACCCAGACCACUUCAGCUUAAUGAAGUGGUCUGGGUGCCUGGUCCAGCUAGGGUUAACCCAUUUUUUUUUAAUAAACAUAGCAGUUUCAGAGAAACUGCUAUGUUUAUGAAUGGGUUAAGCCUUCCCGAGUAUGUUUUCCUGGCACUAUAGUGGUCCUUUAAGUCAUGCUUACUUUUUAUGUCUUUAGUAAUAUAUAUAUAUAAUUUGUGGAUGUUCAUAAUUGCUGAAUAAUCGUUUAUAAAGUUUUAUAUAUUAAAAAGAUUUAUUUAUAUUAUAUUUUUGGACUGUUUCUUGCAUAUUGCAGUUAAUUAUCGAUGUGUUAGCUUUUGUAUAGCAUAUGAUUGUGUGGCAAAUGGUAUUCAACACUAGAUAUGCUUAGAGAAAAUUCCCAAAAUAUCCUCCUCCUUUUAUGUCUUUAGUUCACUGAGGCACCAAGCGGCAUCACAGAUAAAGGUGAGCAAUCCCUGUACAACUUGAGAGCAGGCUUACGGAAAACUGGCAGUUUUGGAGUCCUGCAAGACGCCAAGCUAGAGGACAGUAACACCAAAGAGCAUGGAAUCAAGCGUUCUGCUUCCAGCCCUCGACUCGACACCCAAGAGAGGGUGAGCAGUUCAUUCUGAUUAUGUUGAUUGUAUAGAGAUGGAAACAUGGUAACUGCAUUUACAGCUUGUUGCCUUUUAUCUUUAAAUAGCUUUGUAACACAUAGCUGGUUAAGAAAGCACUUGUGUUUCGAAGAUGUUUAUGAGAAUAUUGCAUGUCUCAUAAAGACUGAGAACACUUACAAUGUAAAAAGGAAAGAAAUUAAAGCAUUUACUUUGAACAGUCAUUACCUUGAAAAUGGCUUCCUAUAGAAUUCUAUAACUAUUAAAUGUCGUCCCAUUCUGGGUGGGCAUGGAGCCAUGUUGGAUAGUGAAGCCAAGUUAUUGCUCGUGUUCAUAAAACCUCAUCCUAAAACCAAAAAUGUUGAAGUGCUUCUGGACAUUUUUGUGAUCAUUUUCUUUGGGGCGCUUGUCUAUCUUCGGCAGUUUCAUAUGCGAACAAUGGUAAACAGUACAAAUUGUUUUAAUGGACAGGCUCGUCAUUAGACUUUAGUCUCUUGUGUAAACAUGCAUCAAGGGAAUGUAAAUAUAAGGUAACCGCCUCCUAAAGUGGAUCCUGUCAAGAGUCCUACUUUUUUUUUUUUCUACUAGAGUUUAGGGAACAUGGCUAAUUAUGCCAAAAUAACCUUAUCUACACUACGCUAAGGUAUUUAUGUAAUUUGGAAAUUUUAAAACUGCAUACUUGGCAGCCUCCCAACUUCUCAAUUUUCCCUAAAGUGCAUCCACUCUCAGUAGUGGGGCUGCCCUCCGUCCAAUCAGCAGUUCCCCCUUAUUAUUUGAUGUUUGAAACUGGGGAUAAACUACUUUUCCCAGACACUCGUGCUGAACAGAAAUGUGUGUGAUAGGAGCAGAUGCUAUAGACCAACAUUGAUUUGUUGAGCUUGUUUCUGGUAAGCUACCUUUAGCUUGUAUAUUGUGUUUUAUGCAUUAGAGCAUUGACUGUCAACCUUGAUCUUCCUUUGUUGACCUCAUCUCUAGGAAAUAUGUAUAAAAAAUGUCAAGUCUAUUAAUCUGACCAUAUAAGCAAUCACUAUACAUAACUUUUAUUUAAUCUUUUCUUUCUCCUAGACUAAGGAGCCCCUCUUGGCAAGGGUUCAGCCAACUCCAUCCAGAAGAUUUUUCACCCUUCCCGAAACUGCCCCUGUGCCAGAACCCAAGAGAGAGUGAGUAUUGCCACAAAGCCCGUCCAUCUCAAUCACUGAUAAUACCUCAUGGUCACAUUUAUUACAUCCACCGAGCCCUUAACAUCUACUGUCCUUUUGACUUUAUUCUGUUUUUCUGUAGACCUUUUCCACAAACUCACUCAAAACCAUAUCAUUUUUUCAACCUGUGCUAACUUCUUUAAAAAAAAAAAGAAAAAGGAAGCAGGAAAAAAAGUUUUAGGAAUAAAAAAAUAAUAAUGGAUUGUAAAGUCUGAAGUGAAUACUUUCCUUCCAACGCAAAAAAAACAAUCCAUACAAACUUUAUUUCGGUCAUUCUGUUAGAGGCAUAGAAGGUGGACUACAGAUGAGACUUGACAUGGUUCCCACCACACAAUUGCACACAAACACCUUCUCCAGCAUGACUGCCACUUCCUCCACCUCGUCCUCCAGUACGAGCGGCAGCACUGACCCCAAAGACAAACGAAGGUAAGGCUCUUCUCACAUGCAUGGUCUUCUUCUAAUUCUUCUCCUCAGCCUUUAACUCCAAUUCCUCUGAUGGUUUAGCCACUUGUGACCAGUAGUAGAUAUUUUUUUUUGUCACCUUGUUUUAUUGUUGUUUAGGCAAUUUAAUGCAUAUGCACACCAACAUUUAUGACACGUUUAUAUAUCAUUGGUUGAGCAAUGAUCUAGAUUUCAGAAAAACCAAGUAGUUCUCUUGGUAAACGUAGCUAAUGCUUAGGAUUUUCAAACUCUGUAUCCAGCAGGUUUAUCAUAGUCUUGGUUUUGGAUCCGUAAAAUGGGUUUCGGGAAACGUCUGUUAAUGAGCUGCCAGUUUGUUUGGGUUGCAUGGCCAUCCACUACAAAUGUAAUUAUCAAGAAUUGAUCAGGAAACUCAAACUUUUAUGUCUAAGUAGAUUAAUUGGAAAAAUUUUCUAUUUGGUUACUUAUCCAGUUCCACUCUCUUGACCUUAGCUUUGCGAAUCCUUAGCCAGUUCCAGGCAGACUUCCAUUUUAGUGAAUAAUACUAUAGAAGAAAAACACCUUAUGGAAACACUGUAACUACCAAACAACUUCAACUUAAUGAAGUGGUUUUGGUGUAUAGAGCAUGCCUUGCAGUCUCACUGCUCAUUGCAAUGCUGCUCUGUUGUAUUUUGAGUUUAGAAUAUCCCUUUCAAGGAACACUCUGCACACAAAGCCAUAAAGCAGUUAAGCUAAAAAUCUGUGCUUGGGAAAGAGGAGGGAGGGCUUGCAACCCUGCAGUCAGCAGAUAUAGAACUUUUGCUAAAUUUUGAUUUCCCCCUCCCCCCCAGGGAAAAAAUAUAUGCAUGUUUUCUUUGGGGGUAUAUCUACUAAAAUCACCACCGUUUCAAUGCAGUGUUCUUUUAAGUGUUUUGGGUGAAGGGGAGGGGGGGGGAAUUGUUAUAUAUAGUUUAUAGUAAUGCUUAGGUGCAUUAAAAUAAAAAGCAAACCAAAAAUUAAGCUGAGAAAUUUCAUGACAAAAUAGCUGUAAACUUUUUCAAAUUGUUUAAUACAACUUUGCAAUUUGGUUUUUAGCUCAGUACAAAUCAACAUUUUAGAAAUUAUGGUGCUCAUAUGUUAACUAUCAAAGUUAAAACUUGGUAAGUAUUGUAAGUAGGGUUAAUUGAACCACGUAUGUAAGUUUACUCUUUUAUUCGCCUAUUGUAACAUCAAGUAACCACUACUAUUCUCAACAGGUCAUAUCAGACACGAGCUCGUGAUGAAGAAUCAGAGGCUCAACGAAAAGCUCGUUCACGGGAAUUGAGGCGGUCGAGACGAUCCACACAGGUAAUCUUGAUCUGACUUAUUAGUCUGUUCAUUUUAUUUAUAUAUUUAAAUCAUUUUAUUACUUACAGACAACCAAAAUGGACCGUAGGCGACAACUCUGUAGCCCAUGAUGGUUUUACAAAGAAUUUCAUUUUAGCUUUGUGUUCCACCUGGAAUCCAAAUCACAUGACCCGUAUAAUGACCCUCAUUACACUAAAUGCCCACCCUAAAUAUUCAGUUUUUUAAAUUUAAUUCUUAAUUGGCCAAUAGACAAAAUGUCCCCAAUAUACAAUUUAUAAAAGUGACUGAACAGUAUGGGAAGGCUUAAUUGCAGACAGAUAACGCAACAUGGUAGGGCCGGUGAUACAGGAUCAGGUAAACAUGGCUAAUAUGUUAAAGGGAUACCAUAGUCACCAGAACAACUACAGCUUAAUGUAGUUGUUCUGGUGAGUAUAGUAAGUCCCUGCAGACUUUUUGCUGUGAACACUGUCUUUUCAGAGAAAACAAAGUGUUCCCAUUACAUGCAUACAGUAUUAUAGUAAACGCUCAACUGAUAUGGUUUAAUUUAGUGAAGCAUGCAGUUACGGGAGUGUUGGGUGCUUAAUUAGAAAAACCUGUUACCCCAUCAGGUCCAUAAAUAUCAUAGAAAAUAAACCCAAAGCACACCAAAAGUUAUUGCACAUUGAAAGACUUUAUUCAUAUAAUGAAAUUGUAAAUGUAUAAAUACAAAGUGCAAAUGUACAAAACAAACAUGCAAAAAGUGCAAAGCAUACACAUAACUGCAACAAUUUCAUUAUAUGAAUAUAUCGUUCUAUGUGCAGUAACUUUUGGUGUACUUUGGGUUAAUUUUUUAUAGUGUUUACAUUACAGCCUAGGAACACCACCAGUGGCACUCAUCAUACGGCUACUAGAGGUGCUUCCUGGGGCAUUGCUGCACCCUCUGCAUGGAUACAUUGAUCUUUCCUCACUAAGGUGCAUUGAUUCAUUGCAUCUCUGUAAUGAAAUGCUGAUUGUCCAGGGCUGUGUUUGGCACCCUCCCGGGGCCACCUCUUUGGCUGAGAUCAUCAGAGUUGACAAUCUCAGCCAAUCCAAUGCUUUGCUAUUGGAUUGGUAAAAUCAAAGAAAUAUGAUGUACAGCCCCUGUUAAAAUCAAAGAAAUAUGAUGUACAGUAACAAUAAAUCAUACAAAGCCAGAAUAGUAUCUGGGCUUCAGAGUUCACUUUGUUGCCAUGUUGAUCUGGAGCUUGCUGUUUGUGGAGUUUCACCCAUUUACAUGAUUGUAUUAAUGGUAUUUCCAGUUGUCAUGUUUUUUUUUUUUUUUUUUAAUCAAGAUUGAAAUGAGACGUGCUGUGCAUUUCUUCUUUUACUUUCAGUAUUUUGAGUGUUUGUCACUGUCAAUACAAGAACGUAUUACUUCUGCUUACAGACUCACACAAAUACCCACAUAAUUUAAUAUUUGGAAAUAUACAAAGUGGAUGAGUUGCAAAGUAAUAACAUGAAAAUGUGAAAUUUAUAUUUUUAAUUGUAUUAAUCAGUUUAAAGUAGGUGGGAAUAUGUUAUUCUAAGCAAUAACUGCCUCAAAGCUCAAGUUGAUAUAUGUAGCCCCUGACGUUUUAUUUUUAAGAUGCUCUAAUGUAGUAGUGAGGGCAGGUGCAUCUACAGCACCUGGAUUUCAUCUGUAUUGCAAAUCAUCAUGUGUCUGCAGUGAUAAAUGGAGCCUUCAUCCUUGCCCUGAUACAUUUCUAUAUAUACCUCUUGGUAGGGCGUCACGCUUACUGACCUCAAAGAAGCAGAAAAAACACUGGGAAAACAAAGUGAUGCUACUACAUCAUCUGAAGCGAAAAGUAAAGAGGAAGAUGGAAUCGAGAGGCUAUAUAAGGAUCAACCAACUGAAAAUCUGGUGAGCAUUCAUUUAACUGUAUUGUCGACAAAACUCCUUGACCCUCCUUGGUGAGUGGCAACAUUUAAGAGAAAUUACUGAAAUAUUCUGUACUUUCUCGGGUUUGUAUUGAUGGUCACAAUCCAACUGGAAACAUUAACGUUUUAUUCCUGUUACCACUAACACCUGUAACCUUUGCUACGUCAAAAGCCACUGACAUUCGAAACUAUUCAUUUUGAAUGAAUGAGUUCAGUUAAAGGGACACUAGAAUCAUUAGAACAAUUCCAGCCUAUUCUAGUUGUUCUGGUGAGUAUAGUAUGUCCAUACAGGCAUUUUGAUGUAAACACGGACUUUUCAGUGAAAAGGCAGUGUUACAUUACAGCCUAGGAACACCUCCAGUGGCCACUCUUCAGAUGGCCACGAGAGAUGCUACCUGGGUCAGUCCAGUGCUGUAAUGGUAAAGAAAAAAUUCUGUUCCUUUUAUUCCUAAAACAUUUUACAGCCGCUCUUUGCAUUAUUUUCCCCUACUCAAUAUGCAUCAAGUGUGUGUAGAAGCAUCCAGAUAUUCCAAACAUGGCCUUUAAUUAAUUGUACAGAUAUCCAUGCAUGGCCAGAUAUACUUUGUUAAUCCACUAGAAAAUAAGCUCAAUUUAGCCAUUUUCACAUCAGGGAUGACCCUUUUCAUAUAGAUGUGUUUAUCAGCUGGUUAGACCAGUGAUAAGGCCACUGAAUUAGUACUAGAUAACCUAGUUCCCAAUCAGACCGCCUCACCACUAGUUGCAUUAUUCAUAUAUAGAACCACCAACCCCAAAUCUUCAUAGAUUGUAAGCUGGUUUGAGCAGGGCCACCUUUACCUCGUAAAUAUCUUUCCAAAAUUGUAAAGCACUGUGGAAUAUGUUGGGGCCAUAUAAAUGCACCAUUUCGCUAUAUGAAUAGACCUAAAAAUUGGUCAUAUGGUUAUACAUAAAUACUAUUGCAUUUGUAAGAAAAUUUUAUAAUAGAAUUUAAAUAUAUAUAUGUACAAACUAAAUGUGUGUAUGUAUAUUCGUUAUCAUUCUAAAGGGGCCACAUACAUUUUAUUUAUUUUGUUUUUGGCAAAAAUGUCCAACAUAUUAAAGAUAAAAUAAGGGAACUGACCAUUUUGUUAAUUUUUUUUAUUUAUUUUUUUAUAAUGUAUUGAAACAUUUAAUAUAACACAAUACCCACUCAGUCUAGGCAUGUAAUUUAUUUUGUUUUUUUCUAUUCAAUGAUUUAGCAACCAUUUAGCCUCUAUUAGCUAAACAUUGGAAGAAUAUGGUGAAGUAGCUAUCUGUUCAUUAAGUCCUAAUAACUUUGAAAAAUAGAAACACAAAAAGAAAAAUAGACAUAGGCGUGAGCAGUAUAUGUCUAGAUGAAUGAACUCUGGUAGGUCCCCCUCCCAAAUAAAGCAAGUGGACUGUAAUUGGUUAUCCGGUGUGUUUUAAUUAGGAACUGUCCAGGAGAAUCCGUGUACCAAGCACUGAAAAUACUGUGAAUUGUCAGACAAAGACAGGUGAGAUUUAGCCUAUGUCUUUUUUGUGACCUGUUUAAUUAUAAGAUAGGUAAAACGUUGCACUAGUCAUAUUAUGUAAUUUGUUUUGCAUGUAUUAAGUACUUAAUAAUUCAAGCAUCUUAUUUAUAUAAAUGUUUAACACAGGGCUCAGAAUAUUGAUUAACCUUCUAGCGAGGCCCAAAAGCUAUCUCACUACACAACUGUUUGUACAGCAUUUUGUUUUUGAUUUAAAUCAUCCUUGCAGAAUGUCAGGCAUAGAUCACCAUGGAGAUCCAGAAAUGGAUCUUGGUACCAAGAUUUUGAUCUCGUUUGCUGGACCAUUUAACAUAGCGGCUACAGAAGCAAAUUGUAGACCAAUUACAUAUAGUGGAGGGAAAAAAGAUUUUACAUUUUUUUAUUUUAUUUUUUUAAAUUAUGAAUAAUUUAACACAAUAGUUUGUCACAGCUGAGGUCUGUGCAGCAGAAUGCAGCGGCUGUUUUUAAGGUUAACUUCUGGGAAUUGAAUCCCUCUGAAAGUAACUUCAUCACUAUGCGAAUUGGUCCCAGUUUAACCCCAAAGUCUUCAGUCCAGCACCCGUCAACGCUGAUACUUAACUUUUUUUCAGUCCAAGGCUUGCCGAUUGAGAGAUGCAAAACUGUUUUGUGAAUGGUUACCUAGACAGGCUGAGAGCAUAAGCUUGGCAUUCUCAGCCAUGCCAUGCCAUGGUCCAAGACUUUUUGAUUCAAGCCGCAGCCUGAAUGGUCAGAACUGACUUGUGCCAGAAUGAAGACUUAAGGGUUAAAGCAUUCAUUACCGGUUUAACCUGUGAAAGUAAGCCAGCGUCUAUGAACUCCUUGCACCAUAACUUAAUUCCGAUUAUGUUGCCAAAAGUGUUUUGUUGAGUUUUUUUGGUUUUUUUUUUUUUUAAUUCCUAAUUUUUGCUUUGACAAUGGUCAAAGCCAAAUCAGCCAAAACAGUGGUACAUAGCGGUUGACAUACAAGAACUGUUUCCGUGGCACAGCGUCAUAUCAUAUAUCCAUGGCCUUGUAUAAAGGGUGCCCAUCGGUUUUCCGUUCAGUCACACUGUGUUUAUUUAACAUGUAACAUAAACUAUAAUUAAAACUAUAUAGAUAGAUAGAUACACAAUAUGGAGUGAACAGAGUAUCAAGUGAAGCUCAAACACCUUGAGUGGUAACCCCUAAACCACUUCUACAAGAUAAAUAGAAAAACAUACAUACAUACAUAAGAUGGAGCUUCUUGUAUAAACGUACGGUCAGUGUCUGCAAUAAUAUAAAUACAAAACACAAAUAGCGCAAUAUUGCUAUCACAGAAAUGAACCAUAGAAAGGCGUAUAGGGUGUCACGCACAAGUCAAGAGUCAUAAAUCACAUAUGACUCAGAUGGUAAACGCUUGUGGACAGUUUUUAGGAUGCCCAAUCCUUUCUUUUGCUCACGAUUCUGCUGGAAACCUGGUUCCUUUGGAAGUGGUGCUGGUCAUCCCGUGCUCCCAAUGUAAAAAUAGGGUACCACAGCCAAGGUCUCAUAAGUAAUAUACCUUUAUUGGUGAUCCCUAACACAUGAAAACUAAAAAAUAAUAAAGUUGAUAUAGAAUAAAUAUAAAUACCAGGAACAAAUGUCCAAAUAAAUGUCCAAAACGCGUUUCUCCCUUAAAUGGGCUUCCUCAGUUGGUUAGUGAUGUCUCUCCUCCUUGCUUGGCUUGUUUAAAUGGUUUAUUAGUCUCUAACUUCCGGGUUCUGGCUGUUCGGUGUUGGAACGCAACGUGCAUUCCAUUAUCUUAUUUGCGUCCUUCCGCUUUCACUUGGAAUGUCUCUAAAUUACUUCAGGGUUUCGGCGGUAUAGGUUAUAGGAACGCAACAUGCGUUGCACCUUCUUACCGCUUCCAGUUUCUGUCCCAGCCGAAAUUGGGCUAUUUAUUAUGUAUAAAAAUGGAUUUGCAUAACAUGAUCAACUUCUUAGUCCCAUCCCUAUAAGAGAAGCAGAAUGGGGCUUCACCAUUCAUAUUGCCAUCUGUAACAUUCAGGAGGCAGCUCAAAAAAGAAGAAAGGAAAUUAGUAUUCUUAAAACCCAUAUCAAAAAACCUUACAAUGGUAUUCUUUAAAACCAUAUCAAAAAAUCUUACAGUGGUAUCAUGACCAUAAGAAUAUAUUAAAAUAAUAUAAAUGUAAAAGCACAUAUAAAUGUAUACUGAUUGCAUUCCUUAUGAGACUUAAACAGAAAAACACAAUAUAAAACAUGCCACCACAGUGCAAUAAAUAAGUGAAUAAAAAUAUAAAUAUAUAAAAAUGAAUUCUUUCUCUUCCUUUUGGUUUCUAUUGGGAGGUUCUAAAAUAUAGUAUUGACAUAAAAGGGUAUAUGCAAGAAUCUAAAAUGCUAUAUUAACUAAAUAAAAAAGUGAAUAAUAUCUAUCAAGCACUUCUAUAUUAAAUAAUAUUAAAAUAAUGUGGGGUCAGUUGAUAAAAUGACAUAGCUCGAAAUCUUGAUUUAAACCAUGGGGGAUUAACGUGUUCAAAUUAAAUAUACAUUUCAUCUCCUCUAUUCCAAUUUUCUUCGUGUAGUUGCCUCCUCUCCAGUCUUUUCUUACAAGUUUAAUUGCACAGAAGAAGAGGCCUUCUGGGUUUUGAUUAUGAACUAACUUAAAAUGAUUAGACACGCUAUGUGACUCUAACCCCUUUUUAAUGCUUCUCACAUGUUCUGCUACUCUUAUGUGAAGGCAGCGAAUCGUUCUUCCUUUAUAUAAAAGAUUACACAGGCAUUUGAGGAGGUAUAUUACUCCUUUAGCAUGGCAUUAAAGAUGGUCCUUAAUUUCAAAUUUUGUAUUAGUAUAUGAUUCUAAGUUUAAUAUGUGCCUUUUCUUACUUUUUGUCCCUCUGCAUGCUAGACAAGAUCCACAGCCAUAAAAACCUUUACUUUGCUUUAAGAAACUAUCACUGGGGGUUUUUAUUUCUUAAACUACUCUGUGUGAGGGUUUGGUUGGAAGAAUUGCUUUGAGGGUUGGGUCAUCUUGUAAAAUAUGCCAGUAUUUUGUUAUAACUUUAUGUACUUUCCUGUUAUUACCAUUAAAACUACAAAUGAAGGGGAUAUCGCUUUUGUUCCAUUUCUCCUUCUUGUUCUGUUGAUAAAUAAGACGACUUCUUCUGGGAAUGACGAGAACUUCUUCCAAAACGCUUUGCAACAUUCCUUCUUCAUAUCCCUUCUCCAAAAAAUUCCCUUUUAUUCAAUUUGCUUGAUUUACAAAAUCUUGAUCAUCUGAGCAAUUGCGUGUAAUGCGCAAAAAUUGUCCUCUAGGGGCGUUAUUUAACCAUGGUUUGUGGUGCCAACUCUUUCUUAAUAUACCCGUUGGAAUCCACCUCCUUAAAAUGGUUCCUAGUACCAAUGCGUGAUUCUUUAAUAUAGAUUUCUAGAUCGAGGAAAUUAAUUCCCUCUGUACUCUUUUGUGCCGUUAAAACUACGUUCCAUUCGUUAUUGUUAAGAUGUUUUUUAAAAAAGGUCCAAGUCUUGGUCUGUGCCUGUCCAAAUGAAAAAUAUAUCAUCAAUGAAACGGCAGUAGGACACCAAGCUCGCUCCCCAUGAGUGCCCCUGGAAAACACACAGUUCCUCCCAGUAGGCCAUUAACAAGUUGGCAUAACUUGGAGCGAACUUAGUGCCCAUCGCUUUUCCCCGAAUCUGCAAAUAAAAUGUGUUUUGAAACCCAAAAAAAUUAUUUAAGAUUAAAUUAAUGCCUUCUAAAAUAUACUCAAUUUGUUCCAUUUUAAAAUUGGAUUUAGUUAAAAAAUGCUGGACCGCUUUUAACCCUGUAUCAUGGGGGAUGAUACUAUAUAGUACUAUAUAUAUACUAUAUAUCACAAGUGACUAGAAAAUUACCAUCCAUCCAUACAAUCUCUUCUAAAAGUUUUAGGAUGUGGAUAGUAUCUUUUAGAUAAGAUGGAUUGCGUAUUACUAUUGGUUGUAAUAAAUUGUCCAAAUAUUGACACUUUUGCUGAAAUUGAAUCUAUGCCUGAAAUAAUCGGUCUUCCCGGAUUAUCUUUAUUUUUAUGAAUUUUAGGGAGAUGGUAGUAUACUGGUGUCCUUGGGUGAGGUGUGGAUAAAUAUUUAGCUUCUUUUUCAUUUAAAAUUCCUUUCCUAAAACCUUUAUCUAGUUGGUCUGAGAGUAUCCUUUCAGCUUCUUGUAUAUAAUUUUCCCUUUGUAGGACUACUAUUCCCCCACCUUUGACCGUCGGUUUGAUAAUAACCUCUUUAUUUUCUUUUAUUUUUUUUUACAGCUUUUUUCUCCCUAAUUGACAUAUUUUGUUGGGAUUUGUUAAGAGGUUUCAUUUUUCUUAUGUCUUUCAUCACCAUCAUCUCAAAUGUUUUGAUUUCAUCCGAGAUGAGGUGUUUGGGGUACCCUAUAUUUACAUUGGGAGCAUUGGAUGACCAGCACCACUUCCAAAGGAACCAGGUUUCCAGCAGAAUCGUGAGCAAAAGAAAGGAUUGGGCAUCCUAAGAACUGUCCACAAGCGUUUACCAUCUGAGUCAUGUGAUUUAUGACUCUUGACUUGUGAGUGACACCAUAUACGCCUCUCUAUGGUUAAUUUCUGUGAUAGCAAUAUUGCGCUAUUUGUGUUUUGUAUUUAUAGUAUUGCAGACACUCACCGUACGUUUAUACAAGAAGCUCCAUCUUAUGUAUGUAUGUUUUUCUAUAAUUUAAACUAUGCUGCUUAGUAGGUUUGUCCCCGUACACUACGUGUAGUCGGUUUCAUAUUGUUCCCACAGAUCCCACACCUUGAAGAAGGACUUAGAGGAGUUGCAGAUCAUUGACGUUAGUCUAUCCAUUAGGCAAUUAUCCCUAAUCUUGUGUAGGACUAGUGAGAGAGGGGGCACUUCCGAGCACAUCCAUUUUUGUGCUUGUGCACUGCGGGCAGCUAAAUAGAUCAUAUUAAGAAAGAUUUUGUUCGUGCCUGGUCAGGCCAUCUGUGGGUCUGGUCAGGAGACAUGACCACGGGUUGAGUUCAACCCAUCUCUGCAAGAUUUUGGAGCUCAAGUCUACCACUCCUUCCCAGAACUCCCUGACUCUGGGACAGUGCCACCACAUGUGGAUGGAGGUGUGUACCUUUUAACCUCCAUCACCUGUAAGCUUGGCAGGUACAGGGUUAACCUGCCUAUCAGUGUGUAUCUAGCUGACUGUGACUAUCAUACUCGUAACAAGUUAAACAGAUACUCCCAAGUGUUGUCCUCUGCCUCACUAGAUUUUACAGACACAACUCAUGUCCUAUUGAUAUUGUCCAGCACCUUUUUGUAUUUUAAUAGAGGAGCUUAAGAUUGUCACAAUAUAUGUGCCUUGUUUGGUAACCCAUGAGCUUGUAGAUAAUGUAUAGCGCAUUUGUACCAGUCACCUUGUGAGGCAACUUUAAAAAUAAAUGACACAUUACAGCGAUGCUUCCUUCCCGCCCUCCAUUUUGCACCUACCUUCAAUAAGCAUUCACACACACCCUCCUAACUCCUACAGACCUGCCACUACAACCACAUAUGUCUACACAUAUACCUUCAUACCUAUAUAAACAUGCACAUGUUCUGUUUGGUUAUCAUAGAUCUAAAUGUGUAUCUUUGAACAAUUUUGGAAUUAUUUAGAAUAAUUCUGCAUUCAAUGUAACUAAAAUCGCCAACAAUUAGGAAGGAAAAAUAAUCUUGUUCCUAGUGAAAUUUGUAAAAUCCUCUGCUAGAUGUUUCCAGUAGAUACACAAAGUAAUAUGUUUUAAUGCUAAAGCUCUCUGUAGGUCGAAUUUGUGACACUAAAAGUUCACAAUCAUAUUGACCUCUUUUCACUUUCAAAUACUUCUAGCUGCAAUUUAUGUUGUUAUAAUACUGUACAAUACCCAUUGUUGUCAUAAUACAGUACAAUGCCCAUUGUUAUCAUAAUACAGUACAACGCCCAUUGUACAGCUCUGCAGAAUGUGUUGGCGCUAUAUAAAUAUGUGAGUGGAAAUAAUUUUAUUAAAAUGGUUAAAAUGACUUCAUGAUUUACUUUUGGGUUAAUGGUAGAGCUUGAAGCUGUGAGCAGAGAGGAAAAUGAAACAGAAAACCAAAACCAUUUAACAACAAGAGAGAGAAGAAGAUGGCGAAAAGAUCAACGGGCAUUAAAUACGGAGAGUAAUUCUCAUGAGGUAAGAUGUUGUGUUUACAGAAGAGCUAUAGAAUGAAUAUUGUCAAUAGCAGUAUGAUUUGCCAUAAAGCUGAUUGAGCGAGGACUAACAACAUUGAAGGAGCACUGUACUCUGUAAUCACAUUAUCUACGUCCCAGGAUGUACUUGUGUUUUGACUGAAUUUUUUUACCUCCAUUAUACUGCAGCAUUAAGAACAAUCACAACAGGUAGAUGCACGAAAACGAACAUGGCCAUUUAUUUAUCAAAAAGAGUUGCAAAUAAACCAUAAACACUAGAGCUCACUAUAAGCGUUACGGUGCCAUGGGUGUCCGAGUGCCCUCCCAUUGUAAGUAGUCAAACUGUCUUUGAAUGCUUUGACUUCUUACCUGGGCUCUGUCGGGUGUCAUUCCCCACCUUCAAUAAAAUCUCCGGAGUGCUGGAAGUUCCUUAGUAAAGAUUUCCGUUAGCUCUCCUCGGCCAAGCUCUGCAAUGCAGCUUAGCUCAUUGGCUGAGAGUGAUAAGCAGACGCAAAAAUGUUCCUUUAACAGGUUAUGAUCCUUGUGGAUACCAUUAUCAACUUGGGGCUAAAUAACUAAAUACCACUGUUUUCAUGGAACAAUGUAUUCUAAUCUGCUCUGUGAUCUGGUUAAAUGUGAUCUUAUUUCAUUUGUAGUUCUAAACUGUGUUCUAUGUUUAACCAGUGUCAUAGAGCUUCUAUAGACAGUGUGGAAUGUCUACUCUACAGUCUCAAGACCAUGAGCAGCAGUACCUUGAUAUCCGUGGACCAAAGGGCAGUCCGUAGUGUAGCUAAAAUCACUUGCUGACAAUAAAAAUAAAAACAAACUUGUAAUCUUAUUGCUUGAGAGAUUAGACGUUCAGUUUCUAUGACAGAUUUGUAUGGUGCUCAGAUUACUUGAAUUAUUACAUAAUCACUGAGAGACUACGUGAAUCUAGUCAAAGUUGUAAGAGUUAGUUAAUGUUAUUGUAAUGUGAAAGGUGACUUCUAUGCCCUGUGUAAAAAGGCAGAAACUUCAAAAAUGGCUUUCUAUGGUGUGCAAUCUCAACUUUAACUAUGUGGGAUGUCAAUGUUAUGAUCAUUGGUUUUUAUAUAACACCAAAUUAUUCCUCAGUGCUUUGCAGUAUUAAGGGGAAUUGAACAAUAAAUGCAAUUUGCUCAAACAACAACUUGUUAUGAGCAUGCAUCCAUCCUUUAUGCUAGCCACUGCCAUCUUGGUGAUUUCCAUCAUAGCGUGCGUGUAUAUAUUAUCGGAAAACCUAUCAUUUUAAGCUUAACAUCAAAGGCAAUCUGGCAUUUUUGAAAGAUCCCACAAAAAGUGUUUUUUUUUUUUGUUUGUUUUUUGAUUCCCCAAUCUGAAUAUUUCAGUUGGUUUAUUUUGCAACCCAUUAAAUAUGAUUGCUCAGAUAUAAAAGGCUGGUACAGUUCUGCCAUUGUUCGUUAGGGAAUCUGAUUUCUUUUAUAUCUUUGCAUUCAGGUGGUGAGUAACCCUUGCCAAAUGUGCACUAGUCUAUUGCACACAUCAAUAUAUUUGCUUUGGCUGUGAAACAUUUGCAUCUAAGCAAUCUGAGGCUUAAAAUGCGUUGGCAUAAAGCCGGAUCAGACUGUAUGAGCAGCAUGCUAAAUAACGCUUUGGUAUUCAUUGACUGGUAACAGGAUUUUUGUUCAGUUUGGUGUCCAAAACAUAAAUUUUUUGAGCGAAGCAGUGUCCAUUUGUGUACAUACUUGUGCUUUUAUAUUUAUUUAGGGCACAGAAAAUGAAGAUGCAGAAUCGAUAAACCACAGCGACACAUCAGGGUAUGGAUGAACAUUAUUGUGCAUGCUUUUUUACCCCUUUUCCUUUGAUGUAUAUUUUUUAUGUUUACAUAAUUACAAAAAAUGUUUAUAUUGUACACACAUCUCAUCUCCUUCUACAUAUAUUAACUUUGAUUAAAAUUUUUAUGACUGGUUUCUAUGUUUUGGUAUUUUUGACCUUUAAAAUAUUUUAUGUAUAUGAAAGCUUUCAGUACCUUUUUCAACAGCUUUGUCUAUCGCUGUAAUUUUACCUGCUUUUUAAAGAUCACUUAUCUCAUUAAGAUUUAUUUGGAUAGGUAUGUCUACAUUUAAUUAAAGAUUUAUUAUUAUUAUUGAAAAUUACAUACUUCAUAUGUAUGCGUGAAGAAGUCCCUUAUUGGUAUAUAAUGAGUGUAGUACAUAGUGUUGAGUUUGUUACCAAAAGCUUAAAGGUACUUGGUGACUUUUGCUACUUAGUCACAAAAUCCAAUGCUGCAUCCUUCUGCAACUGAGCCACAUGCAUCAGUGGAAACUCAUCUCUUAUUGUACCUUCAAAGUGGUAUAUAUAGGUAAUUGGCAUAGCGGCAACAUCUCCGAUCUUGAAAAUAAGUAGUAACCCUUUUUCACUGAACUAAAAUUUAGCCAUUUGUGUUUUACGUUACUUUUAUUAUAUAUAAUGGGAAAAAAUGUUGUUUUGCUUGUCCGAACUGUUAACAGUGACAGAUGUAGACAUUUUAUGGAAUUAUUGUGCUUUCUCUGCAGGGUAACAGAAAGCCUGAACAGUAUUUUACCAUACAGAGCUGGGACAUACACAUUUCAGCGAAACAUUAGUAAUUUAGGGUCCAGGAAUGAAUCUGAAAAGGAUUAUAAAAAGGUAAGCUUAACUUGUACAGUUUAAGUGCCAGUAAAAACCUAAAAAAAGUAUAAUUAUUCUCACCCACCACCAGAGGCAUUGCGAGGCAUUGCUCCACAUAUGAGGUUAUUUCUAGAGUACACUUCUGCUUUUCUAACUUCUAAUUGGAGUGACCUCCGUGUUGAAAAGGAUUAUUUGUAAUUUAAGAGAUUAUACUUUGUUUGGGUUAUUUUUUAUUUUGUGUUUCAGUGGUUGCUUAAGUAUUUUGACUCUUGUUCACUUUAAAGAAUCACAUGUUUGUUAUGCUUGAAAUGUAAUAUGUGUUGGGAAUUUCUAAGGCUUGAAAUGUAAUGUGUGUUUGAAAUAGACAGGUAAAAAAAAAAAAAAAAAAACACCAGUACAUGGACUUAUACAUGCCCCCAUUCACAGAAACACUUGUCUAUCACCUAUAAAUAUCUUCUUAAAUGACUACUUCAGCUCAAUUAAGUGGUCUGGGAUCCAGGUCCCUCUAGUUUUAACCCUGCAGCUGAAUACAUAGCAAUUUCAGAGAAACUGCUAUGUUUACACUAGGGCUAAUCCAGCCUCUAGUGGCUGUCUCACUGACAGCCGCUAGAGGCGCUUCUCACUUUGAAAAUCACAGUGAGAAGACGCUGGACGUCCAUAGGAAAGCAUUAAGAAAUGGUCUGUUUGAAUGCGCGCUCUGAUGUCGGCAGAGGGAGGAGAGUUCCCUGGCGCUUUACAAACUGUUUUAAAAACUAUUUGUUUUGUAUAAUAUAUGCUGUAUUAAAUGGUACAACCUAUAUAUACACUGUUUCGUCAAGGACGCAAUUGUGACACCACAUGAGCUCUAGAUUAUAGCAUUUACCAGCCUCCUCAACAUAGGAGGUUGUUGACCCGGAGUGGUGACCCUGGUCGCACAGGCUAUAUAUAAUUAUUCGUAUUAAUUAUUAUGGGUGGUGGUGAGGAUCUUAUUCCUUUGGGGAAGAAGUGAGCAAUCACACUACGAAACAAUUACGGAGCGUUAAUUGUGAACAGUGUUCAACAGUGCAGUGUUUUUUUUCACACUGUAUUUACCAAUCAUAUCAGGGGGGAGAGGGGAUACCGCAGGGGCUGAAUUACUACCUUCUACUUUGCUCCCAGUUUCACUUGUUCCUGCAUCGGACUUCAAGCCUUAUGAGUUAUGUAAUUCUUAAUGCAAACCCCUACUCUCGGUUGUAAUGUUGAUAUUUCAACCAGAAGUACUUUGUGACACUUGAUGAAAAUAGCGUACUAUGUCGUACCGUCUUAUGAGAAGUAGAUGUUCUUACCACCCGCUAAAUUUAAUAAUCCUGUAUUCCUUACUAUGUACUACAUAAUGAAAAUAAUAAAAAUUGUCAGAUUGGAACAAGAUGGUAGAACAUACAGCUCUCCAGUUGUUGGUGAAUGGUAUAUUCCAAAUGCCUUGCCAGUCAAAGGUAGACGUUUAUGGCCAAGCACUAUGCGAGAUGCCAUUCUCCAGCACUGGUGGCCUACCGCUUGUCUAGACACUUCUUUUUCCAGAUGGCUAACUUUUACAGCCAAUUCUUUGAAUAAUUUCCCCUUUACUGCAUUAACAUUUAUCUGACGUUGUGGUUCAUGAUCAAGGCUUCAUGAUGGCAUUGCCCUUUGAACAGUUUGCAAAAUAUUACCCUUUCAGUUAUAGUGGUGCUUUUUUUUACAGUUGUAUGAAGAUUUAGCAACAGAGAAUGAAACGCUGAGAGACCAACUUCAGGAGAUGGAGAUAAAACUCACUCAGAUAAAGCUAGAACUAGAACGAGUCACGCAGGUAAUCAGACACUCCUAUAUAAUCCCUAUUUAUAGAAAGUUAUUUUGUCGUCUAGCCUUCAAACCUUUGACUUCACACCAUAAACCGUAAUAUGACCAGCUAGAGAUUAACGCUGCCCUUUGAUUUGGCAUCUGCCUCUAAUAUUUUCACACUGUGUUGGUUAUUCUAAAUGCUUUUUAAUGAGAAUUUGUAAAAUAUCUAACGGACUAUGAUGCUUUAAUAUCUUCUGUUUAUCAUCAGAGGCAGGAACGCCAUGCCGAGAGACCAGCUCUGCUAGAAUUGGAGAGAUUUGUAAGUAUACAGAGUCACACAAGCCGUUCCCACCUUGAUGUAACUUUAGUUAAACUGCUUUUUAGUUCCUGUGUAGUAUAGUUUAGAGUGUUUUGUUUUUGUAGCACAUAUUAUGGACAUAUCUUAUUAAAGGAUCUCUCCAACCCUUUUUGAUACCUAAUAGAAUAAUGUCCUAUUGGCAUGUUACUAUUACUCCCCCUCCCUUCCCCCCCAGCAGAAAAAUGCUAAAAAAACAAAAAAACAUUUAAAAAUAAAGUUUACCUUGUAUCAGCACCAGGUAAAGCUGCUCGCCGAGGUCCAAUCAAAAGCUUUGCAAAGAGGCCUUUUUGCCGGCUCAGGGCAUUUGCAUGCAACCUAAACCAGCAAGAGGAGCAGGAGUGGGACGGAGGAAGGGAAGGAGGUGGUGGGAGGGCUGGGAAAUUAGGAGUGGAUUGGGAGCUUUUUUUUUUUUUUUAAAUUCUUUAUUUUUGUUGUGCGUAAGUUUAUAACAAUUGCUUGUGAGGUACCCCAACGGCAAUCCUCUAGCACAUUUCAAACAUUGUAACGUGAGGGUACAGGAAAAUUCUAGCACAAGUUUUUAUAUAUAGAUAUAUAUGUGGUUAAGUCGAGUAGUAAACAACAUGUGUUGUAGUAGCUUAGUCUCUUCUAUGACAUAAUAGCAACAAUGCGUAAUAGUAUGGUUAGGUUGUGAAUUGACAUAAGCCUACAUACAUUUAUACAGUCUAAUAGGUGUACGUACAGGCAAGCCCUCAGUUUCUCUAUAGACUUUAAACAGGCUGGGGUUGCUAUAUUAUUCCACGCCAACUAGUAAAAUAGUGCCUAUUAGUUGAGCAUUUACAUAGUAAUAGUUAACGAUCUAACACAUGCUUCACUUAGGUCUAGAUCUAGGUUCUGAGUGGAAUCAAUUGCUUAUACAAAAUCUAUCGAUGGGUUGGGGUUUUGACUUCUUACCGAGGAAGUCGCAGGGGGGGGGAGAAGGUAUAUUCUCCCCGGAGCUUGUGGUGUUCUUUGUCCUAGUAAGUCACGGCUGAUGGCGGUUAGUCACAGUUAUGGUAUAGCGUAAUCUAUACUUGUCGAGUGUGUGUGUGUAGUAAUAUCGUGCUGAAGAACAAUAACAAAACACUAAAACAUAAAAACCCUAAAAAACAAGCAUAGGGUAAAACAGUAGGUGAGCCGGCAUGCAAAGCCCUAAAGAGGAGGCAGUGUCUGGUUAAUGUAUGAAAGUCGUUGGCCACCAUUAAUGCAGUUCAGAACAGCUCUUCCUCAGCGCCUGUGGAGGACACAUAGGAGGUCGAAGGUCUGGCGAAGUGGGGCAGUUCAGGUUAGGGCUCCGCUUCUCUGUGUUCCUAGGAGUGAAAGAGAUUACUGACUCUGGGUUCCAUGUGUGUGGCGUCAUGGGGUUCUCCCUUGUUGGGGUUAGAGCUGGCAUCCCCAGUGCCCUCAGGAAAGGUGGAUUGGGAGCUUUUAUCACAUGCAUGGAAAGUUGCGUCAUGGCAAAAUUGUGAUUACUUUUUUUUUUUUUUUCUAUUAGGAACGAAGAUCACUAGAACGACAAGUGUCUGAGUUAGAAGAAGAGUUGAAGGUAAUAUGUGUAUAUAUCUGUCUUUGCAAAGUGACUGUCACAGAUAAAUCUUAUUUAUAUCUUGUGUGUACCCCUUGUUCUUCUUCAACCCCUAACUUUCCCCUUUACGUGUUUCCAUUCUCCCAAAUCACCACAUUUUACCUCAAACUUUGUAAUCAUCACGGAGACAGAUCCUUUUUUCACAGCGCCGCUAUCUUGUAGGCACUGGCAGUGAGUAGGCAGCUGGAUCUUAAUUUCACGCAUGCUCUUUGUACAGCAUCACUAGAUGGCGUCAAUAAAGGACGCCCCAUGACCAUAUUUAGCAUUUGAGCACUAACUAGCACUUUGAGAUAUGCUGGUCUUGCAAGGGAAGGGCAGGACAGAGGAGAGUAUUGUUGGAGAAAUUUCUUAGUUAAAGGAACACUACAGGGUCAGGAGCACAAACAUGUAUUCCUGAUCCUCUAGUGUUAAAACCACCAUCUUACAUCACUGUCCUUUCCCCUCCCCUCCCAAAUAUAGUAAAAUCGUACUUGUAUUACAAUCUGCUGCUGGCUCUGUCCCUGGUCUGCCUUCUUGGGUCACAUCAUCAGAAGUUGUGUACUGAGCCAAUCACAGUGCUUUCAAAUAGGAAAGAAUUUGAUUGGCUUAGACUGCCAAGGAGGUAGGUUAGGGGCAGAGUCAGCACAAGCCAAAAACAGCCGGGACAUUCAGCAUCUCCUCUUAGAGUUGCUUUGAAUCAAUGCAUCUCUAUGAGGAAAGUACAGUGUCUCCAUGCAGAGACGCACCUCUAGCAUCCAUCUCAUGAGUGGUCAGUGGAGCUAUUCCUAGGCUAUAAUGCAAGCACUGCCCUAUCUAUAAUCACCAGGAAAAACACAGCUUAAUGUAGUGGUUACUGUGUCUAUGGCAUGACCCUGCAGGCUUUUUAGCAUUGCCUUUUCCAUUUCUGCCUAGUAACAUCUUUUAGUGGCAGUCGCUCAGACAGUGCUGCACACUGUGCAGGAGUGACGUUCAGCGUCUCCAUGCUUUGCAUGAAGCCGCAGAACGUUUCUCAUAGAGGUGUAUUGAUUUAAUACAUCUCUAUGAGGAGGUGCUGAUUGGUGCAGCGUAUUGCCGCACAUGCGCUAUAGCCUCCGAAUUCUUUCCUAUGGGAAAGCAUUUGGAUUGGCUUACAUCAAAGUUUUUAAAGGGUCUCUCCAACCCAAAGUUGAUGUCAGCCAAGGAGGCAGAGCAAGGCGAAGCCAGCCGCAAUGAGCCUGGUGCAGCGCUGAAAAUAAGGUGAAUAAAAUCACCUUUUUAAAUGCAGGCAUUAGAGGCAGGUAACCUUAACAGUGUUUUUAAAACUAUAGUUGGAAUUAUUUAAACCCCUUAAAGAACAAUGGUAGUCUACCAUCUUACAUUUAUUCUUUAAAAAAAAAAAAAAAAAAAAGAUAUUCUUUGUAGAAAUGCAAUGGUACACACUUAUGGAUAAGAUACAGACGUGCCAAGGAUCAAUAAGCCAUAUUAGAUUUGGGUCUAUACUGACCAGAUUUUAAUGACAGCAGUGUAUAACAUUUGGUCCUUAAAGAUGCAAUCACCUGUAUUGUUGCUUAAAGGAACAUUACAAUCCCUGUAACAAAUUAUGCUCAUUGAAAAUAAGUCAAACACAAAAAUAAUUGCAUUGUGCUCCUUUCCAAGUCCCCUAACUCACCUAUCAGAAUGUGUCUUAGAGCCAGGGCUGAGUACAUGCACAGUGGAUUGUUCUAGCAAACACAUUGCUCAGCACCAUUCAUCAACUGUGAAUGUAGCUGCUGUCAAUAAACUAAUAGUAGCCAGGCUGUUGCUGUUGCCAGGUUGUUCAGCAUUUUCACUCAAUAUUUGUGGAGAAUGAGACUGCUGGCCAAGGCUAAAUGUGGCUAUUUAAAAAAAAAAAAAAAUAUAUAUAUAUUUUUUUAUAAACUUCUUUCCGGCUAGUGUUCAUGCUUUUGGGACAGACACUACACAGACCUUAUGUGAAACAGCAGUAUUUUCUACUGGAUGAUUGCCUUUCUUGCUUUGUAAUUAAGCCGGUAACUCACUGAAAAGCAAAAGAAGAAAGUUUUGAAUCUUUGCUCCAUCUCCAAUCUCUCCUUGAAUUGCCCCAGUGGCACAUCAACUGCACCAGUCACUUGGCAAGUUUACGAGUGUUCCUGUAAGUGCUUUUAUUGGAAUAGUAGUAGAUGGUUCCUGGUGGAGAGAUUACAAGCUGCUGUCUUGACUAUAUUUUCUGAACAUAAAUAACAUUAGUAAGCCUGGAAUCUUGAUUUGGGUUGCCUAAUGAAGCUACCUUUUCAGUACGAAAUGACGCAUACAGGUCAUUGCAUCGUGAUCACUUCAAAACACUGAAAUAGUCAUUGUGCUUGAAGGAACCUGUAUUAUGAAUUUUAUAGGUAAGACAUCACAGGUCACUUCAGAAUGUUAUUUCAAAGUUUUCCUCACCUUUAGUGGUCUUUCAGGACCAUUGUCUGAAAUUUUUCCGUUUAUAUUAGUUAAAAUGUUUAUAUGGACAUUGCUAUUCAAAGUCUACCAAUUCAUUCUUUGUUUUGGGCCUUUUUUUAGGUUCUUUCAGAUUUGAAAGCAGACAAUCAGAGACUGAAGGAUGAAAAUGCAGCCUUGAUACGAGUCAUCAGCAAACUGUCAAAGUGAAAGUAUAAAAUCUGUGAAACCUGUAGAUUUCAGUCUGCCAAUGGCAAAACGUAACUUCUGAAUCUUGGCUUGAGCGCCCAAAAAAAGAUUUCCAGCUCUCCAAAAAAGCCAAAAUGCGGACUUCACAAAUUUGUAAGCAAAAGAGGGACUUCUGUUGGGAACGGAAAGCAAUGCCUCCUGAUAGUGCUUUGCACUCACUGGAGCCAGUUUGGAGUGCCAGCAUCCCAAUCCAUGAACAUUAUGGAAGUGUCUGAUGUGCUAGUUUUUCACAUAGUUGUAUUCACGUUUUUAUUUUAUUUGUAUAUCUAUAAAUGUAUCCCAGUAUGUGUAUUCACAUGUCUCCAAUCAGUGCCAUUGGCAUUGUGGGGGUUUUGUUUUCCUUAUUUUUUAAUUCUUACCUGAGGACAGUUUUUACACCCUUAUACAUGUCACUAAAAAUAUUAUUUUACUCCAUUUCCUAUUAAAUUACUCCCAUUUUUAUUUUAUUUUUAUAUAUUUUUUUUUUACCAUGGUUUUAACCAGUGUGGUUUGCUGGCCUCUUCAUCGUGUGCCCAUGCGUUUUACACAAUUCCAGCAUUGCAUCUUUUUCAAAAACCUUUUCAUGACAUUUCCAGUGUACCCUUCAAGCAAUAUUAAAUGGGCAAAUUUAUUUUUGCUUAGAAUAACAAGCUCCAGAUUUUCAGUGUAGGCAUGCAUGCCACACACAGGUUAGAAUUUAAACGUGCAGAUUAUAUAUAUAAAUUUCAGGAAAGCCAGUACUAACUGUGAACACAUUGAGGUAUUAGAACAAAUAUUAAUGUAUAUUCGAAUGUAGAGCUUUGCCACACAGCCGGUGCAAUCAAGCCGCAGUUUUCCUUUGCCCACAAUUCCUAUUGUCUUUAACCAGCCUAUGGAUCUUUACAGUUGCAGUCCAAAAGAUGGGCACCUUGAAUAUCAUCCUCUUUCCUUUCUUCAUACUGCUGUUUACAUAUAAAAUAAUGUAAAUAAAUUACUAUUUUGCAUUAUCCAGAUAACCAAAGCAUGUACUGGACCUUUUACAGUCCUAUACAUGUGCUCUUUAUUCAGGGAGUUCAAAUCACUUUUGGCCAGCCUAGACAAAGUUAAGUUGACACGCUAUCAGAAUUUCCAUGUUAACAAAAUUAUUCAAUGUUGGACGAGCAUAAAACCUUAAAAUAAUAUCACCAAUCUCACGUUAAAACAUAAGAUUUAACUAAAAUUUAAAUGUUAAUCUGUCCUUCAUCAGAACAUAACUAUUUUAAUAUGGUUAAUAUUUUAACAUGGAACAAGCACAGUUGGGUUCAUAGUUCUAUUUUGAAAUGUGCUGUAUUUCAAUUUGCAAAACUCCUGUUGUCUGUCUAGAUCUGUUGAUCAGAUCUUCUAAUGUUGUUAAAUGUGCCUAAACGACUUGGUAUUGACCACAAUAAAAGCACCUUGCUAAGUUAUAAUGGUAUAUUACACAACACCUGGAUCAUUUUAACUGGACAGCGAAACUACGCUUCCCGCCAUUGCUUAAUGGAGAAAUCGUGUCAUGUUUGAUUUACUGUUAAGCUGUGUUUUAAAUGCAGAUGCCCUCUAUUUUUUUUAUAGUGGCCGAGUUAUGAGCAGUUUGUAGACUUACUGCCAUCUUACCAUUUUAAUUUCUCAUAGCAGCUCCCUCCUUUUGCAUAAAUGAUAAUAGCUGCACAAGUCAUGAAAUAGUAAGAUAUUGUCAAUCCAUCUCUCUAAUCUAUUUAAUAAGGGCUGCUACAGGGGGCUGGAUAUCUCCAGGGAGCUGCCUCCAGGCCAUAGUUUCAUGGUUGUCACAGGCUGUCUCAUUGCUCAGCAAUUCAUAGUUCUAGAACUACAUUAGAGUAAUCCUGCAUUUGAUAACAAUUUUAUCCCCCUAGGUUCACAGUAACAGUCCCUGGUAAAAUUCUGUAUCCAUCACAAAGGGAUUAACUCCUCAAAUCCAAACGGGGUGAACUAUCACUUACAUUAUACAGACCUCCAGCAUUCCAAUAGUUAAAUAGACAUGUUGCUGUCUACAUUUUUUAAAGGACCCUGUGAAAAUUGUCAACUCUAGGCAAUAGAUGUAGAAAUAGCCUCUGUAGAAAAGAUCUGUGUUAACCUAAAAUGAAUGCAUUUGAUGUAUUUGUGUUUUGGGGGACUAAUAUGUCAUCUAUAUAGAGGAACUUAUACUCUUAGUAAAAGGCACACCUUACCAUAGAGCAUGGAGAUAAUCAAAUUGAGGAUCACUCAGAAGUAUUGCAUGCUAUAGAAGUGUCCAGGGUCCAUGUACAGCUAUUGCUACUCUUUUUGCAAUUGGUUAGGCUGGGAUGUCGCUUUAGGCGGCUUAUCACUGCAUGUCCUCAACUAUUGCUGUGUCAAUGGUCCUCCCUCGUUCUACUGCCAAACACUUUACCUAUUCUAUGCCAAGGUCUGACCCACUGGGUCGCAGUUGCUUGUAUGUAUCUUUGUUUAAAGACUUGUAAAACUGUGCCAUGCAAAUUCAAAACAAAAAAAAAAACUGCAAAAAAGUCAGCAAAUGACUUGUCUGUAUAUAAAGAAUCUUAUUUUAUAUAGUGUCGCAAUGUGCAAUAUGCAUGGGUUUGUUUGUUUGUUUUUUUUCCAGAGAAAUAUAUAUAUUGUAUUUGUUACAGCAGUAAAGCUGGAAGUUUGUGUCUAAGUGCCACACAGCUGUGCACCACAUUUAUUAACAGUGCAGUGCACAUCCUUGAUGAUCUUCAAGGGUGUUAAGCACAUUAAAAUGACUAAAACCAAUUAAAAGUUAUAAAUGUUUAAAAUGGCGUUGACAUUUUCUGUUCACUUAAUCACAAACUGUUAUCCUAACAUUGGACACACUACCCUCGUGGGAAAAUAUGUGAAGUGUACUUCAUACGCAGUGUAGGUAGGCAUAUGGGGUUUUUAUUGCACAACAAAAUGUUUGUAGAUUUAAUAUCUACCUCUGUUGCAGUACAUCAUUUUUUUUUUUUUUACUGGUUUACAAGGAACAAUAUUUUACUGAAAUUCUCUGUAAUUCAGGAGUUAACUCACUUUGUUUAUACAGCCCUAGCGACAUCUCCCUGCAUGUGACUUAUACAGCCUUCCUAAAUACUUCCUGUAAAGAGUUGUCUAAUGUUUACACUUCCUUUUUUUUUUUUUGCAAAUUGUUUAAUAAUUUAGAAUUUCUUAUCUUCUGCUCUGUUAAUAGCUUGCUAGAGCCUGCAGUAUUUGUAAUUAAAGAUUUGGUUUACAUAGCAGGAUAUAAAAACUUUUAAAGUAGGUUGCAUCUGAUUGAAAAUUAAACCAUUUUUGUCAUGCAGGCUGUGUCAGUCAGGGGAAGUGUGACUAAGGCUGCAUAAACAGGAAAGAAAAGUAAUUUAACUCUUACAUGGCAGCAGAUUGAGCAGUGAAACUUCAGAGGCAUAAUCUCUAAAAAUGCUUAAUUAAACUAUAGUUGUUUUGGCGACUUUAGUGUUCCUUUAAUGAAGCAGUUGUGUUUAGAUCAUACC